AGCUUUUCUGGAACUGGGACUUCCUGUGGCAGUUCAUUUCCUGGUCGGCGGGGGCCGCGAGCGGAGGAAGGCUCGGCAUGGUCUCCCCCCGGCCAGCCCCAGCCUCCCUUGACGCUCUUCCACCUCCUCCUCCUCCUCCUCCGCAGCGGCUCCCCCUCCUGCUCUGCCCGGCCGGCGGCGCUCCUCCGGCUGCCACUUUGUAGCGAUGCUGCAGGGCCGGAGCGGCGCCCGCAGCGGAAGCGGACAUGGUAACAGUGUGGCCAGGCCGGGUCUCUCUCUCUCUCUCUCUCUCUCUCUCUCUCUCUCCCCCCCCCCCCGGCUCAUGCAGCCUUAGCGGCAGGGGCACCAGCUGGGCACCCCCUCUUCUGCCUUGCUGGGGCGGUGGGUCCCAAAAGUAGGCUCUCCCCUCCCCACCACUCUUGGCGGGGGAGAGAAGGGGGCCGUCAUCAUCACGACGCGUACCCUUUCCCCGGGCAAAGGGACCCCCCUAUUUUCUUUGCGGGCACCUCAAGAGUAGAAAGAAGGGAUGCUUUUUCGGGGGGGGGUGCGAGUAAGGGAUUCCUCCCCCCCCCGCCCCGCCUGAGGGAGAUAUUUCUCUCCAGAGAGGGUGGUGAUGCUGUUUUUAAUAUUAUUAGACAGUUGGAGCAAAUGGCAAAAGCCUCUAAUUCUGUCUCUUCCUCCCAACAGGUCUGAAUAACACCCAAGCUCUGCCUUCCUGGACUGGGCGAGAGGGAACAAAGCAUAUGACCUCUAAGGAAAAAGAAGAUAUUUUGCCGCAAAGGGAUUAAUUUUUGUCUUGCUUCAAGACGUCAAGAGCUGUGUACAUAGACACACACACACACAUAUAUAGAAUAGACACACAAACACACAAUUAUAUAUAUAUUUGGGGUGUUUGUGUGUCAUACUGGACUUGCUAAGCGAAAAGUGUUUAGGCUGCGCACUCUUGGAGCCAUGAAGAAGUUUUUUGACUCCCGGCGAGAGCAGGGUGGCUCUGGGGCCGGUUCUGGGACCCUCGGAGGGAGUGGCAGUAGCACUGGGCCUGGGAGUGGAUACAUAGGCCGGGUGUUCAACAUUGGGAGGUGUCAGGUGACUGUGGAUGAAGUUCUGGCGGAAGGUAAGAUGCAGCUGAUGGGAGUUUUGCCUCUCCUUCCCCUACCCCCCCUCCUCUCUUAACAUCUCCACAAAUGAAUGGAAGCAGAUUCUUAACCCUUCUUUGAAUGUUCACACACACAAUUUCCAUUCUGACUUCUUUCAAGAAAACGUGCCGCUUUACAUGGGUGCCACCUUUGCUUAUUAAAAGGACUAGAAUGUUGUGUCAAGGCAAAUUAAUAAAUGGUAGCAUUGGUGGCUACUGUCUAUUCUGUGUUUUAAUUAACAAUAAAAAAAAUGGUUUGGAACUCCAGUUUCUACAAAUGCAAAUAAAUAGAGCCAGCUAACAGGGUUAACAGUAUAUAAGUUGGAAAACUCCCCCCCCCAUUGGCAACAAUAUUAUGUAAUAUGGCAGGCUGCAUUGGUGCAUAUAUUAAGGGAGUGAAUUGUUUCCUUUCAUGCUCUCCCCUCCCCCCCUCGUUUGAGUGCUAUUAAGUAAAGGGAUAAUUGGAUGCAUAGGGAUAAAUUUGUCAUUUAUUCAUGGUGCCUUUGUGUAGCAAGCGCAAAGCACACAUGUAAGAUGCAUGCUUACCUUGGGGGUUGUGGCCCACAGAAAUCUGGGUGACAUUUUAAGGACUAAAGGAGAUUCCUACAGGGGUCCAUAAAGAUCACCCAUAAAGUUUGCAGUGCAGAAAGCCCUUGGCUUUUUACUUCAACUUGAUUUGGUGCAGUCUAGCUAGAACGUUGAGAUACCUCAGGGAAUCUUUGUCUUCCCCCACCACUCCCCAGUGUAGAAAAAAACCCAAAUUAUAUAUGGAACUUUAGCUUUGACCUUCACAAUUGUAGUAUUAUUUAGGCCUUGUAUGGAGUCAGUAAUUGGACAGCAUCUCUUUAAAAAGAGGGGAAAUGUACAGUUUAGAAUUUAUAAUACAUUGCAUAAGACCUGAGUUACUAAGAAAGAAAGACCCUUAUUAGCAGAACUGGGCAGAGGUAGGUAUUUGAGAGGGUUGUUGUUGUAUUUACUGUAUCCUUGUGCCAAGGUAAAUUUUAUUGAGCUUGCUUUCCCGAAGGGACAGUGUGACUGCAUUUACAAAGAACAGUGUUUUUCACGAAGCGUUUGCUUUUUUGGAAAAAGAUGCUUGAGUGUGUUGAAUCCAAGGCUGAUGCUCACCUAGAGCAAGCCAAAGGCUGCUGGUUAUGGUGAAUUGCCGCAGGCAUUUUUCUGAGUAGAGAUAGGGAGUGGGCAAAAAGCCAGCCCUCGUCAUCUCUCUCCAAAAAUAACAAAGCCAAUAAAAAAUGGCGAGGCACUAUUUUGACUGAAUUGUCUACUGUGUACCUGCCUCUACUGGCUUCUGACAAGGCCCUGGCUAUGAGGUGCUCUCAGGACUACGCUACAGAUACGCUCUGCCUUCCUCUUGCUUACUACGUAAGUGUUCCGCAGGAAACAGAGGACCUCAUUUGAAGAUGGUUAAAUAACUUGCCGGCAGAUCCUCCAUGUGAUGUUGACAGGAGCAGGAAAUGAUCUGUACCUUGUACUGGGAGGAUUCUCUCCUCCAAAAUUUGUUGAACUGCUCCUCUUCCUUUCCAUGGCGUCGUUUGUGCCUUCCUCCCUGGAUCUCUCCUGUUCUCAGGGUGGUGCUUUAAGAGGAAGAUAAAUGUUGUGACUGAGAUUUCUGGUGCAUAUUUGAAUUGGAAAGAGCAAGGUUGGGUGCAUGUGCAUGGAUAGAUAGUAGUUCGUGUGUUUUCAAGGCAUGCUUAGGGGCUCCUGAAAUGGUCCCAGAAUAAUGGGGAUUAGGGGUGAAGAACAUAAAUGAAUAGCACAAAGACAGUUUCAGGUGGCUCUAAUGGGUGGCUUGGGAGCCAUGGUGUUUGGGGAUGUGUCUUAAACUGUGGUCUGAGCCUGCAGAAUUAACUAAGCUUCAGUGGACAGGGCAGAAUCACCUGAAAGUUUUUAUUCACUCACCCCAGGUUUGGACACCAAAAGCAUUUCUCAGAAAAUGUGCACCCUCUUCUAUGAGGCCACCCAUAAAGUAGAUGCUGUGUGAAAGGUAGGAGGGGUGACUGUAAAAAGUAUGUUUAAAUCUAGCUUUUAAUGCAUGGUGUCUAAUCAAUCGUUAGGCAAAUAUAUGUAUAUAUUCUACAGUGUCCUCUGGUGACCUCUUUUGAUGGAGAAACUCAACACACAAACUAUGGUCCAUGUGGGCUCAAUUGGUGUAUUGGUUAGCAUGUUGAAUUUGGGGCUAGGAAUGCCCAGGGGCUCCCAUUUGGCCAUGAGAUUCUCCAGGUGAGCCCUUGGUCUAACCUACAUUGAAAGGGUUGCUGUGAUAAAUAAAGGUGGAGAGGAUAUCUGUGUAUACCAUCUUGAGCUCUUUGGACGAAAAGUAGGAUUUAAAAAAUUAACCCUUCCAUGAUCAGCUCUGAAUGUUCUUUGUGAGCCUGGAGGAGGAAACACGGUCCUGCAUUUUGACCUCUUACCUGUAAUGGGCUUCUUGGAUCAAUGCAUGUUAUAAAAUGGGGGGAAAUGGUUAAAAUUCUAAGUUCACAUGUUUUAUUACAGACAAUGGCAAUUAGCAUUGUAUGGUGUAUUUCAAAUGUUGAUUGGAGCCCAUGCCCGUCAUUUUACGUAAUCCCCAGAGCAGCUUCUUAAGGCAGGCCAGUUCUAUUUGUUAGAUUUCUAUGUCCAUCUUCAAUUGUAGAUAGAGAGCUGAGACCAGGAAGGCAAUGCCUUUACUGAGGCCACCACAUGAGGAUAGGGUGGGAGAUGAGAUUUGAAACAGGGACUUUACAGCUUGACCUCUAAUCUACUGCAUUACAACCAGCUUGACCCAGUUAAAAGCUUAACCUGACUUCCAGUGUUGGGUCUGGGGAACUUGUGGCCCUCCAGAUGUUGGUGGACUCCAUCCGCUACAGCCAGCAGGGCCCAAUGAUGAGGAAUUAUGGGAAUUGUGAUUCAGCAGUAUUUGGAGGGCCAGAGGCUCCCCAAACCCGGCUUAUAUAAACUAUCUCAUGUGAAAGACUCUUGCACAAAGGACUGCUCUAGAGCAGCCUUCCUGAUAGGCUGGACUACAACUCCCAUCAGCCCUAGCCAGCAUUAGCUCUGUUGGCUUGGAUGAAAGUUGUAGUCCAGCACAUCUGGAAGGCAGCAGAUCAGGGAAAGCUGCAUCUGACUUUAGCAGGCCUUCAAGGUUAAGGUUUUUUGAUAAAUCUGUGGGUAAGUGUCUCCCAAUGUUGAAUGGAUUUUGUGUUCUGAAGAAACCUGAUUCAGCAAUAGGAUGUUCUCAUGGACAGAGGUGAGGGGCCUUUUAUGGUCCAAUGGCUGCAUUGGCUCAUGAGCAACCUUUGGGUGGGGACACAUGCCAGUGGUGGGUGGGACCUCCAGAGGCAAAAGUUGGUGGAGCUACAGAGCUAACUCUUAGGGUUGUGUGGUAGAUUACAUUCCAGCCAUGCAAAAAUCCAACUCCAUGCAGGCAAGCAAGAGAUAUUAUUGCAGUUCAAGGACACACUUCCAGGCAAGCAAAAGCACUGGAGGAGAGCAAUGGAACAGGGUAUGUAUGUAUGUAUGUAUGUAUGUAAGUAAUAUGCCACCGAUAUAUGCCCCAGUCAUUCUGGGUGGCUCCCAACAAAAUAUUAAAAGCACAAUAAAACAGCAACCAUUAAAAACUUCCCUGAACUGCUUUCAGAUGUCUUCUGAAAGUCAAAUAGUUGUUUAUCUGUUUGACAUCUGGGGAGGGCAUUCCAUAGGGAAAGUGCCACUACAGAGAACGCCCUUUGCCUGCAAGGUGUGGGAGCAGGAAGGGGGAAGGGGUAUAUGCCUUGGAGAGGGGCAGGGCCAGAUUAAGAACUUUAGAGGCCCCUAAGCACUGAAAAGAUUAUGGUACUUCCCUUCUGUAAUUUGAGACAAAAACAAUACUAAACUUUAAAAUAAAUAAAUCACUGGAUCUGAUUGCCUCACAUUAUUUUGACAUACGUUUGUAGGACGUGCCCUGGUUUAGGUGGGGAUUAAGUAAUAACCCAAGAACAUAAAAUGAACCUAAGGAGCAUAAAAAUGGAGGAAGAGUGUGGAGUGGAGGGUAAGGAAGUCUAACAAGCUCUGAUUUCUCCUACUGUGACUACUUUGAUGUUUUUCUUGAAAUACCAAAUGUCAUUGGAAAAACCCUCAUUGUGUGCAUGCCCUUGCUUUGCUGGUGCCUUAAGCAUGUACUUAGUUUGCCUGUUUGGCCCGAGGGUUCCCCACCCCAUCUACCUUAUGGGAAAGGCACAGAAAAUGGUCAGUCACACAUGCUCCUCUGAGAGUUUUGCUCUCUUGCUGUGAUCUCCUUGCUUUGUGUGUGUGUGUGUGUGUGUGUGUGUUGUGUACCAGAACUGUGUUGGCUAAACAGGAUAAAGUGCCUGCUUGGGAACAAACUACUGCUGAGAGCUCAUUAUGUGUUCAUUAUUGCCUUGUUUUUCCUCUUCAAACAGUAGUGAAAUUAAGGCCAUACUUGAGUUGGGUGGCAGAGAGGCAGGCCCUGGGCCUAAUUCUAGCCAGUGGUUAGGGAGCUGGACCUUUUGCCUCUUUGCCUCCAGGCUGAAGGUGUUGGUGUCAUCUCCAUGCAGAGUGCUGCUUCUUGGGAAUCAAGGUGACGGGGAGGGAGGUUUCAGGUUAGCUGACAUGCAGGCUUCCUAUCAGUAGUAAUUUUAAUGCCAUUAUACAAAUCUAUGCUGCAAGUGCAUUUGGAAUACAGUGGUACCUCGGGUUACAUACGCUUCAGGACUCCACUACCCCAGAAAUAGUACCUCGAGUUAAGAACUUUGCUUCAGGGUGAGAACAGAAAUUGUGCUGUGGUGACGCAGCGGCAGCAGGAGGCCCCAUUAGCUAAAGUGGUGCUUCUGGUUAAGAACAGUUUCAGGUUAAGAAUGGACCUCCGGAACGAAUUAAGUACGUAACCAGAGGUACCACUGUACCAUGUACAGUUCUCACCUCAAAAAGGAUAUUGCAGUGUUGGAAAAGGUUCAGAAAAGGGCAACCUUAAUGAUCAAGGGGGUGGAGCGACUCCUCUAUGAAGAAAGGUUGCAGCAUUCAAUACUUUUUAGCCUAUGGAAAAGGCAAGUAAGAGGCAACAUAAUAAAAGUUUAUAAAAUUAUUCAUGGCAUGGAGAGCGUAGGUAAAAGUUUUCCUUCCUCUCUCAAAACACAAUAAUUUGUGGACAUCCGAUGAAGCUGAAUGUUGGAAGAUUCAGGACACACAAAAGGAAGUCCUCCUUCAUGCACUCUGUAGUUAAACUAUGAAACUAGCUUCCGCAGACAUCAGUGGUGGCCACCAACCUAGGUGAAUUUAAAAGAGGAUUGGACAAAUUCAUGCAGGAGGCGAGCCCUAUCAAAGGCUAUGAACGCUAUGCUCUACCUCCACAGUACAGGCAGCAAUGCUCCAGUUGCUGGAAGCCACAGGAAGAGAGAGUGCUGUUGUGCAUGGGUCCUGCUUGCUGGGUUCCCACAGGUUGGCCAUUACGAGAACAGAAUGCUGGACUAGAUGGGCCAUUGGCCUGAUCCAUCACGCUCUUCUGAUGUUCUUAUUUAAUGGAGGAACAUUUCAUUAUCAUGCUGGGACGUGGGUGGCACUGUGGGUUAAACCAUAGAGCCUAGGACUUGCCGAUCAGCAGUUCAGCAGUUCGAAUCUCAUGACGGGGUGAGCUCCCCUUGCUCGGUCCCCGCUUGCCAACCUAGCAGUUCAAAAGCAUGUCAAAGUGCAAGUAGAUAAAUAGGUACCGCUCCGGCGGGAAGGUAAACGGUGUUUCCGUGCGCUGCUCUGGUUCGCCAGAAGCAGCUUAGUCAUGCUGGCCACAUGACCCGGAAUCUCCCUCGGCCAAUAAAGUGAGAUGAGCACCGCAACCCCAGAGUCGGCCACGACUGGACCUGAUGGUCAGGGGUCCCUUUACCUUUGCCAGCACGCUGUCUGAAGUGUUGAGGUGCUGGGUUACCUGCUCUUCAGUUUGUGAGAACUAGGUCUAACAUAAGGGGAGUCUCACUGCUGUGUCGGUCCAAAGGCCCAUCUAGUCCAUUGUCCUGUUCUCACAGAACCUGAGUGCAAUAGUGUGCUCUCCACAUAAGGUUUCCAGGAACCGGUAUUUGGAGACAUGCUUCCUCUGACAGUGGAAGUAGAAGACAGCCCUUGCAGCUAGUACCCAUCAAUAGCUCUCUUCUCCAUGAAUUUGUCUAAUCUUUUGCAGCCAUCAAAGCUGGUGGCCACCACUGUCUCCUGUGGCAGUGAGUUCCAUAGUUUAACUGUGUGCUGCACAAAGAGGGACUUUCUUUUCUCUGUCCUGAACCUUCCAACAUUCAACUUCAUUGAACGGUCCUGAGUAUUAUGAGAAAAGGAGAAAAACCUUUCUCUAUCCACUGUCUCCUGACCACAAAUAAUAUUACACAUCUCUAUCAUUUCUAAACUAAAAAGCCCCAAGUGCUGUAACCUUUUGUCAUAGGGGAGUCGCCCCAACCCCUUGAUCAUUUUGGUUGCCAUUUGCUGUACCUUUUCCAGCGCUAUAAUAUUUUUUGAGGUGAGGUGUCCAGAACUGUACACUCUAUUUACCCUUCCCAUGCCUUCUGCUUCUCGUGAAACUUAAGGCUGGAUUACCUGUGUGGGUUCCCACAUGCAUUUCCCAUCGGUUGUACCUGGUUUUCACAUGCAUGUCUGUGGCUUGGUUUCUCAACAUAACACAGUGUUUGUGGUUGCAAAAUUCAGUGUUCUAUCAAUGGUGUUAAUCUAGGGCAGGGAGAUUUUGGAGAAUUCCAUUUCAGUAUUGAUUGUGCCCAUGUAAGGUGUGGAGUCCCUAAGACUUUAUAUGUAUUGUGUGACUUGCAUUCUGAUUUGGGACUUUGCCAUGUUUACACAUCAUGUUAAGCUGUGGCGUUUAGUUUGUUUAGCAGUACUUUGCAUGAGAUCCUUGCUGGUACCUGCAUCCCAAGCUCCUGGAUAAGAUUGGUUAUGCAUUGUUUUUUUCUGGCAAGAUUCCAUAUCUUACUGAGCACAUGACUAACUUUCAAAAACUGCUGUGCACCUAAGAGUUCAGCUGACUGGCUGCAUUAGUUAAACUGGACAAACUGGAUGUCUUUUAUUCCUUGUUAAUUUAGCUCUGCAUUUUAACCUGUACAGAUCAUGUGACUGUAAUAAAUACUGGCUCACUGGCACUUGAUUUCGGUAGGCUUGCUGACUAGCAGUGAGUGUUGUGACUGCAGAGUUCUCUUUGUAUUGAUUUAUCUGUAACCUCUUUCACAUGUGCAAGUUGCUGGAUGCAACAUUCAAAUGUGUGUGUGUGAACCUGUCCCUCAUCAUGACUUCAGUAUUGAGUAACAGCUGUGUGUGUGUGUGAAUGAGCCAUUGCAGAUGAAACACCACAGAAAGAGCCUUUCUUUCUCCCAACAUCCUUUCAUAUAAGGUAAAGGACCCCUAGGGACAUGGGGGGCGCUGUGGGUUAAGCCACAGAGCUUAGGACUUGCCAAUCAGAAGGUCGGCGGUUUGAAUCCCCGCCACGGGGUGAGCUCCCGUUACUUGGUCCCUGCUCCUGCUAACCUAGCAGUUCAAAAGCAUGUCAAAGUGCAAGUAGAUAAAUAGGUACCGCUCUAGUGGGAAGGUAAACAGCGUUUUCGUGCGCUGCUCUGGUUCACCAGAAGCGGCUUAGUCAUGCUGGCCACAUGAUCCGGAAGCUGUACGCCGGCUCCCUCGGUCAGUAAAGCGAGAUGAGCGCCGCAACCCCAGAGUCGUCCACAACUGGACCUAAUGGUCAGGGGUCCCUUUACCUUUACCUUUACCUUUAAAGGACCCCUGCACGGUUUAGUCCAGUCAAACUUGACUGUGGGGUGCGGACCAUGCGGUGCUCAUCUCGCUUCAGGCCAAGGGAGCCAGCAUUUAUCCACAGACAGAUUUCUAGGUUAUAUGGCCAGCAUGACUAAACUGCUUCUGGCGCAACGGGACACCGUGAUGAGUGCCAGAGCUCACAGAAACGCCAUUUACCUUCCCGCCACAGCGGUAACUAUCUACUCGUGCUGGUCUGCUUUCAACCUGCUAGGUUGGCAGGAGCUGGGACAGAGUAACUGUAGCUCACCCCGUCCCAUGGACUCAAACCGCUGGCCUUCUGAUUGGCAAGCCCAAGGGGCUCAGUGGUUUAGACCACAGCGCUACCAGCUCACUUCCCUUCAUAUACGUUGCACUGAAGCCCAUUUGCACACUGAACUGUCAGUCAUCACAUGAAGAGAAAUCAAGCAGUGCAUAGUCAUGAGUGAACAAAUCUUGGCUUUCUUGCUGAUAUUUACAGCUGGAUAGGGUUGCAUAUUAAAGCAACUCUUCUAGGCCCACUCCCUACGAGGAACUGGGCUCCAUAAAUCAGAGGUGGAGCACCUGCUUUGCAUGUAGAUUCCAGGUUUCCUCCAUGGAAAAUUCAGCUUAAAGAUCUUGUGUAACAGGGCUGCGAAUGAACUUCCAUCUGAGACCUUGAGGAGCCACUGACAGCCAAAGUUGUCAGGGGGUGUGGUCUGGGAAGAGCACCAACAGCCUGGCAGUUGCUAGAGCAGCGGUUCUCAACCUGUGGGUCCCCAGAUGUUGUUGGACUACAACUCCUAUCAUCCCUGAGCUCUGGCCUUGCUAGCUAGGGGUGAUGGGAGUUGUAGUCCAACAACAUCUGGGGAGGGUCACAUUCAACCCACAGAGCAGAGGCUCCCCACCUCUAGUUUAGAGGGUGAAGCUAAGAAUGCAUGAUAGCAUGGUCACAUCUUAUGCAGAAGUUCUGUUCCAAGGGUUCUGGGUUAUACAUGAAAAUCACAUGUACCCAAACCCUUGGAGCUGUUGUAGGCUAGUGGGUGGGUGGGGGGUACAGAGAGAAUCCACAAUACUCCCAGAGCUCUUGUGCCAGACGGACUUUUCCCAGCAAGCAGGGCAGAGAGGUUAAAGCUCUUUUUGCACUGGAUAACGCCUCUCAGUGCGCCGGCUCCAGAAAGCUAGGGUUGCUCAUACGAGAUCACACGGGAACCUGGAUCUCUGCAUGUGAUCUUGCAAAAGCAUAACAGAGCUGGAAAGCUGAAUGGGCCUUGCCCCCGCAAGCAAAUCAGAGAGCAUAGCAACUCUUUUCGCACUGGAUAACCCCAAACGGACUCAGUCCAAAAAGAACUUGCAAGCUCUCCGGCUUGCUUGGGUUUAAGUUGCACAAUUUCAGCAAGUCUGCCUUCAACCACACAUGGUUGAAAUCACGCAAGUUAAAUGCACAUAAGAUGCAAUCAUUCUCUCUCUCUCUGUCUCUGUCUCUCUCUGUGUGUGUUUGUAAUCAAAAAAGAUAAAGUUCACUGCCAAGGGACUCUUUCUGGGAAUGGGAGAACAAGCAGUCAACCAGACUGAUGUGUCUGACAAGCUAUUUCAGGCCUGUCGGCAACCAUUUUUCUUGUUGCUUUUAACGAAUUCUUACUUUGCUACAGGUAACCAGGAAGGAGUUUUUCCACAAGUUAUGUUUCUGGUUCACACAUGACCAGCAUAUUGGGGAUGUUCAGACAGACAGGCUAGAAAAAGAUUAGUGGGCCAGCAGUCUGUUGACUGGUUUAUUCCUAAUAAAUAAAUAACCCAGGGUAGUUGAGUGUCAGUCCUCUUAAGUAACUACAGCGGUACCUCGGUUUAAGAACAGCCCUGUUUACAAACUAUUCAGUUUAAGAACUCUGCAAAACUGGAAGCAGUGUCCUGGUCUGUGAACUUUACCUCGGUCUAAGAACGGAAGCUGAACGGUGGAAGGGCACCGGCAGUGGGAGGCCUCAUUAGGGAAAGCACGCCUCGGUUUAAGAAUGGACUACAGUCAUACCUCAUGUUACAUCUGCUUCAUGUUACGUUCUUUCGGGUUAUGUCCUGCGGCAACCCGGAAGUACCGGAAACGGUUACUUCCGGGUUUCGUUGCAUGCUCAGACGUGCAAAAUGAUGUCACGCACAUGCGCAGAAGCGGCGAAUCACAACCCUCACGUGCGCAGACGCGCUGCUGCAGGUUGCGUUCCUUUCAUGUUGCGAACGGGCCUCCGGAACAGAUCCUGUUCGCAACCAGAGGGACCACUGUACUGGAACGGAUUAAGUGCAUAAACUGAGGUACCACUGUACUGAGUUAGGAGCGGUAAGGACUUUCUCAAUUGCUCUUAAUGCCCUUAAAAACAAAAAUUCUGGGUUUCAUGGGUAGUGAUGGUUAUGAUCCCCUCCCCAUUUUUUUUAACUGUUACUAUAUUUUUUCCAUGGAGAUCUUUCCAGUUUUAGAAAUACACCCAUUAAUAAAAUUAAUUACAUAAUGACUGAAUCAAUUGCAAGUGAAAUUAGGCAACUGGAGCAGCCACAAUACCAACCCAAUCUAAUUUUGUAAUGUCCCCCCCCCCCCCGGGUGACUUUCCCUAGGAAGCACAUAACGUAUGUACCCAGAUUUUCAGACAUCUCUAAAAUUUGUAGGUUAACAACUUUCAGUGUUCCCAUUUCUUAAUAUCUAACGUAGGGGAAGUAUGUAGUAUUGAGUAUUCCAGUAAAAAUAAUUUUAAAGUAACCUUUGAUUUUGAAUAUAACAUUUAAAGUACACUUAAGUGCACUCUACUGAUUUUUUCCCCUUAUUCUUAAAACAUGCUUCAGCUCAACUAUUUCCAGAUAUAGGAAAAAACUUACCAUAUUUUAAAGUGUAGAAAAUGAACAUGACUGACUCAUUCAAAAGUUUUGAUUACUAGUUUUGCUUUCUAAAUAGAAAUGGCACAUGUGAAAAUAAUAUCUCUAUUGAUUUCCUGCAGUGGAAAAUGCUUAAAUCAAAAUAUUCCAGAACGCACCCACCCCCAUCACUGGUCAUAGUCUCAGGUUUCCUCUGGCUGCCUGUUCUAGAAUAGUGCCUCUCUCUGUUCCCACCCCGCCCCCCAAAUUAACAUAGAUAUACAUCAUACUUUUGCACCUGGGCUAUAUGUAGAAUUUUCAACAUCUAUGUAGAACUGCAGAAUUUUCUCUAACUUUAUAUUCCUCUCUGAAAAUGCCAUUUCCCAGAGAGGACCCUAAACUGAAAGAUGGAUAAAUCCUUAUUAGUCUUAACCACAAAGGAUAAAGUAGCCCACCCACCAGGAAGAGGGGAGCAUGUGAUCUCAUGGUCUUCUCAUGUUUGCUUGUCCGGAGUUUUGGGCUGGGUUGCCAUCAGUAUGCCGAUGACACCCAACUCUAUCUGUUGAUGGAUGGCCAUCCUGACUCGGCCCCAGACACACUGAUCAGAUGCUUGGAAGCUGUGGCUGGAUGGUUACGUGGGAGCCAGUUGAAGUUAAAUCCUUUGAAGACAGAGGUCCUCUGGCUGGGACGGGACGAUAUGGGAUUGAGGGGGCAACUCCCAUCUCUUGCGGGGGUGCAAUUAGUGCCAGCACCAUCCGUUAAGAGUUUGGGUGUAAUCUUUGACACCACCCUUUCCAUGGAGGCGCAGAUUGCAGCUAAAACAAAGGCGGCAUUUUUUCAUCUCCGCCAAGCUAAGCAGUUGGGUCCUUACCUCUCUCGCCCUGACCUAGCCACUGUGAUCCACGCGACAGUCACCUCCAGACUGGAUUAUUGUAACUCGCUCUACGUGGGGCUGCCCUUGAGACUGACCCAGAAACUCCAGCGGGUGUAGAAUGCCGCGGCGAGACUCCUUACGGGGUCUUCGCUGCGAGAUCACAUUCAUCCGGUGCUAUACCAGCUGCACUGGCUCCCGGUGGAGUACAGGAUCAGGUUUAAGGUGCUGGCUUUAACCUUCAAAGCCCUAUACGGCCUAGGACCCUCGUACCUACGGGACCGCCUCUCCUGGUAUGCCCCACAGAGGAACUUACGGUCUUCAAAUAAAAACAUCUUGAAGGUCCCAGGCCACAGAGAGGUUAGGCUGGCCUCAACUAGAGCCAGGGCUUUUUCGGCUGCGGCUCCAACCUGGUGGAACGCUCUGUCACAAGAGACAAGGGCCCUGCAGGACUUGACAUCUUUCCGCAGGGCCUGCAAGACAGUGCUGUUCCACCAGGCCUUUGGUCAGGGCGCAGCCUGACUCCCUCCUUUGGCAAUCUUUACAGAACUUUAGUAUGGUUGCCAUCAAUUUUGAUCUUAAUUAAUUUUUAUAAUGUUUUUAGAAUGUUGCACUAUUUUAGUGUUGUUAGCCGCCCUGAGCCCGGCUUCGGCUGGGGAGGGCGGGAUAUAAAUAAAAUUUAUUAUUAUUAUUAUUAUUAUUAUUAUUAUUAGGAGGAGGUUUAGGGGUGUCUAGAAAGGAAAUGGUUCAGAUAAUGAGGAGCAGCAAACUUUUUCAGGCACAUCUGUGAAUCUAGGCUUUCUCUUGACUGAUUCUCUAGGCUGAGUCAUGCUUUUGCGCACUCUGACACAUUCCAUGUGUUUCUCCUUGUAAUUUAAAUGCUAUUUAUCAUUGCUAUAAUGGAGAAACUUUGUUAUACUGUAUGCACAGUGAAGAUGCCUGUUUUAUUGUUAUUGUUGUUAUUGUAUUCCACAGUGCAGUUUCUCUCUUUUUUUUAUUAAAGAUUUUCUUGAUUUACAAAAGUGUUUGCAAUGUCUCUCUCUCGUAUUUCCCCCCCCCCCCAUGUAACAUUUUUACAAAUCAGUUUCAUUUGUUGAGACAUUAGGAAGAAAAGGGGGAAAGAGGUGGGGGGGAGAUGGGGGGGUCGGGUGGCGAUGUUUCUAUUUUACUUACUAUAUGUAGGGUUUGGUGUCAGCGUUGCUUGUGCACGUUCUUAGCUGUUCACUUGUGUUCCUUUAGCGGUGAGAGAGGUUGGGGUUGGCCUAGGGUGUGGCUGUUCAUUUGUGGUUGGCUGUGGUGGUCUUUGUUUUCAUGUGUGAGUGGGGUGGGUGGGUGUUUUGGAUCAGGUUAGCAUUAUUGAAUCUGUAUGCUGUUGGUGGAUUUUUGUCGUUGUCUUGUUGGGCUGUGUAUGUGAUAAAGGGGAGCCAUAAAGUGUUUUCUUCCAUUUGUCCCCAUGUCAGUUUUAGUUUAUUGGUUAAUUUUUCUAGUAAGGCUGUUUCCCAUAUUAUUUGGUACCAUUGGUCCAUGCUUACUCCUGACAGGUCUCUCCAGUGUUUGGCUAUGAUGCUUCUGGCUGCUGAAAGUAGGUGGGUUAUGAGUUCUUUGUGGUGUAAGUGGGCAGGGCAGUUUCUCUUGAAUUGAAAAAGUUAAAGCAUGCUUUGCUCUUGCACCUCCCAAGUGUCUGUGUUUUGAAGUGUGAAAGCUAAGGUCCGGCCCUCCAGUGAACCGCUUUUCUUUCUGUGUGAGUGAGUGUUUUGUGUUAUGAUUCAUUGUUUUGCGUGUGCCUCCCAAUGGGAAAAGCUAAGCCCAGAGAGUUGACUCGUGUAAUAGUCCGCUUCCUCUGGAGACAGGUGAUUCUGCUGAGUCUGCAUCCAAAAACAAUGACACCCAAGACUGAUUCCUGGCAGAAUUAGUCACUUGUCAGGGUCAGGCAAGGCCAACACAGCAAAUCAUUCUGAGGGACAUGGGACAGCCUUUGUGUGGAUUGGUACGCGGGUGGCGCUGUGGGUUAAACCACAGAGCCUAGGACUUGCUGAUCAGAAGGUCGGCGGUUCGAAUCCCCGCGACGGGGUGAGCUCCCAUUGCUUGGUCCCUGCUCCUGCCCACCUAGCAGUUCGAAAGCGCGUCAAAGUGCAAGUAGAUAAAUAGGUACCUGUCAGGGGUUCUGGGACAGAGGCACAGGGUAGGCAGGAGAUGGAGAGCGAUGGGGAUGAAUCCCAGGACAGCGAGGAAGAGGAUGACAAUGACUCAAGAGAUUCCAUGAGUCUUUCCAGCGAAUCAGAGGAUUCCCAGAAGGGGCGCCGGUGGUCAAGCCCAGGGGAGCCCCAGGGGGGAAGUGUCAGGAGCAGGGGGCCAGCUGGGCAUCCCAAAGUGGCAGCUGGGUGUCAGGACCAGCCUCCCCGCCAGAGUGCAGCGAAGGGGGUGGAGGUUUCAGUGUGUCAGGGGAAGCGGCUCCGGCAGUAGAGAAAGGAGGGAGGUCGGAGCAAGCCAUCCUCCCGGAGGGGAGGGGAGCAGUGAAGGGAGUAGUGUAGCUGUUGAAAGGAAGGUUAGAGGCUGGGCGCGCGCGCCAAGUUCAAAUGUAGAGGCGCGCGGAAGUACAGGGAGCCCGGAGGAGGGGCCAGGUCCCAAAGCCCGCAGGAGGGGUCAAGAGCAGUCUGAUUCCGCGUCAGAGGAAUCUAGGAGGGGCGAAACCCCAGCGGGCAGAAGGACCCUGCGGAAAAGGAAAGAGAGAAAGAGGUGGAGCAGCGCAAGCCUCUUAAAUUGGUGUAGGGGAGGGACGGAUUCAGAGGGGACUUCAGCGGUCUAAGCGUAGCAGACGUAGGGCUGCGCGCCUAGGAUGUCAAGCAAACAAUGAACUGCAAUAAACACUUUUGUAUAUAAGAAGACAUAGGCGUUGGUCUUUUGUGAGCUGAGACUUGAGGCAGCCCUGACAGUACCACUCCAGCGGGAAGGUAAAUGGCGUUUCUGUGCGCUGCUCUGGUUUUGCCAGAAGCGGCUUAGUCAUGCUGACCACAUGACCCGGAAAAGCUGUCUGUGGACAAACGUCAGCUCCCUCUGCCUAUAGAGCGAGAUGAGUGCCGCAUCCCCCAGAGUCGUUGGCGACUGGACUUAACUGUAGGGGUCCUUUACCUUUUUUUACCCAGUUAUUGGUAUAUUGUGACAACUCAGAAUUGUAAAUACAAGCAAUCGUGACCAAAGAAAAUAGAUUUGAAAAAUGUAAGAGUAGUAUAACUUUAAAUACAAAAUGAAUGUGUUUUGCUCUAGGCUCUAGCAUUGUCAGUUGUACAUAAGUGAGCAACAUGUUUGGAGGAGCCCAAUCUCUCCUCCUGUUCUGGGAGCUCUUGUAACAAUCCAGAGUGGAUUGGGGUGCUGGCAAGAGCAGGAAGCCCCAUUGCAGCCGCAGGAGUUCUUAUGUUGGCUUCUGCUAGGGCACCAGGGUUGGUUGCACAAUGGCAGUUCAGUGUGAGUGAGUGGAAAGUGAUGGAAUUUGGAACAAGGGAUCUUAACUCCUCAUAUACAAGGAUGGGUCAGAACCCGCAGUGCCUAAACAGUAAAGACAUAGAAUCCUAGAACUGUAGAGUUGGAAGGGACCCCAAGGAUCAUCUAGUCCUACCCCUGCAAUGCAGGAAUCGCAACACAUGGUCCCCCAUCCAGUUUGAAACCAUACUUAGCCCUGUUUAGUUUUGCAAGUGUGCUAGCAGUUUAUCAUAAGAUAAUGCUGGGUAUGUCAAUGAGAUGUCAGACAGUUUGGAAUAGCUCAAAAGAAUUCCAUUGUAUGGAUCAUUAGGAAAAUUGCCAGUACCAUAAUGCAAUUAUAUAAAACUACGGUACAGCCAUUUCGGCUGCUCCUUGCCUUGUUGGCCUUUUUCGACCUGGCCUGGGAGGGCGGGGCCCUGACUGACUCCAGCUGCAAAAGCUGAGGCUGCUGAACACACCCUUUGGGUAUUGUUUAGCGGGGGUUGUUGGGGGCGGGGUUGUUGCUGUUAUUUAAAUCUUUAUUCUGUAUCUUUAUUUUAGAUGUUAUUUAUGUGGAAAUUAUUUCAAUUUAGUUGUGUACAUUUUGAUUUUUUAUUAUUGUUUAUGACCACUAUUAUGUUUGUAAUUAUUUUUUUCAUGUUGUAAACUACAUUGAGCAUGAUUUUAACUACGCAAAGGCAGCAUACGAAUAAAAUAUGUAUGUAUUGUGUGGUACUGUAUGCAGUUCUGGUUCCUGUGCUUCAAAAAUAAUAUUGUAGAGCUGGAAACUGUGCAGAAGGGGGCAGCUAAAAUUCUUGAGGAGGUGGAGAGCCUUUCCUGCAAGAAAGGGGCGAUACAGCUGAGAAAAAUGCUACUAAGUGGGAAUGUCAUGAUGGAGGUGGUACAAAAUUAUGGACAGUGAGGAGAAAGCCUUUAUUUUACUAGCACCCAGUGGGGCUAUCCAAUGGAGCUGAAUGGCAGGAGAUUCAUGACAGAGAAAAGGCUGCUAGCUGUGAUAGGCUGAAGGUCACGGGCAGCUUGUCUCUUGAGUGCCAGUUUUUGGAGGCUGUUGCUCUCAUUCUUUGGUUGUGGGGUUUCUAAAGGGAUCUCGGUGGUUCGCUGUGUAGAAAAGGAUGUUGGUCUUGAUCGCUCUCUGGUUGCUGUUACGUGUUUGAAUGGGCUUUGCAACUUUUCUGCAUAGUCCCAAUAUCACCUGUAGUGGGAUGCCUUGUUUUGUUUCUGAAACUUAAUAUCCAGUGUUACUCAAGGUAAAGAACAAUUUUAUAUAUAUAUAUUCUUGUCUAAAACAUGCGUCGACCAUCUUUCCAUUAGAUCAAGUGUUCACAUGAAAAAUGCAUAACACAGUAGCCUUGGGAUGCUUGUGUAGAAGGCGAUUAACAAAUUGAGAACAAAUCAUUAAAUGACAGUGCUCAUGGCCAAGUACUCCCUCAACAGGAAGCCCCCAGCAGAUGUUCUUAAAGAGGCAGUGAAGUAGUUCCAGCAGCCUUCCCCAAAUGGGUGCCCUCCAAAUAUUUAUGAUUACAUCUCCCAUCUGUCCUAGCCAGCAUGACUUUCUGGAGGGCAGCAGAUUAACAAAGCCUGGGUUAGAGUAUUGGGCUAGUCUCUAGAACUGGGGAGAUGUGGGUUCAAAUCCCUUCUCAGCCCUGAGAAUGCCAGUCACUCUCUCAGCCCAGCCUGCCUCUGUAGGGUGGUUGUGACUUGUGGACAGUAAAACAGGAGAACCUGUAUCUUUGGAAAGGUAGGAUAAACUAUAAUAAAUAAUAUAAAAAUAAGUAGAAUAUUAUUAUAAAUUCAUGUCUUUGCUAGGUUCACAAUUUACAGAACUUGAGAUGUACGCUUAAGGAAAGAUAUUGGUGGAAAAACAUUUAAGAAAGCAGAGAGUGUGCUGCACUAAUUGAUAUUAUGGAGAUAAUCAAAACUACACUUCUAAUUGAAGCUGGUUGCACAAUGGUCUAAUGCUGCACCCAGCAGGUUUUCAGGUGUGCUGCAAAAGUGGGGGUGGACUGAAGGUGACUGCCUCCCCUUAGCCAGCCUCUGAUCUAGCACUUAGUUUUCGCUUGAGCAGAACAGGCCAGCUUUGAGAGCUGCUCUUUGAGCGUGCAGAGGGAAAAAAUCUAUUGAUGAUUCAAGACUCUACUUCAGACCUCUCAGGCAGCUGGGAAAGGCCUCUCCGUUCUGAAGACUAGUUGGGGUUGAAUUUUAGUGCCUUGCUAUGCAGUAGUCAACAAUCCCAGUGAUGAGUGGCCCUAUUAAUUCUGUGUUGCAGACUGCUGAGGGAUGUCCUUUGAUUGCAUAAGGCACCUCUGGCUUGGGGGCUGAUGAUGGCCCUCCAGGCUCUUCCAGCUGGCCCUCCGUGGGGGGCUCUCCCCAAGCCACACCCCUCACUGACCCAGGACUGCAUCCUUUGCUGUGCUUGGAAUGCCUUUGAACUGUGAUAAAAAGCUUCUUGCUUGUCUUGGUGUGUUUAUGUAAACACACAUGCAUAUGACUCUUGCAUGGCUGGAAUAACCUAUAGCCACAUAAUCCAUUGCAUUGCUCACUUUUCCUCUGCCAUAAUAAUAAUAAUAAUAAUAAUAAUAAUAAUAUUAAUAUAUUAUUUAUACCCCGCCCACUCUGGGCGGCUUCCAGCAAAAUACAGUGGUACCUCGGGUUACAUACGCUUCAGGUUACAGACUCUGCUAACCCAGAAAUAGUACCUCGGCUUAAGAACUUUGCUUCAGGAUGAGAACAGAAAUCGUGCUCCGGCGGCAUGGCGGCAGCGGGAGGCCCCAUUAGCUAAAGUGGUGUUUCAGGUUAAGAAAGGACCUCCGGAACGAAUUAAGUACUUAACCCGAGGUACCGCUGUAUUAAAAUACAGUAGUCCAUCAAACAUUAAAAGCUUCCUUAAACCGGGCUGCCUUCAGAUGUCUUCUAAAAGUCUGGUAGUUGUUUUUCUCUUUGACAUCUGGUGGGAGGGCGUUCCACAGGGUGGGCACCACUACCGAGAAGGCCCUCUGCCUGGUUCCCUGUAACUUGGCUUCUUGCAGGGAGGGUGUUGUGACGUGGGGUUUGUGAUUUCAGCUCUCCUGAUAUAACAUGCUGGAGACAGUUCUCUAGUAACACUUCUUUAUUAAAGCAACAAGACUGACUACUGGGGAGAGGAAAGCUACAUUUAUAGGGACAGGGAACUAGCAAGAAAGGAUACAUUUUGGAGGGAACAAUAUCAGGCAAUCACAGUCCUGCCUUUUGGAGGGAACCAAUAAGACAGAGGAUCCAAAUACAGCAGCUUAAAUGAACCAAUAGUAGCUGUACCCUCUGGAACCAAAGGGCAGUUACUUUACCCUAAUGCAAAUACAGACAAUAAUAAUACAGAUAUAAAAUCCUUUGACUCAAUACACAACAGAGGGAACUGCCAGAAGGCCCUCGGUGCUGGACCUCAGUGUCCGAGCAGAACAAUAGAACAAUGGGAUGGAGACGCUCCUUCAGGUAUACUGGGCCGAGGAUGUUUAGGGAUUUAAAGGUCAGCACCAACACUUGGAAUUGUGCUCAGAAACGUACUGGGAACCAAUGUAGAUCUUUUAAGACUGGUGUUAUGUGGUCUUGGCAGCCGCUCCCAGUCACCAGUCUAGCUGCCACAUUCUGUUCCUUAUGCAGCUCUUAGUUUAAAAAAGCUUCCCUAACUCAGACCUCAAGGGUAGAAUCUGGUUCUCAGGGGUUCUUCCAAGUUUUGCUACUGGAGACUGUUUUAACUGAUGGCACUACUGGUUAAUCUUGUGUCCCCUGCAUGUCAGGUGUGUGUGCAUGCAGGGGACCCAACUAGGACUCCUUUCCAUUCUGUAGGCCUGCUUUGCCUCUGGCACUAACUUGGCCUCUUUGGACAGCCAACAGAAAUGAGUGGCUUCCAGCUGCACUGGAAUAUCAGGGUGGUCAGCUGUGGCUUAUUCACUUCAAUUUGUUGUUGGUGCAGGUAAUUCCAGGAUCACCUGUUAAUUCUUCCUCAGGUACUUUACUGGAUAUGAGAGAGAGAGUCUGGGGCAUCAUGUGCUUGGUGAGAAUGGCAAACUGCUUUCAGCGUUCCCUGGGUGAGGUGACUUGUUUUCUCCAAAAGAAGUGGCAAUGUGGGUCAAGGCCCAUAUUUCCUUGAUUCUUAUGUUGUGCCAGCGUUUAUUUUUUAUCUUUGACUCUUCCUUGAAACGAAUGAGCUUGAAGGGAUUGUCAUCUCGGCAUUGCUGAGCAUGUAAACAAGCCCUCUGCAUUCUGCUUGAGUAGCAGUCUGAACGGAUUGGGGCUUAUUCAUGGGCUUUAUAUUUGCUGCUUCCAAACUAUUGUGACAGCAGAGGCCUCUCUCUGUGUUGCACUGGAUUUUGAAAGCUGAAAAGGUUAUUGCUGGCUUAAGGGGGUAUUUACAUAGAUCUGUGUUAGCAUUUUAAUACAGGCCUUGGAGUUUUGUGCCUUCAUUCAGUUUUGCCUUUUCAUCGUGGCCAUGACAGAUGCAGGCAUUGUUGUAGUGCUUGUUUACCUGCCACUCACCCCAAUCAAAGGGAACUGAGUAGUUCAAAUAUCUCCUCUGAUAAGAAUUUGCCAGGUGGAUGAAGAUAUACCUCUUUGCUUGCUCUACUAGAUUGGUUUACCUUUCUGGUGGUGUGUAGAUGAGCUGAUAGUAAAGAUCACUGAGGAAAUGUAUGUACAAUGCUUGAAACACUAAAAAAAGAAAAGGAAGGAAGAACUAUAUUUUUGCCCAGUUCACACAUCACAGUAAACCAUGGUCUUUGGCAAGCUACAGUUUACUGUGAAGGAACAGUAUGAUGGUGCAUGCUGCUGAACUAUGCCCGCUUUGGUCCUCCCUUUCCCAACCUGAGUGGUUUAGAGUUGCAUGUAAAUCAGUACUUGUGGUUACCAAGGUUUGUUCUUUGCUUGUGGUUCGUUUGGGAGGAUUGCACAUAAUGGAAAGCCAGCUGCUCUGGGGUUUAUUUCUGAGCUUGGGACUUGGGAGAAGCAAAGAGGGUGUGACUUCAUGCUGCCUGUUCCCUGUAAGCCAUAGUUUAUUUCAGACCAAGGCUUACUGUGAUGUGUGAAUGAGACCAAAUUACUACUGUUUAGUUACCGCCUCCCUGACAACAGUGAGCAUGUGGAAUGCAGUUUGUCAUUCUGAUGAUGCAAUUCCUUUUUGAGAUUUCCAUCUUCUCUGCUUUGCCUUGUAGCAAAGGUUGCCUGCCCUACAUUGGCUUCUGCAGUUUCUUGCUGGCUUGGCAUCCGUGCUCCGGACCACUCUGCAGCCCUGUGCUCUCUGCUGCUUAUGCAAUUGCCUCGCUUCUCCUCCUAUGGGCUUCUGAUGCUGUUAAGCUGCCAUUUAGAACGGCAGCAGCUGAAAAGGGCUUCUAACAAGCUGGCCGUGUGUUUGGGUCGUAGAGAGUUUUAUUUACUACGCAUUAGAAUUUUCUUCUCACACCGAGACUUAAAGAGCUGAAGUUGUCACAGGGUGGACAAUGCUUGGAAUUGCCUUUUUCACCGUGAAAUAAUUGAGGAGGCAGCACAGAGAGCAGUAAAAUGGUUCUGUGACAUUCUCUAGUCGUGUAACCUUCUGAAACAAGGGGCGGUUCAGAUGCCUCUUGCUCAAAACUGUAAGAUAAGGGCCGCAAGCACAUGUUUGCUGUGUCUGAUUUCUGCUGUGAUCUUGCUAUGCAGCAAUACAGGGGGGUUCUGAAGAACUUCUGCUUUUCAGAGACCCCAGUUAGCAAUUAGAUUUUAACAGGGGUCAUGUUUUUAACAAGGACUGAAAGAUCAGUACCACUGACUGCUUGCUGACCUAUAUGCAUUUAAAUACACCCUCCCCUCUGGUAUAAACAGUGGUGGGGCCCUCCCCUUAUACUGCUUGGAUUUCUCCCCAAAACGACUGCCAGCUUCAGACAGAUUUUUCACUGGACCCCAUCAGAGGUAGAAAUAUUUAAAUUCCUUCUCCACAGAUUCCCUCUGGUUUUUAUUAAUAUUACACAAUAGUAAACACACACACACACACACACACAAGAGAGAGAGAGAGAGAGAGAGAGUUAAAUAGAACUUUGCACCUAACAUGAAGUUGCAUUAAACAUCACUGUAGUUUGGCCCUGACUUCUAAUUCUCCAGAAAUGUGUUAACUUUAUACAUGUUGUUUCUAGUGGUGGUGUUAAUUAUCCUACUUUUCCUCUAAGGAGCUCAAGGUAGCAUACAUAGUUCUCUUCCUCCCCAUUUUAUCCCCACAACAAUCCUGUGAUGUAGGUUGGGCUGAGAGUAAGUGACUGGCUCAAGAUCACCCAGUGAGCUUCAUGUCUAAGUGGGGAUUUGAACCCUGAUCUCCCAGCCCCAGUACUAAGAACUGCACCAUUUUGACUCUCUUAAAUUAUUCUGUCUUCUGUUGUCACCCAGAGAUUUAGUUGUUCUUAAAGCUUUAUCCCACAAAUUUAUUGGUGAAUCAAAUACAGGUUAUAGGUCUGUAUGACUACGUACUUUUAAAAAAACCAAAGCACCUCCAAGUCUCCGAAACCAGUGCUCUUCACAAUACCACAAGCUAUUUUACCUCCUGAUAAUAAAACCAAAGUGAGUUUUUAGCAGCUGCUAUCUCUUGAAGCAGUAAGGAUGUGUUAAAGCACUGGGGGGGGGGGGAGAAAAAGUCUCUGGUAUGUGAUGUUGUGAUCUCGAUACUGGAGUGAGAAGCUUGGACAUGAAGACGGGAUGUCAUGCUGUACUCUUUGUACCUGAAGGGACAUUGCGUCUCUCUAACACAGGGAUGGAUUCUCUGUAAUUGGUUUUGAAGUGGUCUGCCUGUCGCCCCCCCCCCCAGCUGCUUGCCACAGUCAUCGUGAUGACCCUUCUCUACUCCUGGUGAGUGUGAAGUUGAGCAUGAAGGGGAGAAAGCUGCUGCUCCAGGUUGGAGCUGGGAAAGUGGUUGGGGUCUCUUCCCCCUCAGUCACCUUCAACAAAGUCCCCCAUGGUAUUCUUGUGGAGAAGCUGGUAAAAUGUGGACUGGAUGAGGUAUCUGUUAGGUGAAUUUGUAGGUGGUUGACUGACAGAACCCAAAGAGUGCUUACUAACAGCUCCUUGUUAUCCUGGAAAAAAGUGACAAGUGGGGUGCCACAGGGCCUGUUGUUGUUCAACAUCUUUAUAGACUACUUGGACAAAAGGAAUUGAGGGGAUGUUGUAUUCUGCCUUGGUCAGAGCACACUUUCAGUAUAGUGGUACCUCGGGUUAAGAACUUAAUUUGUUCCGGAGGUCCAUUCUUAACCUGAAACUGUUCUUAACCUGAAGCACCACUUUAGCUAAUGGGGCCUCCUGCUGCUGCUGCUGCGCCGCCGCCGCACGAUUUCUGUUCUCAUCCUGAAGCAAAGUUCUUAACCCGAGCUACUAUUUCCUGGGUAAGUGGAGUCUGUAACCUGAAGCGUCUGUAACCCGAGGUACCACUGUACUGUGUCCAGUUCUGGGCGCUACAGUUUAAGAAGGAUAUUGACAAGCUGCAAUGUGUGCAGAGGAGGGCUACCAAGGUGAUCAAGGAUCUGGAAACUAAGCCUCAUGAGCCACAGUUGAGGGAACUGGGUUUGUUUAGCCUUCAUAAAGGACUGUCACAUGGAAGAUGGAACAGACUUGUUUUCUCUCCUGCUCCAGAGGCUAGGACUUGAACCAAUGGCUUCUAGUUACAGGAAAGAAGAUUCUGACUAAACAUCAGGAAGAACUUUCUGAAAGUAAGAGCUGUUCAACAGUGGAAAAUAUUCCCACAAGAGGUGGUGAACUCUCCUUUGGAGUUUUUAAGGCAGAGGUUGGAUGGUCAUCUGUUAUGUAUGAUCUAGUUGAGAUUUCUGCAUUGUGGGAAGGUUGAGCUAGAUAACCCUUGGGGUCCCAAUGCUACAGUUAUAUGAUUCUAUUAUUGUGGUCAGAUGUGUCACAAGAAGGCCUCUCCUCCUCCCAGAGGGGAGGGGUUGUGAGCGAGAGCAGCUUCCCGCGGGGGCAGUGAGGCGUGUACGGCUCCCUGCUCCUGAUUGCUUCUGCUGCCACGCCCAAGCCUCCCAGCCGACCAAUAGGGCCGGCUGGUGGGCGGGGCUAGCCACAUUUAAACAGCCGCGGCAGCGCUCAGCUCCCAGCCUGUUCCUGCUUUCUUCGGAUCUCCCUGCCUCCCUCCCUCCCUCUUAGGUCAGCUUCUUUUGUGUAUUGACCUUGCUAUGGAUUUCGUUUGGUUGCCUUGGUUGCCCAAGGGGCCUGGUAGGACUUUUUUCUCCAUUUGGCAAAUUGGCACCAGCCUCUUGGUUUUUUCGCCUGCCUCGUAGCAAUUCAUCACAACUUUCUGGUAUUGGCAGUUAGGCAUUGGAAUAUGUAUGCUGUGUUGGAGGAUUGGGUAUGUGCCAUCAUCUACCCCUCCUCUUCUGGGUAUUCCGCUAAAGGAAUCCGGCGGUCGUGGAUCCUGUCCGAUGCCUGGCUAGGGCCAUGGCACGACGUCAUGGGGGAGCUUCCAGUUGUAUUUGCAUCAACAAGCUCCUCCCACUGGUUGUUAACCCUGAUAUGACUCCUGUGGAGUCUUGUAUUGCUGUUUCAUCCAAUGCCUAAGCCAAUACAACUCACAUGCUGUAACCAAUAACAGUUGUGGCCUAAUUUUGCCCAUUAACCAAAAAUAAUGUGUCUCUAUGUCUUAUUAUACUCCUAUGCGGGUGGCGGGUCCUCGACUCACAACUGAUGGUUGUUGUCCGAGUUUGGUUAAAGGCUGGACACAGACGGACAAAUGGCAAGUUGCUUGGAGUAAAUGCUACUUGGAGUGUGCCAUGCCCAGUGACUCCUUCUCACUCUGCCUUGGUUGCCUAGUUCCGUUUCCAGAUGAUAUACAGGAAGACUUGUGUGAAUCUUUAUGGUUUAGAAACGUAUGCUGGGAUGGUGCAAUAGAAUUUUCCAUGCCAGAUCAGUUGACCCUAAUGGGGAGGGCACAAGUGCCACAUUGUGUUGGCUGUGAAGUAUUGAUGAGGCAGGGGCAAUGCAGAGAGAAACAAUAAAGGGGAGGAGCUUUUCUCUCCCAUAUCAACAGCUGGGCCUCCUUAGAGUUCUUCCUCCACCAAUGUUUUGUGCUACAACUCCCAUUAGACCCUGACAGUAUGUCUGUAUGAGAGAGUAGUUCCAGGGGAACUGUAAAACAAGAAAAUCCUUAAUAAAAUAUUAGAAAGAAAAAAAAAAUUCCAGGGGAAGACUGAUCUAGUUUAAGUCUCUUGCCUUGGUACCUAAGAAGUAGUCAUAGUUUCGUCUGCUAAGGAAGAUUAAUUUGGAGGUGCUAUUUAUUUCCUCCUUUCAGUUGACUUGUUUGGCUGCCUGGAUGCUUCUGAACAGUUUAUGCUUGAAAGCUGUUAUUUUCAUGUGGAAAAAGCUGUUUGUUCAGCAUACAUCCAGCCAAGGAAGGACUGUUAUUGUGUGGGUGUCUUUAAAAUCGACCCAAAGGAAAAUGGAAGCUGGGUAUCAUGUUUUGAAGUCCUGACAACUGAUGUAUAUUUUAGAAAGCAAUGUUUUGUAUGGGCUUUUUCUGCUUCUGGAAAAUGUAUUAAUAAAAUGAAGUAUUAAUAAAAUAAAAUGAGCAUGUUGACAAUAGAUCUGUGGAGUCAUUUUCCAGCUACAGAAACACCAGUGUCUUGGUGGAAAUAUUAGGGAGAGGCAUAAAGAUAGACUUGGAAUGGAAGAAAGUUUAAUUGGCUUCCCACACAGUGUUUAUCUGCAACCCCAUGAAAAUGGGUGAGUGCAUUGUCCCUGGAGCCAGGCUGACAGGCCUGGGGAACCUACUUGCCUCUUACAUGGGGCUCCCAGAAUGUUGCCCAUCAGGAAAUGUGGCCCUCUGGCUCAAAAAGUUUCCCCAUGCCCUGAUUUAAACUGAUGUAUUCUGAAGGUGGCCCCAAAGAAGGUGACAGUAUGAAUCAUAACAAAUUCUUAAGCAUAUGAGCCAAUAAAAUUACAGUUAAACCAAUUACAUUGCAAGUUCUGGCAGCAGACAGAGGGGCAGAUCCCUCUGUCCAACCAACCUUCGGGAAUAAAGAUCCAAAUACACCUCCCAAAAAUAGAUGCAUUCUUAAAUGGUAGCAACCCUCAAAAAUCCUCACUACCACUAAGAGAGCACCAAACUGAUCACGCAGCUUGAGGCAUGGCCACGGUGAAGGUGCUCUUCUAUGUUCUCACCAAAGGUGUCUCUGGCACUGUUGAAACAUGUAGUAGAGCCUCCCUGGCUGAUCUCGAAGGACGAGCAGGCUCAAGGAGGAGAUGGUGGGCCAGCAUGUAUCCUGGCUCUAUCUAAGGCCUUUAGCAUCGUUGGGGGGCGGCUACAGCUAUCCCACCUACUACCUCUGGAAGCCUUCCUGGUGAUGCCAAAGGGGGCACUGAUCAUUGGGGAUGCUGAACACUGUAAAUUUAAUCAGGCUAACUUGAUUCUUGGCUAAUUUGUCAUGGAUUUGAUAUCAGUAGCUGGAGCAUCUGGGAUGAAACUCUUCAAACCUCCUUGUUCUUUUUGCUACUGCCAGGAGGUGAAAUGUUGCUACGCUGAUUGUACUCAAAUGAUGUUCUUUUGUGUGCUGUUACCUUUGCUAUUAAGUUGCUGUUUUGUUGUUGCCAUUAUUUUUAUUUAUUUAAUUUCUAUACCGCCCUUCCUCUGAGGAUCACAGGGCAGUUUACAAUAUAAAAGCACAAAAAUGCACAACAUAGUAACAAACAACCCUUCCCCCACCACAGUAUUAAGAAAUUGUUUUUGCAGCUGCUGAUUUUGUGAUGCAGUGCUAUUCGCUUUGUUGUAAGCAGCUUAGAGCGCGGGUGCGGGUGCUUUUCUGUGUGUGGAAAGGCAGCAUACAAAAAUAAAGUGAUGAGUAAUGAUGACAAAGGCAGCAAGCGGGGCCUGCAACAGAUCGUAUGGAGUGCAGCUUCCUGCUUUGUGCCACUGGGUCAGGAGCUGCCUAAGACAGGGGUUGGGGGAAGAUAGAUUAUUUCUUGUUUUAACUUGUUUACCACUUGAUUGUAAUAAACCUUGUUGUUGUUUCUUAAGGCUUUGACUCAUUGUAUUUUUACAGAUUGCCACAUCCCUUCCUGGCAACUUUUGCCAAAUUUGCCUUCCUCUCCUCCAUGCCAUGGCAGUUGCUCCCUCCUUCCCUUCCCUGAACUGUGUAUAUUGUUGAGCCUGUAGAUAGGCCUGACCUGAAGGUGGGGAUUGGGGUAUGUUAGGCUAUAGUUCCAUUCCACCUUUAGAACAGAUGUUGUGAUGGCCUGGGAAUCUGAUUCAGAGGCUGAACCGGAGGAAUCCCAGCCUGCACAGGAAUCCCCGCCUCCAGGGCCGGCUGAACUGGGGCAGGGCCUUGAUACUGAAGCGCCUGCACCUGUGCCGGAUCUUGCCCCGUUUCUCGCUGUGGACCCCGCUUCGCCCGUGGAGGACUGUCUGCCGACCCUCGACAGUGAGGAGCCGGGCAAGGACAGGAACUCUGGGGGAACCGGACUGGGUGCUGGCCGAAACAGCUCUUCAACAACGUUGCUCCCGCAACCUGGGACCGGGCUGACUGGCCUUUAUCUUCUCUGAGGCCAGGGCGGUCCGGCCCCAGGAACCCGCCUCUCCUGGCCUUAGGUGAGCACUCCUCCUGGGAGAAACCAGUUCCCUCCGCCUCUCUGCCCUGAGCCUCUGCAGUUCAGGAGAGGCUGAAGGGUUACUGGACCCAGGGGGAGACUCACCUGUAGGCACUGAGUCCUCAACCACCUCUGGAGCCAGAGUGGAUUCACCUGGUGCCUGCUCCUGAGGAUCCGGCACAGGUGCAGGCGCUUCAGAAUCAAGGCCCUGCCCCAGUUCAGCCGGCCCUGGAGGCGGGGACUCCUUUGUAGGCUGGUAUUCCUCUGGUUCAGCCUCUGAAUCGGAUUUCCAGGCCAUCACAGAUGUGUGGAUUGUUGAACGUCAUAUGUCUGUUUACUUCCAGCACAGUCUGCUGGGAACUUCCGUUGUAUAUUGCUUUUGCUAUACUGCUGUUUGCUUGGACACGAAGGGAAGCAGACAUGUUUUUCCCUUGUUCCUGAUGCUGAAUAAACGCCUGUAAAUAUGCUUACAUAUGCUUCUGUCCGCCACUUCUGUUGUGAAAAGUUAUUCACUCUGCUGAUUAGAGCGUGCUCAGUCUCUGAAGGCUUCUGAGGCUCGAGUCGCUGAUAGAUGCUGUUCCGAGAACCGGAGUUCGCCCGGCUGCCGGCCGGUGGCUGGAGCCAGCUGGGGGCCUGCCAAAUGCCCCCGUCUCCCCGGACGCAUCCCAACAGGGUAAUGGUGGCUGAUGUCAGAGGGGCGUUGCAUUUCCUAGCGGGAAGCAGAGUUUGGGCGUCCUCCUCUCUCAUGAAUGGUUGCAGGUUUCCCAAAUGCCUCUCCCCUUCUUCCUUUCAGCUUUCCAAUGGUUCCUGGGAGGUUGGGCUUGAUGCAAAAAUCUUCAUUGAAAUGUAGGCUGGGAUUAUGCCGUGAGCUAGAUUUCGUUAGCAUAUCGUGCCUCUUUCCCCUCAAAAUCUGUAUGUCUUGACCACUCAAUUUCUGCGUUUGAUCUGAACAAUGUCUAGCUAACGCUCCGAGGUGGCCUUGACACUGAAUGUAGAUGACAUUAGCAUCUGGGUGUUUUUCUUUGUAGUUGAGUGUAGUAAGCCCUGCUGCAUACUUGGCAGGAUUGAGAGUGGACAAGGAUUAUGAACAGUGAGAGUAUGUAGGCUGCUGGGGCCUCUUCUGAAGUGUUGUGUUCACCUCUGGUACAGCCACAUCUGAAACAGCUGUGGUGCAUCAAUCGUGGUGAGUCUCUGGCUGGCUGUGGUGAUUUGAACUGGUGGUUUCUAUUAGUCUGCACAUGACAACAGCUCUUCAGUAAGAAGUUCUUAUUUCAGUUGGAGGAGAUGUGUAGGGGGUGCUGUAAGGCAAGUGUGGGCGUUCCUGCCUGUUGGCACUUUGAGAAGGUAGCUUCCAUCCAGGAUAGGCUGCAGGUCCCUUAAGAGUACAUAGGAAGCAACCUCAUUACAGAGCCAAACCAUUUAUCUGUCUAGCUCAAUAACAUCUAGCAGUGCCUCCCCAGGUUUUAGCGCUACCUGGAAAUAUCAGGGAUUGAACCUGGGAUUUUAUGUGUGCAAGGUAGAUGCUCUGCCACUGAACUAUGGUCCUUCCCUUAGCAGUAGAACCUCCAUGUUGUGAGCUAUAGAUGAUAGUGGAAAUGAUGCCAUUGUGUUGCCCUGGGGAGGUUGAUAUGCAUGGAAAUCCACCAUAGCAUUGGAGAACUGUAGAGUUGGAAGGGGCCUCAAGCAUCAUCUAGCCCAACUGCCUGCAAUGCAGGAAUUACAGUUAAAGAAUCCCUAACAGACGACCACCCAACCAGUGUUUAUACUGCAAACCUCCAAGGAAGGAGAGUCCACCACCUUCCAAGGGAGCCAAUUUCACUGUCAAACAGCUCUUAACACCAGAAAGUUCUUCCUAAUGUUUUUUGUCGGAAUCUCCUUGUAAUUUGAAUCCAUUGGUUCAGGGCCUAUAAUCUGGAGCACCAUGGAUUGAGCUAUCUGCUAACAUGGAUAAAAGACUGGUAUUGGCAGAAUUGAGGAUGUCCAAUUUUGGGUUUCUUUGUUGCUGGUCAAAGCAAUGGAAAAAGCAAUGGGAAGAUGCUCAAUAAAAUCUCCAGGGCGGCUCAUCAGGGGGAAAGAAAACUCUGGCAGAGAUUGUGAGUUACCAGCUUAAUGGCAUAUGCACCUCGUUUGGUGCCCUUCAGAUGUAGUUAGACUAUGUCCCACAACCUCUCACCAUUGGUCUCCCCUUUCCUGGGGCUGAUGGGAGGUGCAGUUCAAACAUUUGGAGGGCACCAGGUUGGGGAAGGCUGGUAUAAACAAGACUACUGUACUGGGUUCCUGGUUCUUGCUGAGAGAUGAUGCUUCCAUCACAUCUUGUGCAGCAGGUUGUUAUAAACAUGGUGCACUGUAGGAAUGUUGAUUGAUUGUGGUUUGGGUAUAAAAGUUGUGGCUUGUGGAGUGAAAUUAAUCAGUGUCCUUUCACUGUGAUGUUGUAUGAGUUUUGUUCCGCGGUAAUAUCAACCAGAGAAGUGCUAGGGGUUAUUCUGCUGUGGAAGACCAAGCUUUUCCUCUAUGUGUAGAAAUCAGUUGCUGUCUGCUCCUUUCAUCAGCAAUGAAGCUGAGAAAGGAGGAAUGCUUGUUCAAGACCACCCAGUGAGUCUCUGGCAGAACCUUCCAAGUCCAUGAUGCCUGAGGUCCUGUCCACCUGUCCUUUACCGUACACCAUCCUCCCCUAACCUGGUGCCCUACAGAUGUUUUGAUUAAAAACUUUGCCCUUCAGACUUUCUCUCUUUCUCUUUCCUGGCAUGGCUUUGUGAUUCAGUUGCAGGGGCUCUGCAGAAUUGCCCACCUUCAGAGAAUGCUACCCAUUGCAUUGCUGCAUGAGUCAUUGUUUUAGAUGGCCAGGACUUCCAGGAGGCACACCCAGAACAGUGACUCAUGCAGAAAUAAUAUAGGGCAAACUACACUGAGCAGAGGUGGAUUCUUGUGCUCACAUUCUCUAAAAACAAUUCCUCUCCAGUGCGAGAGUUCCUCCAGUUUUAAUUCAAGGAUGAAAAUUAUCUUGGUUGCCUAGAUAGCCAUAUCUCCUUCCAGAGCGCUUGGAUUGAUUUUCUGCAUGGCUCUCCAAGGUCAGGGCUGCUUAAUUUCAACAGCAAAAUUGCUUGCCCUCAGAUUUCAGACAAUCCUCUAAAAUUGCUAGCUGAACUUUUGCACAUCUUGUGUCCGCAGGUGGGUUUGCUAUUGUUUUUCUGGUGAGAACCAGCAAUGGAAUGAAAUGUGCCCUCAAACGAAUGUAUGUCAACAAUGAACACGACCUACAAGUCUGCAAACGGGAAAUUCAGAUCAUGGUAAGCCAAUGCAGGACUCAAAACUCUGGGAGUUCUUGCAGAAUGUUUCGGAUAGAUACUAUUGCAUGGAUUGGAAAGUUGGGCCCUCCUGUUUGACAGAUCUAGGAGGGAAAGAAAACCACUCCUGUUAGCACGGCUACAAAGCCAGCUGUUGUUUUAAAAAUGUGCUUCUUUAAACUGAGUAAUGUGAGUGAGGGUGGGAAGUUCAGGUAUCGGAGCUUGGCCAGGAUAUUCUAGAAAUACAGAACAACCAAAAAUCAUGUAGCAGAAGUGAAUUUGAAUUUGAAAAGUUGUUGGAUACCCAGAGAAUGAGGAGAAGCAAAGUAAAAGGAAGAGAGUGAUAAGUGUCACUGGCAUAAUAUGUGCAGGUAGCUUAAUUCUGUUUCGAAGUUUGUUUACUUAGAUGUAGAUUUUUCUGGUUGUGACUUGCAGUGAACAUUACCUCUUCUCUUACUUUUUCCAGAGGGACCUUGUGGGACACAAGAACAUUGUUGGAUAUAUUGACUCCAGUAUAAACUCUGUGAGCAGUGGGGAUGUCUGGGAAGUCUUGAUCCUCAUGGAUUUUUGCCGAGGUGUGUACUAGUUCAGUGGAGCCAUGUUUACAAACCUGUAUGGUAUGACUCCUGUUCUCAGAAGGCCGGCACGAUGUCCAGAUAUUCAAAGGUUUGUCUAGAUCGGAGUGCUGUUCAAAUGCAAGAAGGUGCAAUGGAAAAAGAUUCUUGCCUUAAAAAUAAGUUCACAAACAAUACUAGCCCACAAGAUUUACCCCACCUUGCAACUAGGCAAGCAGUCAUUACCAAGCCAUGCUUAGAAGAGAACCUUGGAGGCUCAUCACAACUCACCUCAAGGAACAAGCAAGCUCACUGGAUUAUUUUCCAUCUCAGAUUGAAAUAGGGAUUUGGAGAAUAAUUUUUAGCCCUUCCCUAUUCAAUGUGUUAGAGCUGUGUUGCCCCAUUAUGUUACGCAGGAGGAAAGUCACGACUGCAGGCAUAGUUCUGCAUAGGGUGCUGGGAUUCUAGGGCAAAGCUUUUGGGUCAUGCGGCUGAAACCUCUUGAGGCACCAAACGUUUCUUAGAAGCAGCUGUGUUCAUUUGCAGAGAUGGGAGCAUUCACACUCCCUCUGAGCUUAGAGAGAGGACCAUAGCUCAGCAAUAGAGCAUUUCCUGUGUAUGCAAAAAAAGCCCUAGGUUCAAUCCUGGCACCACCAGAUAGGGUUGGGAAAAGAAUCCUGGAGAACCCCUGCCAGUCAGCGUAGGCAGCAAUGAGCUAGGUGAACCCGUGCUCUGACUUAGUAUAAGGCCGGGGCUCUUCGUUCCAUAAACUCACCCCCAGUGAUCCUACCCUGCAAAAAGCAUUAUUCAGAAUAGCAGUUUACAUGACCCGCUAAGGAAAAUGACACAAUAAAAUUCAAAACAGCACACUUACUCAAAAUCCAAUUCAAGCAUUUCAUUUAGUUAAUUCAAAAUAGAUGAAUCUGAUCCGCUGAUACUAGGUAUUGCCUGAAAAAGAUCUUUAUGCAUAAAACAUUUAUAUAUAACUACUUAUUAAACUGGGACGCGGGUGGCGCUGUGGGUAAAACCUCAGCACCUAGGACUUGCCGAUCACAUGGUCGGCGGUUCGAAUCCCCGAGGCGGGGUGAGCUCCCGUCGUUCGGUCCCAGCUCCUGCCCACCUAGCAGUUCAAAAGCACUCUUAAGUGCAAGUAGAUAAAUAGGUACCGCUUUAUAGCGGGAAGGUAAGCGGCGUUUCCGUGUGCUGCUCUGGUGCCGGUUCGCCAGAGCAGCUUCGUCACGCUGGCCACGUGACCCGGAAGUGUCUGCGGACAGCGCUGGCUCCCGGCCUCUAGAGUGAGAUGAGCGCACAACCCUAGAGUCUGUCAAGACUGGCCCGUAUGGGCAGGGGUACCUUUACCUUACUUACUAAACAUGCACAAACCUUCACCUACCACAGAUGUGUGGCAACUAAUUUAUAAGGCAAUUGAUAGCUGCUAGCCAGUUAUUAGGGACAUGGGUGCUGCUGUGGUGUAAACAGAAGCGGCUUAGUCAUGCUGUCCACAUGACCCGGAAAAACUAUCUGCGGACAAACAUCAGCUCCCUCGGCUUAUAGAGCGAGAUGAGUGCCGCAACCCCAGAGCUGUUCGCGACUGGACUUAACUGUCGGGGGUCCUUUACGUUUUUUUACCCAGUUAUUGGUAUAUUGUGACAACGCAGAAUUGUAAAUACAAGCAAGCGUGACCAAAGGAAAUAGAUUUGAAAAUAUAAGAGUAGUAUAACUUUAAAAACGAAAUGAAUGAAUGAAUGAAUUGCUCUAGGCUCUAGCAUUGUCAGUUGUACAUAAGAGAGCAACAUGUUUGAAGGAGCCCAUCUCUAGUGCCUCCUGCCACCCCCUUGCUUCUUAGCCCGCCCCCCAGUAGUCCCACUGCUCCCCAAGGGGUGGUACCACCCAGUUUGGGAACCACUGGCACAGGGCACCUUCUGAUACCCUGUGCCAACAUGCUGCCAUGUUUCCUUGCGUGCCUUGUGGUUAGUAAAGCCUCUUAGAAAGCUCAGUGUCUCACCACUGAUAUUGGCUCUCCCUCUCUCUUACUCUGCCUUUGCUCUUUCCAGGAGGCCAAGUGGUGAACCUCAUGAAUCAGCGCUUGCAGACAGGCUUCACGGAAAGCGAAGUCCUGCAGAUCUUCUGUGACACCUGCGAAGCCGUGGCCAGGCUGCACCAGUGCAAAUCGCCCAUCGUCCACAGGGAUUUGAAGGUAACUUACAGUGUCCUUGUAGAGAUGCUUGGCGUGUGGAUAGUAUUCUGGUGCCCAGAGACUCUCCUCGAUAUUAAAGCAGUGAUAGGUCCUCAUGACUGGGUGUGUUACAGGCAGUUCCUUUUCACUACCUUGCUGAUAUUGGAAAACAAGAGUUUUGUGCACAGGUAUCACUCACAUUAGGGGCCGCGGGUGCCGCUGUGGGUUAAACCACAGAGCCUAGGACUUGCCGAUCUGAAGGUCGGCGGUUCGAAUCCCCGUGACAGAGUGAGCUCCCGUUGCUCGGUCCCUGCUCCUGCCAACCUAGCAGUUCGAAAGCACGUCAAAAGUGCAAGUAGAUAAAUAGGUACCACUCCGGCGGGAAGGUAAGCGGCGUUUCCGUGCGCUGCUCUGGUUUGCCAGAAGUGGCUUAGUCAUGCUGGCCACAUGACCUGGAAGCUGUACUCCAGCUCCCUCGGCCAAUAAAGUGAGAUGAGUGCCGCAACCCCAGAGUCGGUCACGACUGGACCUAAUGGUCAGGGGUCCCUUUACCUUUACCUAUCACUCACGUUUGAGCUGUUAGGUUUUUUGCACCACCAGUUUCUGACUAACCUUGAGCUGUCGUCAGUGGGCAGUUGGUGGAACCCCACUUGGUAGGUAUUGUCUUGCCUCUCACUGACUGCUUAUAGCAGCCAUCCCCAACCUGGUGCUCCCCAGAUGUUUUGGGGGCGCGUGUUUGACUUUAUCACAUUUAUUACACAGUGUUUAAGGCUCUCUUCCAAGUUGUGUGAGCACUCAAAGUAAUCAACAGUACAAUUACAGAAAAGUGGUGUGCAUGGAUUUGUGCGCUUAGAAAUCUUUACGGUGGGGGCUGACCCUGUGUCCCCAGCCUCUCAAAUCAGGGGAUCAUAAUCUCUUUCAGGGCAUUUAAGUGAUGUCAAAGGUUCUGCUUAUCUGAGUUUCUCAGUGAAAUAUAUUUGUUUCUCUUAAGGCAAGGCCAGAGGAUCUGGUGCCAUUCCAGAUGCUCCCAUCAUCCUGAUCAUUCACCUUGUUGGCUGGGUCUGAUGUGAUUGUAAUCCAAAACAUAUGGAGGGACACAGGUUUCCUGCCUUUGCUCUUGGGAAACGAUUUCUCAAAAUCAGAAUUUCUCAAAAUCAGAAUUUCUCAAAUUUCCCACCAAGCAAAUGAGGAGUACCCAAGAUGAAUGUAGAAACAAUCAUUUAUUACUAUGAAUGUGUUGAAUAGUUGCUGUUGUGUGCCUUGGCAUCAGUUCCAUUUAUUGUUUUUAGGAAGAGGGGAUUUGUAGCUUUGUGAGAACAUAAAAAUAAAUGCUGGAACAUCUGUAGAACAUUACGGAGGUAAUCCUUUGUGUGCAGUGGGAUAUGUAGGGAGUCACAUUUGCAAUGCUCUGCCAGAAUCUUACACCCACUGUAAAAUUCCUAAAUAGUCCACAGCAGCCUUUCCCAACCUGAGGCCAUCCAGAUGUUUUGGAUUACAGCUCCCAUCAGACACAGCCAGCACCACUGUAUGGUGGAAGCAUGGGGGAGAGGGCUGAUGGAAGCUGUAUUUCAAAACCUUUGGAGGACCACAGGUUGGGAAAGGCUGGUCUAGGAAGUCUCAGGUGACCUUCUCCAUUGGCGAUAUCUCAGUCACCACGGGAAAAGUCUUCAGGGAGGAAAACCAAGUAGGACUUGAUGGCUAGGGGAUUGUGGCUUUCAGAAGUCAGGGGCACUUUCCACAGUUGCCACCACUGCUCCCAAGUUCACGUUUCCGGUUCCUGCUGGUGGAAAGAGAAAUGUUUAUGCAAAGGAAUUAUGUUUCUCCUUUAUCCUGGUAUGCACACCUUUUCUUUCCAGGUGGAAAAUAUCCUCCUGCACGAUCGUGGCCAUUAUGUGCUGUGUGACUUUGGAAGUGCCACCAACAAAUUCCAGAACCCUCAGCUUGAAGGAGUGAAUGCAGUGGAGGAAGAAAUCAAGAAGUGAGUGAGGGAUGGUUUAGUGGGCCUCUCCUGUCUCUGGCUUGGGGCUGCUUUUGCAUGAAAAGCUUCAUAGCUGGUUGACUAUGCAAAAGAGAGAAAAAGAGCAGCCUGUUUCUGUGCUUUUGGAACAUUUGUUUAAAUCUUAAUAAUUGUGGUUUCAAAACUAGAAGAGGGUUAUUAAUUACCUGGGCUGCUUCUAACCUUUACCCUGACACUUGAAGUGGUAUGUUUUUAGGGCCCAACUUAUUUUUAUGAUUGUAAGUUGUUUUAAAUUAUUUUAACUAUUGUUUUUAAUGCUAUAACCCACCCUAGAACCUUAGGGUGAAGAGCAGAACACAAACAAACGAAUUAUAAAUUUAUUGGCUUUCAACAGCAGCUUUUUGUGGUAGUCUGUGAUGCGAUCUUGAAAUCUCUUUAUUUCUGACUGCCCUGAGCUGCUGUCAGUUCUAGAUCUAGAAUUCAUUCAAGGAAGAGUAAACGUUGAUGUGAGUUGUAGAGGAAACACCACAUAGUUUAUAAAACCAUUUUGACUUAUCCGGCUACCCUGUGAGUUUUGGUUUCCUUGUAGGUACACCACACUAUCCUACAGAGCACCAGAAAUGGUCAACCUCUAUAGCGGCAAGCUGAUUACUACAAGAGCAGACAUCUGGGUAUGUAGAAGGUUCUGUGAAGUUACUUGCCUGCAUGUGGCUUUCUAGAAAUUGUACUGAGAAAUCUCUUGCCCUGGUUGCCCGUCCUUCUCUGUGGUCUUCUGUCUGCCAUGGUUCCCAGUCCCUUACACCUGCCCCUUCACUCGGUGGUGAUCCUGCACGUUUUGCCACUGAGGCAAAGCAAGAAAGUGCCACUCCUUCCCCACCAAUGCUACCCUUACAUUCUGCUGCCUUCUUCUCCCUCACCCACAACAAUGACAGUCAGAAAAAGGGGAGUAAAAGGAGGCUAUUGGGAAGAGAUGGCAGUGGCAGUGGGCAGCGGUGUUAGUGGUGUCAGCAAAGGCAGCAGGUGGCGUGCUCUUUAUGGGUCCAACUCUGCCACCACUCCCAACUGUCCGGUGCCUGCCACGCUGAGGCAAUUGCUUCACCCUGCCUCACGGCCAGGCCGGGCCUGCUUCCACUAUAGCAUGGCCGGCUGGAAGCUUGCAGGUCAGUCACUCUCUUGCCUUCCUCAAGGAUAGAAAUGGAAUCAAAGUGGCUCUUUUACAACCCAAAUUCCCUCCCUCUUUUGAUCUACACAAGCCUUUGACAUCUCAGGGCAGCAAACUUUCCAUUUUGGGCAACCCUUUGGUUACGUGGGGUAUAUUUAGCCGUGCAAUGAGGCAUACUUAGCAGCAUGUUUUAUUAAUGUGGUUUUAUAUAUACAUUUGUUUUUAAAUAUUUAAUUAGCAGUGAAUUUACAUUGCAAUUUUGAUUUGUUCUUGUGCCCUGGUUCCCCCACCCCCUUUUCAUCUUUAGAAGUUGUAACCCGCCCCAGAGCCCUUGUGAAUAGCAUGGGGCUUAAUAAAUCAAAAUGAGCAAUUGGAGAUUAUUCCAAGAGGCUGCUUCCUGAGUUGCAUUUCAGAAGAAAGGACUAGAUGCACUAAGGGCCUGAUCAGCCACUGUGCUAAAGGCAGAACUCUCAGCCCAGUACAGAUCUCAGGCCCACCACCCGGGUCUCCUCCCCACACCCCACCCAAUCUAUUCUUGCAGACAAAACCAAUAAGUGAACUGGACCAUAUUGCAUUUAUUUGAGUAACUUGUUUGCCUGGAAAGACUAGAGUGGGCGGAGGGCUGCCUCUGUGAGAGUUGCAUACUUUAUCCUGUGAAACAGCUGGAUUUCCCAUUUUUUUGGUUUCAUUCAUGAGGUUUGCUUCAUCAUCUGCUCCUGUAGUUAAUAUUCUAGACAAAGUUUUAGCAGGUUUAUUUCUCUUUUCCAAAACAUGUAUAUUCCUUGCAAAAGCAUGCUGAUCUGAUUUAACUGCUUCCCACACCACCACAACAAUAAUAAUAAUUGCAUUUUACAUUGGUGGGUGGGCCAGACCCUGCCUUUUCUAAAUCUCUGGGUUUCAUAAAUGAUGACUGGGGAUAAUGGGGGUUGUAGUCCAAAACAUCUGAAGGGCACUUGGUUGGAGAUGGCUGCACUAUACCUUUUUCUUUCUGUAUUCACUUCCCAGUAACUAGGAUGUGAUCAGCAUAAAUUCUGCUUCUGAGCUCUUUUUACAUCACUAGUGACUUCGGAAACAAAAAAAUUAAUCAGUUCUCAUAACUGCUUAAGGCAGUCCACUGCAGCCUUUUUGCAUGGGUGUGGGUAGGUGGAAGUGACAUCAAAUAUUAUUCCUUUGUUUUCUAAUUGUGCUAGAACAUCCUUUCGUCGGGGUGCAAAAAUAGCACUUAGUUUUUUUUUUUAAUAAUUGAUUGUUCAUUGCUCUGUUGCCAUCUCUUGCCAAAAAUAUUUUCUUCUGUUACUGAUUUCUCCAGUUCUUUGAUAACCCAUAGAUAACUAAUUAUUGAUGUUUUUUCUUUUUAUCAAUAAAAAAACCCAAUAGCAUAUAAAUCUACACAAGUUAGAGAAACUGCAUUCAGAAAGCAGACUCCUGAGCAUAAACAAGUCAUAGCCUUCAAAUAAGCAGAUGGAUGGAGGGGGGCAUCUGGAUGCAUGGAUGUAAUGUUCGUAUCUUGCAGUCAUGCAUUUAAAAUUCCAAGACGUACAGUGGUGCCUCGCAAGACGAAAUUAAUCCGUUCCGCGAGUGUCUUCGUCUAGCGGUUUUUUCGUCUUGCGAAGCAACCCUAUUAGCAGAUUAGCGGAUUAGCGCUAUUAGCGGUUUAGCGGCUAUUAAAGGCUUAGCGGCUUAGCUGCUAAAAGGCUAUUAGCGGCUUAGAAAAAGGGGGGGGGAGCGAAAAAAAUCUCAAGACUCGCAAGACAUUUUCGUCUUGCGAAGCAAGCCCAUAGGGAAAUUCGUCCUGCGAAGCAACUCAAAAACGGAAAACCCUUUCGUCUAGCGGGUUUUCCGUCUUGCGAGGCAUUCGUCUUGCGGGGCACCACUGUACUGUGCUGAGAAUUUCACCUCCAUUCUUUAAUCUCAAACCAAACAUGUAGAGCAGGCAUGGCCAAACUUGGCCCUCCAGAUGUUUGGGACUACAAUUCCGGUCAUCCCUGACCACUGGUCAUGUUAGCUAGGGAUGAUGGGAGUUAUGGUCCCAAAACAUCUGGAGGGCCAAGUUUGGCCAUGCCUGAUGUAGAGGUUCCUUGAAGCACAAUACAAGCACUUGACUGAGACCCCCCCCCCCCGUGAAAGGACUUUGAGAUGAUUCUUUACCCGCUAUCAUGUUUUUCUUUCAGAGACAACUUGUAUCCUACUUCUGUAUUCUAUUUUCGCAUAUCUUGAAUACUGCUUUUCACUUCUUUAAAAAUUGACACAGAAUUUAAGACCCAUAUCUUAUGUGCAAAUGCUGCUUUUGAAGAACUAAACUAAAUGCCUUACUCCAAAGUAGGUAACAGAGAUCAUUACCUGCAGAUAGUAGAAAAUGAUGGUUGUUGGGAUUAGACUUGCUCUCCUCAUCUAGGGUCCGUGGGCUGCUAGCUUCCGAGAGUUUUCUUCUUGCAAAACCACACACACACACAGAGGCAGGGACUGUUUCAAACACACCAAACAACGGUCUCUGUGUGAGGAGGAAUUGGUUGCCCUUCCUUCCCGCCAUCUGCUUAAGCCAGUAUUCCCCAACCUGGUGCCCUCCAGAUGUUUUGGACUAUCCUAAAACAUCUGGAGUGCACCAGGAUAGUGAACACUGGCCUAGAGAAAUGUGUUGUGUAGACACUUCACACUGAGGCCUUUUUGUGAUGCUUUCUUCUUUGAAAAGGAAUCACACCAAUGAGAUGUAUGUGUUUGGCCAUGUGGAUGGUGUGAGCUGCACAAGGGUCAGAACUUGGCCGGCAGUGUCUGGCGAUUAGUUUAAUUCAGAGUGCUCUGUUUUGGAGAAUUGAGGCAGCUGCCAAUUUUUUAUAAGCUUUGAAUUGCAAAUUUUGAUAUUACACAUCUCUUCCAGUUCAGAAACAGCAAUCUCGGUUCACCAGAGGCGAACUUGGAACAAUUACUAGCAGAGCCAGCAAUUCCUACAUUCCUAGCUUCAAAUCAGGCUGUUUUUUUGCUGACCUGAAAUCUGAUGCAGGUCAUGUCAGCAAGAGAGGUUUGCUUUCUGUUGUUGCAACUAGAAUCCAGCAAGGCCUUACAUGACAACAGAGGUAACCUGGUCUCCGUUCCUACAGCACACUAAAGAAUUCUUCGUCUUCUUUCAGGCCAUGGGCUGUUUGCUGUACAAACUCUGUUAUUUUACUUUGCCAUUUGGUGAGAGCCAAGUAGCAAUUUGCGACGGAAACUUCACCAUUCCUGACAACUCGCGCUACUCUCACGACAUGCACUGCCUCAUACGUGAGUAUCUAUUUGGGAAUACAGCUCAACUCUGGUUUUGAAAAGCUAACUAGCAUGAAACUGCUUCUACCUCCUGCCAGGUGUUUGGGUAUGGAACCCAGAAUACUUCUGUUUAUAAGGACAAAGGUUUUGGGCACAAGUCUAGGAGAUUUAUUUUGGUGCCCACUUCAUCAGAUGUUCUUAUAUUGAUUCAUCUCUCCCCCCACUGUUGCCUCUACCACAACUGCCAUCAGUUGUAGUUGUAGAUGGAAGUUGUAGCCCAAAACAUUUGGAGGACACCAGUCUGGGAAAUGCUAAAGGGGCAGGGGUUAACUGAAUAAACAGUUUUGAGGGUUUUUGUGGGGAGUAAGUUCUGUUCCAUAUGCAUCAAACUCAAGGCUUUUGCACCCCUACCCUGUGAUGGAAAGUAAAGGAGUGCCACUAGCAAAGUAAUUAUCCAAUUAGAAGCUGGAGCUGUCAAGAUGUGAAACUGUACCUGCUCCUCCUACCGUCCCCCUCUUCUCUGCCAGGUGUUUUCCCUUUAUGGAGAGCUUGGAGGAGAUUAUAGCAAUGUACCAAACAGUUCCCAUCUUAGAAGGUCUUCCAAGACUCCAAAGCCAUUAAGUAAGACCACUUUGAAUCCUCUUAGAGAGGAGAAGCAGGCAAGCCCACCGGUCACUAAGGCUCCUUCUAGUAGUAGUAGACUAUGUUUUGCUGUGGUGUCCGAACCAGGCUAAUAAGCAGUGUGGGAUGUCCUUGGGUUUUGGAAGCUAUGCAAGUCCCUGUGGGCUGAGUUUUCCAGCAUCCAUAUCCUGAAAGUGAUACUGGGUAAGACUUGUUCUUGUCCCUCCUAUGCCAUACCUAAAUGCCACACCAUCGAAGCCUAAUAGGUCUUCUGUUUCUUAGGGUAUAUGCUGGAACCAGACCCUGACAAGAGACCUGAAAUUUACCAGGUCUCCUAUUUUGCAUUCAAGCUCGCUAAGAGGGAAUGUCCGGUCCAGAAUGUACAGGUGAGUGAUGCCUGAUCCCUCUUUGCAAAAUACCAUACAAGAAUCCGUAAAAUAAUCCCACAAGUUCUUUAGUCCUCCUCUUCCUCCAGGACUAUUUUUGGGCCUGCAAAAGUCAUGGAGUAAUUUAUUGAGAGGUUGCCAGGAAACAACAAAAGACAACACAAAAGGGAGGGAAACCACCACAAUUUAGCUUAGUUUAUGGGGAAGUGUGUUUUCUCUGUACAGUAUGAUUGCAUCUUAUGUCGGGAGUUCAGUUCCAAGGGUUCUGUGUAUACACAAAAGUCACAUAUACCCAAAGCCUUGGUAUUUCCGCAUGACUAGUGGGUGAGAGAGUGAGUAUGCCUCGCACUCCCAAAACCCACACGCCGAGGAGGCCUUGCCCAGCAAACAAGGUGGGAAUUUAAAAGCGUUUUUGUGCCAUGUCCACUUGGGUUACCUGGCACAAAAGAGCUUUUAAACUCUCUGCCCUGCCUGCUGGGUAGGACCCUGGAAGGCUAGGAAUGCUCAGGUGAGAUCUUGCAAGAACUCUGACAGCCCUGCAAGAUCUUGGCAAGGGCAUCCCAGAACCAGUGUGCUAAGCGGGCCAUGCCUGGUAAGCAAGGCAGAGAGCUUAAAGCUCUAUCUGUACUGGGGAACCCCAAGUGGGCCCAGUGCAAAAAUGGCUUUUAUGCUCUCUGCCUUGCUCGGGUUUAAGCUGCACAGUUUUCGCCAGUCCUUCUUCAACCAUGUUUGGUUAAAAUCAUACAAAUUAAAUGCCUUCUGUACAGCCAAAGCACACUUUUCUCAUGAACUGUAGUGAAUUUGUAUGGUUCUUUACUUAAGAAUACACUGGUGGUAGUAGCAGUUUUUGUCCUUUUAGUGUUACAUCGCUACUGCUAUUUUAUUUUCAGAUGUGUUUUGUUUCAUAUUACAGCCUUAUAGUUUCAAUAUUUUGCAUGUAAAUACAUUGUGACCUGCUCUGGAAUGGGCAGCCCUGUAAGGCAGGCUAUAAAUAAAUGCAGUUGACCAUCAUAAACAUUUGCCUGACUACAAUUAUAGAAAUAAAUAGACAUCAUGUAAUUUCUGUGCUAAUAUUGCCAGGGUUUCGUAUUUUAAUUCUGUCUGGCUUGGGAUUGUUAAGUGGAAAAGUCCCUGGUGCUGUUUCUCCUCUUUCAUCCCAAGGAUUUAUUAAGUAUCUUAAUAAAUUUUACCUGCCCAUGAAGUGAAGCCUAGGAGAGCUUUAGGUUUCCCCAUUCAGUUUGCCUCUUGCUCUCCGUUGCCUCUGACAGCCCUCCGUCAUUUUCUGCUCUCUGUGUGGGUUUCCAUUUGCAGAACUCUCCGAUCCCUGCCAAACUCCCAGAGCCAGUGAAAGCGAGUGAAGCUGCUGCUAAGAAGAGCCAGCCAAAAGCCAGGUGAGGAUUCCUGACUCUUCCAUGGACCAUGGCAAAAGACUGCAAAAGGCUAGCAGGGCUGCUUAAGAGAGUUAAGCAUUCUGGAGAGCUGGGGCCAUUUCAUACUGCAGUGCUGGAACUUGAGUUCAAAAAUCAGUCAGUCAAAAUCACUAAUAGGUAUAUAGCACUUACUGUAAUAGGCAAAAUCCCUGUACAGUUUACAUGAACUUGGGAAGAUAAUUUUAUAAAGGAAAAGGAUAAUGUAUAUACAACAUUUAGAACCAGAACUUCAAAGAAACACAUCAGUGAAAACAGAAGCCACCUGUAAAACUUUUGGUUAAAAUCAAUAAAUAAUAGAACCAAAUGAAGGAGACCAUUAUGUCAUAUGUGUUUAAACAUGUUUCUUAAUCAUGAAAUGCAUAGUUAAAUAGGCAUUUUAUCUCAAUGAACGCAUUUUGAAACAUAACUUAAUCAGAAGGUUAGUUAUGUUCCAAUCUGUAUGUUCAUCCAGGGUGUGUGCAUUAAGCCAGUUAAAAAUGUGAAUGAAAUCUUUCUCCAUCCUUAAUUAGUAGUUCCACUCUCAGAAGUGAUUAAUGACAUUUUGACUACGGGGAAGCUUCUAGAAUCUUGGAGUGAAACAAAUAAAAGACCACACCUGAGUUCAUAUACACCUGCCUCAACGUUAAACGUAUUUAUUCUUUUCCAAGUUUCGUAAAAUACAAAUUUGAGAAAAGAGCACAGUGUAGAAAUACAAAUGCAAGAACAUCCACAUGUUCCAUUUAUCCAGUGUAAAAAAGAAGAACUAGGCAUAUAUUAUCCUGCAUUUAAAUAACCAUUUAUUGUUUUGUGUCUGUUUUUGCUCAGUGUGGUGUAGUUAAUACAUUUUACCUACCCAUGAAGUGGGUAGAAUGUCGACUAGGACCUGGGAGACCAGGGUUCAAAUCCCCACUGGCCACGAAGCUCUCUGGGUGGAUGACCUUAGACCAGCCACUGCCUCUUAGCCUAACAUACCUCACAGGGUUGUUGUGGGGAUUAAACAAAGAGGAGGAGAACAAUGUAAACCACCUUGAGAGUUUUCUUUAACUAUUUAAAAAUUGAUCAUUUAAACAAACAAACUUUUCUAUAUAUGAAGUGGAAUUGGGGCGAUUUCCUCAUAGCCUCCCCCCUGCCCAAGUUUUUCAGUCCUGCUUCCUGUGGACAAUCUUGUAACUGUUUUGAGAUCUCAUGAAAACAUCCCCCCCCUUCCAAUCUAAAGUUAUUAAUCUCCUUCAUCUUUCUCCCACCAGGCUUGCCCGCUCUAGACCUCCUGUCCAUGCCACCCUUUCUCAUGUUAUUAUAGAGACAGAGAAAGCUGUUUUCUAUCAGGUCAUUGGCCCAUCUAGCUCAGUGUUGUCUAAACUGACUGGCAGAAGUUCUCAUGGGCUUUAAGGGAGGGAAAAUUCCCAGCUGUACCUAGAAAUACUGCUAGGAAUUGAUCCAGGGAUCUUCUGCAUGCAGAUCAGAUGCUGUACCACUGAGCUACAGCCAGUGUGGUGUAGUGGUUAAGAGUGGUAGACUCGUAAUCUGGUGAACCGGGUUCGAUUCCCUGCUCCUCCACAUGCAGCUGCUGGGUGACCUUGGGCUAGUCACACUUCUCUGAAGUCUCUCAGCCCCACUCACCUCACAGAGUGUUUGUUGUGGGGGAGGAAAGGAAAGGAGAAUGUUAGCCGCUUUGAGACUCCUGAAGGGGAGUGAUAAAGCGGGAUAUCAAAUCCAAACUCUUCUUCUCUUCUUCCUUGCCUAUCAAAACCAUCCUUGAACUCUAGUGCUUAUCACAGAAUACAGCCCUCUGUUUCAUUCCUUUCCCUGAGAAGCUGCUUCCUUCUGCCUGCUGCAGGGUUUGUCUCACUUUCUUGAGGUAUCUGGGCCAGUGGCUUGUUGUUUUGUCCCCCCCCCCGUGGUGCACCUGCUCCUUAUUUUAGUUUUGUAUUGUCUUUGCCAGGGAUGAGGGUACCGGAAGGGGCGGAUUGCUUAAGUGUUGCUUGAAAGAUGUUCCCCACAGCUAUAACUGUAGAAUCGUGGUAAUGGAAGAGAACCAAAGUGAUUUAGAACUGGACCACAGUUCUUUUUACGACUCCGGCAUAAACAGUUGCAUCUGAGGCUGCCAGCUACUGCCAGGCAAGCUCAGGGCCCUUUGGCCUGCUUGUCUGCAAACCUAUUAAAAGUGCAGAUGGUGUAUUGUUUCCAACAUUUCUGCUCACAAAUUGAAUUUAGCAUGUGCCAACCGGCCUUUAUUUCAUGCUGAGUGGGGCGGUCGUGAUGGCUGAUGGGAGUGAUGCAACAGGCAAGACUUUAUUAAUUGUGCCAGGUGGAUUUUGCAAGCCCGCCUUACUUUUUGGGUUCUGCCUUAAGAGUUGAAGAGUGAUGGGACCGUCUGAUAUGUUGCUCCUGAACCUUCUGCCUUGAUGGUGUGGUUCUUAUUGUGGGCUUUGGAUGUCUGCUGAGUAGACAAAACAGUAUAGCAGUUUUCUGAAAUACUCCUAGUUUCGCCUUCCCUUCUCCCAGGCUCUGCUCCUCUUCCUCUUCUGGCCUCACUCUCCCCUCUACACCCAUCAAGCUACUUGCUCUUUCUCUCUGCCCUCCCCACGACCUGCUUCUUUUGCAAAGUAAUUAUUGAGCCAACCUACCUCUGUGAUUAGUGUGUGUGUGUGUGUUUCGUUUCUCCAUAGUAUAUAAAAAAUAUUUACUGCGUUUCUGUCCCAAGGAGCUCAAGGGGGUUAUACUUGGUUCUUCCCCACCUCAUUUAACCUCCCCAAGGUGAGGUAGCUUAGGCUGAGAGGCAGCCACUGGCCCAAGGUCACCCCAAUUGAACUUAAUGGCCAAAUGGGGAUUGAAACCCUGGUCUCCCAAACCCUAGUCUGACACUCUAACCCAGGGGUCAGUAACCUAAGGCCCAUGGUCCACAAGCAGCCUACGGGGGUCGUUUAACUGUCCCACAAGCCGCCCCCGAACAGAGCUGCCCACUUGGUGAGUCCCUGCGCGCUGCACUAAACCGGCGCUGCACUGCGCAGGGACUCGCUUCCGUGGCGCUGGAAAUCGCGUCUGCGCAGACACAGAUGCCAAAAAUCGCAGGUGCGAUCGGGCCCAUGGAAGGGCCUCCAUUGGAGUGGACUGGCCCAGGUGAGGUAAACCUUGCCGCCCCCCUGCUCUAACCACUACACCACACUGGCUUUCAGCGUCUGCUCUUCUACUGCUACCUGUAUCUCCUCUGCACUAGUGCCAACUCGCACGACUUAGCGGCUCUAAGGGCCUAAAAGGCAUACCUGGGAUUCUGCAGUUAAACUUCUGGGGCUGCAAAACCCCAGUUCCACAGCUGGAAUGAAUUAUGCUGUUUAGGAGAAAAUAUGCAUAGAGUUGCUUAAAAUUACAUGCUUUGUGUAAUUUGUGCCAUUGUCGUGCAUAACAUGGAUUUUGUGGUCGCUUCUUUCUGUGUGUGAUUUUUUUCUGGGGGGGGGGGAGGUUGGCUGUUUCAGAGGGCAUUUGCCAACUGGAAGGUUGUGAGGUGGGGGUGCUCCAAUGAAAGGGUGGGUCAUGGAAAGAGGCUGUUCACUAUGCUGUCUUCCUCUAAAAUGUUAGUUUUGUGUCCAUGUUUCCUUCUUGCAGGCUGACAGAUCCUAUCCCCACGACUGAAACAUCCAUCACCCCACGCCAAAGACCCAAAGCUGGGCAGACACAACCAAACCCGGGGAUCCUGCCCAUUCAGCCUGCCCUGACUCCCAGAAAGAGGCCCACAGCACAGGGUGAGAGGGCGCCCCCACUGCGGGCUACUUCCUAACCUACUUUUCGUUCUCUUCAUGGGUAAAGUUGCACUCCUAAAUGCCCAGGCAGGCUUCCUUCUGAGUGCUCUGCUGCUCGUGUGGACCAGAGGUUCCCAAACUGUUUUGGGGCCCCGCCCCCUUGGUGCCAUAGACUCAUCCCCAGUGCCCCUUAAAAGGUAAAGGGACCCCUGACCAUUAGGUCCAGUCGUGGCCAACUCUGGGGUUGCGGCCCUCAUCUCGCUUUAUUGGCCAAGGGAGCCGGCGUACAGCUUCCGGGUCAUGUGGCCAGCAGGACUAAGCCGCUUCUGGCGAACCAGAGCAGCGCACGGAAACGCCGUUUACCUUCCCGCCGGAGCGGUACCCAUUUAUCUACUUGCACUUUGACGUGCUUUCAAACUGCUAGGUUGGCAGCAGCAGGGACCGAGCAACGGGAGCUCACCCCGUCGUGGGGAUUCGAACCGCCGACCUUCUGAUCGGCAAGUCCUAGGCUCUGUGGUUUAACCCACAGUGCCACCCACGUCCCCCAGUGCCCCUUACCCUACCCUAUAAAAAGCUUUAUUUCAGAAUAGCGGCUUGUGCAACCCACUAAGGAAGACAAUAGCACAAUAGAAUUCAAAACAGUAAUGAUUUAUUCGGCACAUUUAUUAAAACCCCAGUUAAAGCUAUUUUGUUUAAUUAAUUCAACAAAAUGGAUGAACUUGAUCCACUGAUGCCAGCUUUUCAAAGUCUCAUAGUCAUUUAUGCGGUGGUUCAGUUCCAAGGGUUCCACAUAUGCACAAAAAUCACACAUACCCAAACCCUUGGAGCCAGCGGGUCGAGGUAGAAAGAGUCCUCUGUGCUCCCUGAGCCCAUGCAUCAAAGCGGGCCUUGCCCAGUAAGCAAGAUGAAGAGCUUAAAAGCUGCUUUUGCGCCCGGUAACCUCAAGCAUACCCAGCGUGAAAGUACCUUUUAACCUCUCCCACUUGCUUGGAUUUAACAUGUGCAAUUUCAACCAACCCUCCUUCAACCGCGUAUGGAUGAAAUUGUGCAAUUAAAUGCAUGCAAGAUGAGAUCUUACCAUAAUUCUCUUGAAGAUUAGGUUGCAAACUAUUGAAAAACAAAGCAUCUGCUUUUCUUCCAUUUGCUGCCUAUUGUGCCUUCCUUGCCCUUCUUUUAUAUUCCAGCCCCUUGAUCCAUCCUCAUUUCAUAGAAUCACAGAAGUGUAUGUAAGGGUCAUCUAACCCAACUCCUGCAGUGCAAGAAUCACAGCUAAAUAUUUAUGCAUUUAAGUGUUUAAAUAAAAAGUACACAAUUGGCGGGGGGGACAGGAGUAAAGGAAACGGAUGCAUUCUGACCUCUCCUCUUGCUCUGCAGUUGCUGCUCCAGCGCCUUUGGCUGGGGGUCAGGCCCCCCUCCCUACCAGUGUCCCACAGCCGAAAGCCCUGCCUCAGCCGACUCCGCCUCUCCCGCAAGCUCAGCCUAAGCAGCCGCCCCCUGUACAACCGCCUGCUGCCUCCCAACCACAAGCCCCUCCAGCUCAGCCCCAGGCUGCCACCCCACAGCACCAGCUGUUCCUAAAGCAGCAACAGCAACAGCCGCCAGCGCAGCCGCCAGCCACAUUUUAUCAGCCCCAAGGACCUCAGCAGCAGCCACAGCCGCAGCAGCCACAGCCUCCCCUGCAAGUUCAACAGGUGAGGCUGUUUGGGGGGUGGCUGGUUUCUUUUUUCUUCACAGGAAUUUUAAGGCAGUUGCGACUUGGCAGCAGACAGGAGGUUGAGUCCAAUGACCCAAGGGCUGAUCUCUGAGUCUCCACUUUUGGAGUCAAAGGAAUCUUUCAAACGAGUUUGUGUGGUCAUAGAGAAAAUAUAUGAGACAGGGAGUGGGCGCAGAAGGUAUUAACAAAAUGAAAGCUCCACCAUCCCAUAUCUUGCAAAUUUGAGCCUCUGUUUGAGCACAUAAAAUCAAAUAUAAUGCACUAAGAAUACUUAAGUAUAUAGUACUUUGUGAGCCCUGCAUUUGGGCCACUUUGAUAUUGCUUGCUUGCUUGUUUGUUUGUUUGAUUUAUUAUUUCCAACUCUUCACCCUAAGGUUCCAGGGCAGGUUAAAGCAUUAAAACACAAUAUUAAAAACAGUUUGAAACAACUUAGAACUAUAAAAAUAAGCUGAGUCCUAAAAACAUACACCUCAAGUGUCUAAAGCCAGGGUAAAGAGGUGUGUCCUCAGCAUUCUCCUGAAGCUGUAGAAGGGGGGUGGGCCAGGCGCACUUUUGCAAGGAGGGAGUUCCACAGUUUUGGGGCUGCCACAGAGGAUGUCUUCUACCCCUUGGCCACUACCACACCAAGCCUCUGAAGUUGGAAGGGCUAUCCAGGGGUCCUUCUCUGGCAAUCUCAGCACCCGAGAGGUUAUGUAGGAAAGGAGAUGGUUUUUCAGGUGUUUGGGGUCUGAGUCGUUCAGGGCUUUAAACACCAAUGUGAGCACCUUGAAUUAGGUCUGGAAAUAAACUGGAAACCAGUGCAGCUGUUUCAAAACGAGUUAUACGAGAUCCAGAUGGAACUCCAGCCAGAAAUCUGGCUGCUGUUGUAUUUUUGGACCAACUGAAGUUUCAAAGUCAUCUCCAAAGGCAGCCCAACACAGAGCAUGUUGCAACAACCCAGUAACAAGGGAAGGUGAAUUUGGGGAGACGCUCUUACUCCAUUGCAUGUGCUGAAGUGCAAAAGAUUGCAGCUGAUCGUAAGGAAGGGUUCUGAAUGCUUGCUUGCUGUGUUGUAGAUCCAAGUGGCGCCCCAAGCACCGCAGCCGCCAGUGAAGCCACAGUUUCCAGUGACGCAGCAAGGAGUGCAACCGCAGCCUGUGCAGAAUUACAUACAGCAGCAGCAGCAGCAGCAGCAACUGCUGGCACAACAGGGGCCCAUCCCACAGAAAGCAGCUGCAGGGCAACAGAAGCCGUCGACUCAGAUCCUGCCCCAACCGCAGGUGCAGCAGGUGGCGGCACAGCCAGUCCCUGUGCAGGAUCAUCCGGUAAGGAUUGGGAGGAACCUUUGGUUGGCUUUGCAGUGUUGCUUGUUUACUUCUUCCAGAUCCUCUGCCACUGGGUCACGGCCCCUCCCCACUUCUCAUGUUGGUGGGCAGCAGGGAAGGAGCGAAUGUGGCCACAUCCAGAAGACCCUGAUUAGAUUUCUGUGCCACUUUUCAUUCAAAUGAAUCUCAAAGCAGCUUUAAAGGUAAAGGGACCCCUGGCCAUUAGGUCCAGUCGUGGCCGACUCUAGGGUUGCGGUGCUCAUCUUGCUUUAUUGGCCAAGGGAGCCGGCGUACAGCUUCCAGGUCGUGUGGCCAGCAUGACUAAGCUGCUUCUGGCGAACCAGAGCAGCGCACGGAAACGCCGUUUACUUUCCCGCCGGAGCGAUAUCUAUUUAUCUACUUGCACUUUGACGUGCUUUCGAACUGCUAGGUUGGCAGGAGCAGGGACCGAGCAACGGGAGCUCACCCUGUUGCGGGGAUUCGAACCGCCGACCUUCUGAUCGGCAAGUCCUAGGCUCUGUGGUUUAACCCACAGCGCCACCCGCGUCCCUCUUGCAGUAACUAGAAAGCGGCUUACAAACAAUAAAUAGCAGUAACUUGAUAGAACAUAAUGGAACAUCGCAAGUAGAGCAUAAAUCAUAUGGAGUAUUUAACAAAUAAUCAGUGAAAUAAUUACAGCCUAUAAAACACUGUUAACAAGCAGCAACUAAAAAUGAUGAAUGCUAUCAGACUAACAAUGACAUUCAAGCCUCAGAGGUAAUUUGUGAAAACAGGUAAGAACCCCAGCGUUGUCCUCAGUUUCUCCUCCUUUGCAGGUGCUCAUAUUUAUCCCUUCUCUCUCCCUCUCCCUCCCUCCCUCCCCCCCUCUGUGAACACAAACAGAAGCAUGCAUUUUUAUUCAACUGCCCCAAUGCAUGCUUAAGACUGGAGGGAAAUUUGCAUUAGUGCUGAUCCAACUAAGGUUAUUAUCUCCUUUUCUGGCCAUGCUUUUGUGUUUCAUACAACAGUGUUCUAGAGAUGGGGAAUCUGUGGUCUUCCACAUGUUGUUGAGCUACAGUUCCCAUCACCCCCUGACUACUGGCUGGGCCCGCUGGGAGCUAUAAUCCAUCAAGAAUUGGAGGGCCAUAAUUAUGCAGCUUAAAACUCACCGUGAACAGAGAUGCUGGAACUGAGUUCAAGCAAGUUCUGGCUGAAAAAAGCCCUGAUUAAUCAUUAGAUAAAGGAUGGAAAUUCAACACUUUGCUGCAGAGAAGGGGGGCACAACAAAUGUGGUGGGGCAGUGCAGAUGCAGGAGAGGCUGUGAGCAGACAGAGAGAGAGAGAGAGAGAGAGAGAGAGAGAGAGAGAGAGAGAGAGAGCCAGAAUGAAAUCCUUGCUCAGACACUGGUAACUGUGGGCCAGGUCUGACCCAGUGGUUCCCUUUUUUCUUUUCUUUUUGCCUGCACAUCACUUUGCAAAUUUCUGGAGAUUCUUAAUGAAUCCUGAACAGAAAACUGUGAUUCAUCCUUUCAAAGGUGAACAUGGAAAAACUGUCUGGUUUGGCACCAAAAGACUGCAUGUGGGUGCAAUAGUAGUUCUUUUUCCUUUAAAAAAAUCCCAAACACAUUUAUUCAAAAGUUACAAUACAUUUACAAUACAAUACAUUUUUUAUCAAUAUAUCCCUUCCACAGACAUCUCUAUGAUGAUGGUGGCAUUAAAAUACCCUGUUCUUCAGUAAAAGAGAAAAAGGGAGACCAAAUCGUGUCAAAUGUAUAUUUUUUGGAGAUGCCUUUGAUUAGCUGCUAUGGUAUGUGAGGCGUUCUGAUAGAGCAAUGCUUCAGAUGUUAUUAACCUAAGCCUCUAUUGGUAUUUUAGAAGUUUCCUUCCAUCGUUGGGCAAUAACUAGUCUAGCUUCUGUGAACAGGAAGAAAAAUAAUUCUUACGUAUAAGGGUAGAAUUUGGGGUCAAAUCUAAUGAUAAUAAGGCAAGUGCUGAAUUAAAAGGGAUAGAUUGUUUAUUGAUUUUGGAGGUCAGAUUAAAAAUUUCCCCCCAAAAGGCAUGAGCUAUGGUACACUCCCACCAAACAUGAAUAUAGGAACCUUGUUCUCUACAGCCUUUCCAACAUAAUGGUGAGCUUAAAGGAUUUAUCUUUGCAAGGUGUGUGGGGGUCCAAUGCCACUGAAAGAUAAUUUUAAAGGAAAUUUCCUGGAGGCGAUCUGAAAUUGUUUUUAAAGAUGGAUUUUGCCAUAUUGAUUCCCAUGCUUUUUCAUUUAUCGAAAUUCAUAUGUCAGUCUCCCAUCUCAUUCGAAUAUCUUCCGCGUUUCCUGCAAAGCUUUCUAAUAUAAUACCAUAUAUCAUUGAGAAUGCCCCUUUUGUGUCAUGGCUAGGUCUGUUACACAGUGAUUCAAAAGGUGUCAGGGGUCUCAAGCCCUCAACCCUUCAUUCCAGAUACUUUGCAAAAGUUCAAAAGGGCAGUAUCUGUUGAUACAGAUGUAGCUGGGACCGUUUUAUGCCUUUCGCCUUUGCCACCAGGCCCUCUUUUAAAAUUGCUUUAGCUUUUACAAACACAUCUCUAAUUCUAUAGAAACCAUUUGUUUCAAGAUCUAGGAGUUGGUUAUAUUUGUCUGCAUGUUUAAAUGAGGGGUGAUCUAGCAGAGGCAUCAGUAGUGAAGUCCUAGGAGCCAAUACUAAGUUCCAAUUCUGCCGCGCCAUUAAGUAUACUUUUUAAAAUGGGUUUACCCACCUUUUCUUGUUCCUUCAUGAAGGGCAGAGCGUGUGCUGAUAGUCUUGUGUGGCCACUUUCUAUCUUUAUCCAUGGAAUAUCUCCUUUACCUUUAAUGAGAGGUAUCAAUGAUUUAAUUUGGAAAGCUGCGUAGUAUAGUUCAAGAUUGAGUAUUCCUAAGCCCCCUUUAUUCCUAUGUCUAAAUAAGAUUUUUUGACUGAGUCUGGCUCUUUUUCCUAAUGAAGUAAAAGAAUGUAAUUUGUUUUGCCAUUUUUUAAGCAUAGCAGGAGUGAUGCAUGUUGGUAAAACUUGAAACAGGAAAGAUAAUUUUAGUAGAAUUGGCAUUUUUAUAGCUGUGAUAUGACCUAGCCAGCUAAGGCUUGUGCACUUCCAUUGUGAGAGUUUGUUAUUUAUCGUUUUGAGCAGGGGCUUAUAAUUUCUUUGAUUUAAUUGUUUGAGAUCAGCUGUUAAGGUUAUCCUGAGGUAUUUAAACCCCCCCCCCCAUGGGUGACCCAGUGGCUCCUUUCUCCUGCUCUGGAUUUUUGUCGGGCGAACAAGUUGGAGAAGAGUUUGCAUCUUAAUCCCAAUCCUUGUUUCCAAUGUACUCAUGACCAAACAUUACAAAUCCUCCAUUUGAUGACUAUAAUGUAUGCAUUCAUCCCAAAUAAGUGCUUUUUCACUUAAUGAGAACCAGGGUUUUCCCUGUAGCGAGUGGAGCAGCUGCCUAAAGUAUAAAAGGAGUGGAAAUUUGCCAGGGAUCCCCCAUCACUGCAGAUACUGGAGAAUGAAAUUUCACAUCCGCCUUCUCCUGCUGCACACACACACACACACACACACACACACACACUUCAUUACUAUUCAAGUGUAAUCAUUCCUCAUUGUUUCUUUUUGUCCUGAAAUGCAGCUGCUUUGACUGUUGUGGAGGGGGGUUGUUGUUUAAAAGAAAAGGAUGCACAGCAUACGAAUAAAUUACAGUAAAUGCCUUCCAGCUGAAACUGUAUUUAUACCAGGUUAUUCUUGCCACACAUUUUUUUCCUGUAAUACCCAGAUUUAUUGGUAACCAACUGGUUUGGGGAGCAGAUUUGGAGAGAGCACUCUAGGAUUAAGAAUUAUUGGGGGGGGGACUCCCCCCCCCAUUAUUCAUGUUAACAAAAUGGGGCUGGGUGAACAUAAAAGGGUUGGUUAUUUCUGUCACAAAUAUAUUCACAACAUCAUUUCAAACUAAUAUUUGUUGCGGUAUUUGGGGGGAAAGCUGAAAUAUGAUGGAAAAAAAUAGCCCAAGCCUCCAAAAGGUGUAAACAUCCCAUUCUGUUCGCUCCUCUUUAUAUUAUAGAUACAUUUUGAGGAUUGCAAGUUCUGUUAAGUCAGUGUGGUGAAGGGAGCAGGCCAGAAAGAGCCAGGCUCAAAUCCCUGCUGAGAAUAUUUAUAUUGAAAGAGAGCAUAGAAAAGGAUAAAGCAACAGUAAGAGUCCUUACAACAACCUUGUAAGACAGGUCAGUAUGACUUGAAUCUCUGAGGCUCCUGUCUUGCAGUCACCCCUUGAGCAUUUUGGACAUUUCUUCAGCCAUGACGAUUUUUAGAAGCUUUUCUGGGGGAAAUAAAAAAAAGCUGAGAUCCUGAGAAAUCCAGUUUCUGUGUCUGGCAAGCAGGCCAGUGUUUCAGUAUUAUGGAACAGAAGGGCUUGUGAAGUAUAUAGAGAACACAAAGAUUUGAUGGACUAUGAAAGAACUUAAGGAAAGGAAGUGACUGAAGAACAGAUGUAAAGGUGAACUAGAAACUAAGAGACGUGUGGUGAAUGCGGUGGAAGUCUUUUAGAAUAUUUUAACUAGGAUUUAUAUAUUGUAAUGUUUGAAGUAUAAAUUUGGUAUUAUUGAUUAUGAAAAGUGUUUUUCUUUCUUUCUUUUUUCUUUUAUCUUUUGUCUCUUUUCUUUGCAUGUUGGAAAAUACAUAAAUGUGUUUACAGUGUUAUGUAUUGAUUUUUUGCUUCUAUUUCUUUUUUCUUUUUAUUUUCCUGUACUAUUUAAUAAAAACUAAUAUUUUUAAAAAAGGAACAGAAGGGCUGCCAGGAGCUCAAAGUUGUGCCCAUGGUUCUCCUUCUCCUCAUUUAAUCCCCACCACAACCCCAUGGGGUAGGCUAGGCUGAGAGGGACACCCAGUGAACUUCAUGGUUGGGUGGGAAUUUGAACUCUGGUCUCAAAGGUCCUAGUCCGACACUCUAACCACUGCACCAUACUGCCUCUUCUGUGAGUGAACGGUUGUGGCUUGGAGAUGCUGUGUCCGUGAAGGUCUCUCUUCUGGUAUGUUAGUCUUCUAGGUUUGGCUGAAUGAAUAACACGUUGAGGGAGUAAAGUUCUGGGUCUUUCUUACAUUUUUGCCCGAAAGGUGUCUACCUUCUAUUUUUAUCCUCCUCUCCCUUUUGCCCCCCUCCCCACCACCGGGACAGAAUGCAGAGUUUGGGUUGUCCCUUCUGCUUCUAAGAAACAGCUUUGCAACUCCUGUGGUUAAGGAAAUCAACUUGGUAACUUUCUCUCUCCCCCCCCCCCCCAGCAAGCGCCUCCACGACAUCAAAGGAUCCCCACCACCCCGCCGUCAGCUGUCCAGGGGCAGAAGGUGGGCUCCCUCACUCCCCCGUCCUCCCCCAAGACUCAGCGAGCGGGACACCGGAGGAUCCUGAGUGACGUGACGCACAGCACUGUCUUCGGGGUCCCAGCCAGCAAAUCAACACAGCUUCUGCAGGCAGCGGCUGCUGAGGCCAGCCUCAACAAGUCCAAGUGGGUAUUUUUUUUGGGGGGGGGUCUCUUCUUCCUGCUAAAUGACCCUUUGUGCAUUUUGAUUCUCUUUACGUUUUGUUCUGAUGUGGGGCAGCCUGCCUCCGUCUGCCUUUCUUGUGCCAUGUCCUAAUAGCCUUCCUGCUGUUGCUCUUGGAACGAACAGAGGCAUGUGCUUGAGUUGCAAGAGGAGCAUUUAUAACCCUGGGCUAGCAACUAAGCUUAACAUAAGAACACCAGAAGAGCCUGCUGGAUCAGGCCAAUCGCCCAUCUAGUCCUGUUCUCACAAUGACCAGCCAGAGGCUUGUGGGAAACCUGCAAGGAGGAUUCGAGCACAAGAACACCCUCCCUUUCUGUGGUUUCCAGAAACUAAUAUUCAGAAACAUGGCUGCCUCUGACUGUGGAGGCAGAGCAUAGGCAUCAUUGCUAUGCUCCUCCAUCAUGAAUUUGUCAAAUCCUCUUUUAAAGUGUAUGUUAUUGUGAUUGAAGAGGCUUUUGUCUGGGCCUCUGUUUGGGGAAGAGACGCUAAAGGGUGUGUGUGUGUGUGUGCGCACGUGUGUGCGCGUGUGCGCAUGUGCGCACGUGCACACACACACACACACGGCUUGUCUUUGAGAUAUGGAGCUAUCCUGUGGACCAACUUCACUGCUGGGCUGGGUUUCCAGUUGAAAGUACAGGCAACCCCUAUUUGUGGUGUGUAUUGUGACAUUCUAAGGCACCACAUGUUUAAGUGAAAUUGUUACAGUCAUACCUCAGGUUGAAGUAGCUUAGAGUUGAGCAUUUUUGGGUUGUGCUCUGUGGCGACCCAGAAGUAACGGAGCGCGUUACUUCCAGGUUUCGCCGCAUGCGCAGAUGCUCAAAAUGAUGGCAUGCGCGGAAGUGGCAAAUCACGACCUGCGCAGACGCGGGUUGCAUUCGCUUCAGGAUGCGAACAGGGCUCUGGAACGGAUCCUGUUAGCAUCCAGAGGUACCACUGUAUAUUUGAAACAAUUGGAAAAGCUUGCAAACACCUUGUUCUGUCCCUUUUUGCUUUUCCCGUGUGCGUGUAAAUGGCGGGGGGGGGAGGGGAGUUGCCUGUAUGAAUCUGUGUGGACAAUUUUCAGGCUCACAGAUCUGAACAGAACUUCAAAGUCUACCCAGUUGCAUAUUCAGCACACAUUCAACAGCACCUGUAGACAUUGCAAUGCCGUUAGGAAAUAAAGAUGGCAACUGAAUGUCCUGUUUUUGUUCCCUUUUCGGGGUGGCUUCCUCCAGGUCUGCCUCGACAACGCCUUCUGGAUCCCCCAGGACAUCACAGCAAAAUGUCUACAAUCCACCAGAUGUCUCUACUUGGAACCCUUUUGAUGACGACAACUUCUCUAAGCUCACAGCAGAGGAGCUGCUGAACAAGGAUUUUGCAAAACUGAGUGAUGGUUAGUGCAUUCCAGUAGUGGCUAAAGUGCCCUCAGAGUGGAAGCUGUGGCAGCCUAGGCUGUUGAAGAUGAAGGGCCUCGCAAAACUUUCUAGGCUGUUCCUUGAGAACAAAGCUGGCUUUUUUUAAGGCUCUCUUGGUCCAGUGGCCUAAAUCAAGACCAUUGGAGUUCUCAUAAUCGGUCAGACAGAGGUCCCAUCCCCUGCACUUGAUAGAUUUCAUAUUUCAAGGUUAAUUUGGCACAACAUAAUUCUACUUGCUGAUUUUACUAUUGGGUUCCAGUUUCACCUUCCAGGCUUCUGAGGCUACAGAGGGAAACAGCUGUGGUAGCAGUAUAUGACCAUUGCUGGCUGACUUCUCCUGAAAUAGACUUGAAAUAGACUUCCCCUGAAAUCAUCUACAGUGUGAUCAGCAGAUGUGGGCCGGUGUUGUGCGAGUCCACUGGCAGUUGCGUUUAUACUGUGCUACCAGCCAGAGUUCACUAUCCUCAAUGCUUUGUCAGAACCAUCAGCGGCAUAAGAUUUUUAAAUGCAAUUGUUGCAUUUCUUAGUAUCCUAGUUGCAACCAAAAGACCUACCAUAUGUUGUUUCUCUCACAGUGCAAACCUAUGCUUGUUUGCUUGGAAGUAUUCUCACUCUGUUCAGUGUGGACUAUUCCUUAGCAUGUUUUUAUGAUUGUAGACUGGCACCGGUUUCCUCCCCAAAAAAGCAUCAGGAACAAACCUAGUAAGAGUGAAGGAGCAACAUGUGGAGUUUCUGUUUGGCUUAGUUGCUGAUCCUUAAAACUGAGAAACCAGGUCUAGCUCUGGCUUGCAAUAAAUAUGAAUAAUAGUAAUAUCCAGGGGGGUUGGAAUAUUUCCAAGAUAUGCUUAGCAACUCAUGAUGCAUAAGAGCACUUAAUAACCAGGUUCUUGAUUAAUUUGUAAUAUAAAGAUAAAUCCAGCUCCUUUGUUGGCUUGUUAGUAAUAAUAGAUGAAUCAAACCAACUUUUAUUUCAUCCGGAGCUGUUGACAUUUUUGCUGGUGGCUGCUUGUUUAGAAAGAGCUAAAUGUUGGCACUGUGCAGUAGGCCUGUCAAGAGACUCAUGGUGUGCUCAGGUAUGGUCUGUUGCUCUGUCCAACAAAUUGCCCUGCCAGGUCAGGGUGGCCAGAAACAAGAUGAAUCCUUUCACCACAGGUGGCAUCCAUUCAUCUCCUAUAUGAGACAUGACAAUCGAGAGAACUGCCCCAGACACAUGGAAACAUCUGGAGAGACCUAUUGGACUGGAGACUUUAAUAUGCAUUAUAAACCACUUCUAACAUCCAGCUGCUGUUAAUGCCUUUUCCCAAGAAAUGGCAGGAUUUUGUUGUUGUUUCUUAUUGUAUUUUAGAUUAUAUAAAAUAUAUAAAAAAAUAACCAGGUCCUUGGAAUUUCAGGUAAACUUCCGGAGAAGCUGGGUAGCUCCGCAGAGAAUCUGAUCCCAGGCUUUCAACCGGCUCCUUCCACAACACAGGCAGAUGCGUUUGGCUCAUCUCCUCUUGCACCUGUGUCAGGUAUGCCCAGAUGGGAUGUUAUUUGCAGCUCCGACCAAUUCAGUGCAGAAGGUCUUUCCAAUGGAAGCAGGCAGCGCUUGUCAGGCUGAUUCUGGACUCUGCUUGUGUCUCUUUCAGUUGCCAUCAGGGGAGAUGGAAGGCAGGCUACAAGUGGGCAUUAUGAGGCUGGCCAGGCUGAGGAUAGGGGAGUACAGGGCCUCAGCUGCAAGUCGGUCAGCUAUGUUUGGGCCAGGUGACCCCCAUAUCCAGAUCUCCAGCCCAGGUUCCCUGAGGGGGAAGGACCUUUAUUGUGAAGUGUUUCAGGCAGAAGCUGCUGCCCUGUUGGCUAAGCAGAAGGACCAGGUUCUUGGCAUUUGUACCAAGCCUGGUCCAUUGGGAGGCUUAUUACUGCCUGCCAUUCACAGGGGUUGGCACUGCACACUCCAGUCUAUCCUGUGCCUGGAGAGGACUCGUGGUCCUGGGUAGUUGUUAGGCCAGGACCCAGCCUCAAGCUGUGAGGCUCUUCAUUCACUUAGCCGAGUGCGGGCAGCACCUGCAUCAGAGAUGAAUCAACAAGUGGAAAAAGUGGGGACCCGGGAAGGGCUGUACUUGAUUCCAUCUGGAGUGGACAGUUCAUUAGCUUCCUUCUAAAACCUGGGUGCCUUCUGCAGGCUUAGAGAAGCUGACCAGCCUAGAUCCAGUCCUGCCUCUAAUCUCAUGGAGAAUGAUCAGGUUUUUAUUGAGUCUGGCUGGUUUCUGGAGCUGCUGGAAGCCCCUGCUGUGUGCUGAGACCACCUGGGAGAAGAGCACAGGGCUUUAAGAAUAGUCGGCAAGUAGCCUGAAUGUGUGCUUUACCUGCUAUAUUUUCAUGUUAAAUGCUAAAUGCGAUGAAGCAGCAACGGUGGCCCAGAAUGAUGUUUUUUAGAGCUUUGGUGGAUACUCCAUAAAACACAAACCUGGUAGUUGUCAUAAAUUCUGGAGUGACUUCAAGAUUAUGCUACUUAAGCUUUUCCCAAUCCGCUGUCCUCUAGACAUUUUUGGACUCCCGUCAUCCUAGAACAUGGCAACUCGGGCUGAUGGGAGUUCCAGGAGCCACCAGUUUGGGGAAGGCUGUCCAACUGCAAUGUGCUGUAUGUGUGGCUGACUUUGAAGAUAGUUUGGGAACUUCCUUUAUUUAUUUAUUAAAAACAUAUCCUGCUUUUUACUAUGUAGGUCUCACAGCAAAAAUAAAAUACACAAUGCACAAAUUUUAAAACUCGAAUUAAAGCUCCAAAGUCUAAAACUUCAGGAAUUUAAAAUCUCGAGAAAAGAAAAAAGGGAAACAUCUGAGCAGCAUUCAGGGUGCAAAGGUCUACUUGAAUAAAACAGUUUUGACCAGACACCUGAAACUCAGUUAUGGGUGGUGCCAGUCUAACUUCUUGUGGGUAGGCCCUCCAUAGAGUUGGGCCCACAACAUUGAAAUAUGAGUCAUGCUUCCAGCUUUCAGGUAGUGCGCAACUCAGAGGUCCGCCUGUGAACAGUUGUGGGCCUAUCUUCUCAUCUCUUGUCUCCUGAAGCAGCUGCGCUGGCUGCCAUUUGAUCAUGGGACAAUUCAAAGUGCUGGUUUUGACACUUAGAGCCAUAAACUGCUUGAGUUCUGAUUAUCUCAGGGGAUGUGUCUUUACAUUUAAGAUCAUCUGUAGAAAUCCCGCUGUGUGUUCCAGAUAAACCAUUGCAAGGAGCAGGGAAUAUGGGAUUGUUUUAUAUCGGUUUAUUUGUUUUAAUGUUUUGUAUUUUUUUUUACAGAGCAGGGUCUUCUGUGCAGCAGCCCCAUUGCUCUGGAACUUUUCCCCAAGGGAGGUUCAUUCAGCCUCAGCCGUCUUGGAGAAGUCCAAUGUUUUUCAGAGGGCCUUUGAUUUCUGGCGCUGCUUGCCUCUGCUCUGCUUUUUGAGGGUUUUAUCGAUUUGAUUUUGCCAUUUUUAUUGGAUGGUUUUAUAAACCAUUAUGAAACUUAAUGAAUAGUGGUAUAAAGCUGUCGGUAAGAGUAAUAAUAUAGUAUAGCCAUGCAUCUUGAUUUAGAGACUUCACUCAGUGGCGACACUCUCAAAGAAACACAGUAGCCCUCCCCAAGACUAACAGAACAUAUGAAUAAUGAAUUAAUCCUCGUCAUGUGAUCUGUUGAGUCUGGAGAGGGUAGAAUGACCUGAUACCCUUGGAAGAAGAGUUGUUACUUUGGUUCUGUGGGUGGUCUACUGUGACCUUGGAUCAACUCACCAAUAAUUCACUGAUAAACUUUUUGGUUGAGUGGCAGAAUAAUAUCUGCAGCUUGCUGGAGGGAUCCCAUGGGGGUGGGAGGGUAAUACUGCCGUACCCCCAGAUGCAUGUGGCAAUUAAAUGACUUUUCAAUGCAUCUUUGGUCUGUUUGGCAUCUCCCUGUGCUCUGCUUGACAUCUCUCUCUCUCUCUUCCUCUCUCCCUCCCUCUCCCCAUUCCUUCCUUUCCUAACUUCCCCCUUGCUGCUCACCCAGCUGAAAAAACAAAAGAUAUCCUGGACUCUAGCCCUCCACUUCUGGCUGUUCCUGAUCCUUUCAUUCCUCUUCCACUAUCAGAUACGCCAGGUAACUGUGACUUGCAUAAACAAGAUGGGAUUUAGCAGAAGGGAUCCCACUCAAACGUGUUGCCACCCAAAGUGACUGUUUGGGUGGCCUUGUAUACAAAUGUCAGUAAGUGAAUUCAGAUGGUGUGUUAUAUCGAACCAUUCACAGUACGACUUGAGAUUCACCUGUUUGCUUCAGCGUGCUUCCUGGAGGUACCUGGAUGCCAGCAGCUACCAAAGGGGCUCCUCUGAGCACCCUUCUGGUCCUAACUUGGUUCUUGGGUGGGUUGGGUUCAUUUGGCCUUGAUCUUUUAAGAUCAUGGUAGAAAAUGUAUUAGUGGAUGUUGUCUCUUAGGUAACCUAUAAAUAUUGGCCUGGCAGGCUGUCAGGGACUCAUCAGAAGUUACUGGGGUGGGGAGUGUUGCAAUAAGAGAAUGAUGGAUAAAUCCAUAUGUACCAGCUGAACAUUUUAAAAUCUAUUAAUUCGAUGAAAGGACCCUGUUCUGCUUCUCCUUUCAUAUCAGUGGGUUUUCAUGGGAUCUGUUCCCAGUGUUACCUGGCUUUUAUUUUUAUUUUUUAAAUAGUGCUUUAUUUGCUACUCAUGGGCUGCAACUGCUAAUGGAAAUGUAACUGCUGCAAGAAGGACAGAGGUGACGGCAAAGCAUCUGUUCAAAUACUGAGAAAUGAGAAGUUCAGGCUCAGGCAUUCAUCUUCUCUUGCCUUGGAAUGGAAGGGAGCCAAGUCUCUUUAAAAUAAGCUCAUGGCAGGCUGUCUUGCUUGAUUAGUCAUUACAGAGUGUGGUAAUGCUUUUAAUUCUGUGCACUAGUUCCUCCCCCCUCUUUUUUCUCAUGAGGAUGAGCCCUCCCAGCCACAAGGCAAGGUAAGGGCGGUGACUGGCUGGCAUGUCCUGUCCAGCAUAGUUUCACUAUCAAUGGUUAAAUUCACAGCCUUCGAGGAGAUUCUCCCUCUCUGGCUGCUGUUUUAACAACAUAUGCUGCAGUCAAAUGAAAGCAUAGCAGAACUGCAAGCCCUUCUCUCUGAUGUCUGUUAUUUCAUAAAUAAAACGAGGUACCAGUGGUGAGAAUGAUGAUCAGGCCAAUAGCUGUUACAUGCAAAAUUUUGUUUCUAGAAAAUCUCUUUUCAUCUCCCCACUUAAACCCAGCCCUGCAAAGCAAUUUUUUUAAUAGUCCUUAUAGCUGUAUAGACAUACUUGAAAGGAUAGUGGGGGGACCUGCUUGCUGAAAUCUUAGUAGCCACAUGGGUAGAUUUCCAAAGUCCCACAGCGUAACUACCGUAUUUUUCACUCUCCUGGCUUCAGGGAUAGCUGCGCAGCCUGCAUUCGCUCCACAAGAAGCACACACAUUUCCCCUUACUUUUUAGGAGAGGAAAAGUGCAUCUUAUAGAGCAAAAAAUACGGUACUUCUCUGCUCUUCCUCCAAGACUAGCAAAACCCAAAAUAAUUUAUGCAGUGCAAAAGAAGCAUUGCGUGUUUUCUGGAUAGCAGAUUCAGUUUUUUCCUUGAGCUGUGUUUGGAUUUCACAGACAAAAGGCAUGAAAUAUGUGCUUUCCUUUCUCCUUCUACAGUUUUAGCCGCCCCUUGUAACAAGCUCCUAAGAUGGGAUUGACUUGUUUUGGAGAACAACAUGUGCCCUUUGGUUUGUUGACACCUCAAAGGUUAAAAACAAGGCAGCCGCCUAGAGCAGCUGCUUGGAAAGGCGCCAUGGUCUUUAGCCAGCCUUUGCCAAAUUGGUGCCCUCCAGAUGUUUUGGACCGCAAGUCCAUUAGCCCCAGCCAGCAUGGUCAUUCUCCCAUCAGCUGCAGUGCUAUACAGCUGUGCUGGCUAGGGCUGAUGGGCGUCGUAGUCCCAAAACAUUUGGAGGGCACUAGGCUGGCAAAAGCUGCUCUUAAGCCUGGUAUUCUGAAUGUGCUGUUUGACGGGAUUCUUACUAGAUAGUUUUUCUUCCCCAGCUGAUGUCCAAGGAAAAGGACUCUGCUGCUGUGUGCUUUAUUGAAAUAGCUGUCCUUUUCUUUCCUUCCAUGGUUGAAGAGUGAGUAACAUGCUCAAAAAGCCUAUGGGGUGGUUUUUUGUUUUGUGCAUCUUGAUUAUUCAAAGUGAUAAUUAAUAAUGGUUGAAUUGCAUUUUGGGAGAGUUUCUUUUUUCCACCCUAAUUAAGGAUGCCUGCUGUAACUUGUGCACUGUUUGUUUAUUUUUGGAUGUUUAGCCAGGACAUGCAGACAGCAUGGGGUGGUUUUAAAAGAGAAGUCCAGGUGGCAAAAGCAAAUAUUUUUAUCCCCAAGGUCACUUGCUGAAACAGCUCCACCUGACUCAACCGUGCCCACUGCAACCUUGCGCAAGGGUAAAGUAAUACUGACAUCCACCUUCCACCUGCUUUGCAAAGCUGACAAAGGGAGCAGCAGCCCCUGAAAACCGAUGGGAAUAAGGGGGGUGGGGUGGAGCUUGCAACAACUUUCUUCUGUUGCCUUUCCUUCUCCUCUCCGUGUGGAAGAGGAGGCCCCUGUUCUCAGCAGGAGCCCUGUGUUGUCGUUUUUUAUAUCUUGUAGCUGUUGGUAUUCAUCUGUCUUGAGAGACAAUGGAGUGCACCUCCAGGGGUGAAAUCAAACAACACCGCUAGCAGCACUGAUGACCUUCCUGGGGCUCAAGCCUGGGCAGUGUUUAUGGAGGUCCUGGAUUGCCCAGAUGAUAAGACUCCCCUCUUGGCCUUACUAGUGUGGUCCAAAGGAAAGCCGAGCAAUAGGUUUGGCACCAGUUUGGCUAUAGGAGUUGCUGGAAGGAAGCAUACAAGGCACCAUCCAUCUGCCUUAGGGACUCCACCCUGGCUUUCUCCUUAGUCCUUUCUUCUCCUGAAUCCCAGAAGGCAGCAGAGGUUUAGGAUCAGAGUUUUCAUUCUCAUAAUUCCCAGGUUGAUGAGCCCCAUCUGCCCCUCAUUUCCCUCUACAGUGAAUCAUGCAAAAAUCACAUUCUUGACCAUUGGACCCACUCAUCCGCCAGAGCCUGUCUUCACAUGUAGGUGAAGUCCCUAACUCACUGAGGGUUUGAGGCCCAUUGGCUACCCUCACCUGGUUUAGCCAUUUUUUACAUCACUUAUUUUAUUUUUAUUUAUUUAUUGCAUUUAUAUCUUACCUUGUUCUCCAUGGAGCCCAAAGUGGAGUACAUGGUCCUUCCUCUUUAAUCUCAUUUAAUCUCCAUAAACAACCCUGUGAGAUAGGUUAGACUGACAGCCAAGUGCCCCCCUCCCCAUAAAUGAGCUUCAUGGCCCAGGUCCUAUCACACUGGCUCUGAUAGGAUAUCACUGUAUGCAUUUGUUCAGAAGCACAUCCCAUUAAGGUCAACACUCCCAGAUAAGUUGUACGCUACGGCUGCUGUCGUAUUCAUCAGGGGGUGGGGAACUGAAUCUGGUUAGCGACUGGAUCCAAAAGUCUCCCACCCCACAAGCCGCUUUGGCAAGUGAGUGGGACACCCCACGUGUCAGUGCACAUGAGGUCAGGUGCUUUAACUUCAAAGGGAGAAUUAGCACAUUCUAAAAUGUGCUCCCAAUUCUUCCUUUCCAGCUGGAAUUCUGCACUUUUUGAAUUUGUUGCUUCAGGUCUAGUGCUGAAUUGCACCAGUGGCUGGAAAAGAGGAAUCAGUCUGGUUUUUUUAUUCCCAUGUCCAUUUUAAGAUUCCCCCCCCCCUUUCAUGCAGAUCCUGGUUACUUAAAUGUGCAUGCACACAGCAAAUCAGCCAGAGAAAAAUUUGCACACAGCUGUUGAGAGAUUCAAAGCCCUCUUCAUGCAAAUCUACUAAUUGCAGUCCUCCAGGAAUAUAAUUUGCAUAAUGCAUAAUUCAUUUUGUCUUUGGGGGACAAAAGGCCAAAAGAGAGAGAAAGAAAUCAUGUUGGCUUCUGGGAUGUGAGAGUCCCAAAUAGAGAAGUCAAGCCACUUAUCACUGUGUGACAAUGGCAGAUAUUCAAGAGAUCUUGGAGACAAUAAUUGCACCUGCUUCUGCUUGAGUGUAAAUUAAGGGAGGUUCUGGCUUUACUGCACCAAAUCAACUUUGGGAGCUUCUGUGCACAUUAUGAGGAUGGUGCAAAGCACUGAAAUUAAACAAGAAGCUCUGAAAUGCUGCACCAAACCUGUCCCCUGUGGUUGCCAUGCUGGCUGGGAUUGAUGGGCGAUGUAAUUUGUACACCUGGAGGGCAUCAGGUUGGGCAAGGCUCCCCUGUGGCAUGAGGUCCCAGGUCACAACCGAACAUCUGCCAUAAAACUGCUGUAGCAGAACAUGCAGGUUGCUGAAAACAUCCUUGGCAGAUUUGGAGGGAGAAGGGACAUCUAUAGGACUUUCCCCUAUACAUUCCAGGGAGUGAGACCACAGAAAGUACACAGCCCAGAAUCAUAGAAUCAUAGCAUCAUAGAGUUGGAAGAGACCACAAGGGCCAUCGAGUCCAACCCCCUGCCAGGCAGGAAACACCAUCAGAGCACUCCUGACAUAUGGUUGUCAAGCCUCUGCUUAAAGACCUCCAAAGAAGGAGACUCCACCACACUCCUUGGCAGCAAAUUCCACUGUCGAACAGCUCUUACUGUCAGGAAGUUCUUCCUAAUGUUUAGGUGGAAUCUUCUUUCUUGUAGUUUGGAUCCAUUGCUCCGUGUCCGCUUCUCUGGAGCAGCAGAAAACAACCUUUCUCCCUCCUCUAUGUGACAUCCUUUUAUAUAUUUGAACAUGGCUAUCAUAUCACCCCUUAACCUCCUCUUCUCCAGGCUAAACAUGCCCAGCUCCCUUAGCCGUUCCUCAUAAGGCAUCGUUUCCAGGCCUUUGACCAUUUUGGUUGCCCUCCUCUGGACACGUUCCAGUUUGUCAGUGUCCUUCUUGAACUGUGGUGCCCAGAACUGGACACAGUACUCCAGGUGAGGUCUGACUGGAAUCCCACUGGACAAUUCACCCCUGGCCUUAGGUAUUAACUAGGAUUAAUGCUUUUAUUUUGGCCACGUGCAAUAAAAGGGGGGCAACGAUUUGUAGGGUGUGUGACUCAUCGUUCUAUGAUGUAGCUAAUACCAUGCAUGGUUGUUUUGCAAAGUUUUUGUGAACUAACCACAGCACUUGCACAGAAACAGGAGCAUGCAGUUUACAGGUCUCUGUGUUUCAUGAAUGCCUUUGGGAUUCUGCAGCUCUCCUUACACACAGAAGUGCAUUUGAGCCGUGGCCUGCUGGUACCCAUUCCUGAAGACAUGGAGUCGGGGAGGGCGGGAGAAAGUUACUAAUGCCAAUUAUGUACUUUUACUGGGACUGUUUCUUCUCUCCAUGUUGAUAAGCUGAGAGAAAAGCUGUGUGUCUCUGUCUGGUGGUGGGGCAGCUUCAGAUGAAAUGUGGCCAUUUGAGAUUUUUGCAGUCCUAACACCUCCUUUUAUUUCUUUACUGAUUUUCUCCUUCUAUCAUUUAUGUUAAAUGCCCACUUCCAGACAUAUUCCAGGCAUCAUCAAGUAUGAGUGAGCCUAGAAAACUGAGCACUCUUAAGAGGUUAAUUGAAAUCCUACACUUUAAAAAUCCAGUGUGUCUCCAAAAAAACCCAACCACACUCAAACUAAAAGGAACAGGAAAUGCAGAUUGAUUAAUUUGUACAGUUUAGCUUGGCGCUUUGGGUUUUGUUGUGUGUGUGUGUGUGUUUGAAAAGGAGUCAGCAACAAUUCUGGGCCAAUUCUCUACUGGCUAACAAGAUGUUUUAGUGCAAGGAUGCUAGAACGUUCACUGUGAUGAGCCAAUUAAAUGGGACACCUUGGGGAGGUUACAACAAGUAAAAAAAGUGUUUGUGGUCUUGUUUCUGUUUAUGUGAUUCAGUUAUUAAAGGACCAGCUGGAAAAAUCCAGGGCCCUGACUUUUCAGGUUGUUGCAUGCUUAACCAAAGGAUCCAUAUCUGCAAUUAAAUGCAUAUAUUGGUGAAAAUAACCCUGAUAGAAAUCCUUUAAAUGUUAGAUGCAUUGUUGACCUUGUUGAACAACUGCUGUUCUGCUUUAACCAAUUUUUGUGUGAUUUUUGCUUUAUUUCUUUCUGCUUCUCUCCUUCCUCAUUUCCUGCUCUCUCCCCCUCCCCUGCUAGAAAAACUGAUUGAGGGCCUCAAAUCUCCUGAGCCUGCACUCCUCCUCCCUGAUAUCCUGCCUCUCGCUGAUCCCUUCGGUAGCACCCCUGAUGCUGUGAAUGGUAAAAUCCUGAAAAGCCUCUCUGGCAUGUUCUGUCCUGCAUGUUGACCCACCAGUAUUGCAUGUUUUGAACCGUGGCAAGCAUGUGCCCAGAGGUCAAGCCAGCCAGAGCCCACAAAAAGUGACUUUGGGAGACAGAGGGUCAUAGGAUGUUGUUCAGUGUUUGGAAUUCACUAGCCUAUCGCUGAGUCUGCGAAUCAGACAUGUGAAGUUCCUUCACCCUGGGCAUCACUGCCAAACCAUCCCCUUCCCUUGUUCCACUAAUUCUCCACUUUCUGUAAUCUAUCACUUCUUCCUCUCAUUUUUAUCCUUCCCAAGUGGGAAACUCAGGCCAGAUCUACAUGUGCAGCAAAAAUGGGGUGGUAGAGUCCUGAUGUAAAUGGACUUCAAAUUAUACAGGAGGGCAGGAAAGGUUCAUUCACUGGGCAGACGCGGGGAAUCUUUGGCUCUUCAGAUGUUAUUGAACUUGCAGCUCCAGUCGGCGCUAGCAAACAUGGUUGAUGGCUAAGAAUGAUGGGAGUUGUAGUUCAGCAGCAUCUGGAGAGCCAAAGGUUCCCCACCUUGGGGGGGGGGACCAAAUCAUUGGCUGAGCUCAGAUAAACAGAAGUAUGAGAUUACUUUACUCCAUAUAUGCCCACUUGACCUCUUUGAUCGGCAAAACUGGCAUUGUUACAGGUGCCACGUAAUACCUGUCCAGUGUUCGUAAGAAUUUGAAAUUUUAGUGUGGAAGCACUGGAUCUCGCUGCCUGUGGAUAUCAGGCAGGUGCCUUCACUGUAUUCUUAUCAGCACUUGCUAAAAACAUAUUAGUUUAGGCAAGUCUGUCCAAGUAUCUAGAAUGCCAGUGCAAAUUGUAAUCUGUUCCUCUAUACCAUGCAUAAUUUUAUAUGCUUCUAGCAUGUUGUCUCCUACUCACCUUUUCCCUAAGCGAAAAAGUCCCAAACGUCAUAAGGGAGUCUCUCCAUCCCCUUGAUCAUUUUGGUUGCUCUUUUCUGAACCUUUUCCAACUCUACAAUAUCCUUUCCAAGGUGAGGCAACCAGAACUGUACCGGGUAUUCCAAAUGCAGUUGCGCCAUAGAUUUACUUAAUUGUACUGUAUUAUGAUACUGGCAGUUUUAUCUUCCGUUCCUUCCCUGGUGAUCCCUAGCACGGAGUUUGCCUUUUUCACAGCUGCCCUACACGGGGUCGACAUCUUCAUUGAGCUAUCUACUAUGACCCCCAAGGUCUCGUUCCCAGUCAUUCACCUACAGUUCAGUCCCUUUGAGCUUAUAGGUGAAAUUAAUAUUCUUUUUGCCCUGACGUGCAUCACUUUGCACUUUUUUACAUUGAAUUGCAUUUGCCAUUUUGCUGCCUAUUUCUUCAGUUUGGAGAGGUUCCUUUCGCAGCUCUUCGCGAUCUCUUUUGUUUUAAAGAGCCUGAGCAAUUUAGCACUGUCAGCAAACUUGGCUACCUCACAGCUCACCCCUAACUCUAGAUGGUUAUGAGCAAGCUAAAAAGCUCUGGUCCCAAUUCUGAUCCUUGGGAGACUCCACUUUCUACUUCGUUCCAUCCAGAGAGAUGUCUAUUUAUCCCUCCUCUCUGCAAUCUACUAACUUAACCCAUCCCUGAUCCACCAGAGGGCCUCACUUCACCCCCCCUCCCCACUUUCCUGCUCUGAAAUGAUGCGUUCACCUAUUUCUGCUGUGUUUCUUCUUGCAUCCUUAGAAAUGGUUUGGCAUGCCUGGGUCUCUCUUGCUCUUGAGGAGCCUCAGUGCUUUUAUCCUCAGAUUUUUGUUUCUCUCUGCUGCAUUCUUUCCCUUGCUCAAAGACUUAAAAGCCCGGGAUACGAAACACCCUCUGGCCCUUGCAAGCCUAAGCUCCCAGAGCAUCCUGAAUGGGCCCAGACAAGGCUGGCUGGCUGGCCUAGUCCAUCCUCUGGUCUCCCUUGUGUCAUAUCUUCCCUUCACAAAGCUGAGAAUCAAAUUGGGGUUUUAAAAGCUGUGCAUGUAUGGAAUAGCCAUAAAUAUAUACCUGAUGUUCCUUUUCCAAAAAUGUAUCUUGAAGGGUGCAAUUAAGCCACCAGUGUUGCAAGCACAUCUUUUUUUCAGUUCAAUGCAUGCCAUAAUCCUGGACACUUUUUGAAAGCUAAAGAGACCCUUCCUAAGCAUUUUAAGUAGCAAAUUAUUUCCAGCUGCCUAUUUGCCAGAAGAAGAAAUCGAACCAGCUACCGAAGUUUCAUGGCAUGUUAAAGCCAAGCCUUAUAAUGAAGCUGAAUCACAGGAGUCUGGGCUGCAUGCUUCCGUUUUUGAGACUUGUCUACAUGUGUUAGAAAGCACAUGGGGGCAAUAAGGAACGUGAGCCUGACAGGCUCCAUCUGCUCAUCCCUAGCAACGAGAGAAGCUCUGCUGUGCAGAAUACAUCCAAACAGCACAGCUCAGUGGGCAGGGCCAGUUGCCCAGGGCGUCCCCAUCUUCGCCUGGCCAAAGGGUCAGGUUGAAAGAACCCCUGCAGUUGUCCCUGCCCACAUGAUUCUGCAUCCUGGAGGGGCAUGGAAUCUCCUCCCGUGGCUGUGGCAUUGCUGCUGUCAGAGGUACGUCUGGAAAGGAACCUCACUGACACUCGGAAGUUUGGGCUUGCACAGGUCUGCCAGUGUGCUGGGUCUUUCUUGUUCUGUGCUUUCCUGGGUGUCCAGGAAUGCACAGUUGUGCCGAUGGGAAUAUCCCUUUGAAAAUCACCCUCGGACUAAACUGACAUUUAGUAGUGGGCAAUCCAGGUGUUGGAAUGUCUCUGCCUGCAGUAGGAUGUCCAGGGCUUAGUGUUUCAGGCUAUGGCCUUCUCUUCCUUUCUUCCUCUGCUGAACCUCACCUAACUUUGGCUUCUGCUCUGUUCCUUUGUGCCUUCGGAAAGGAAAAGCUGAACUAACAGUUGAGAGUCUCAUCCCAGGCCUUGAGGCUCCUGUGUCGCAGCAUAUAUCAUCGCAGACAGACUCUGUGGCUUCAAACAGAGCAGGUUGGUGGGGGCUUGAGCUCAGGCGGGCCAUGAUGUCAAGCUGGUGACAUCAUGAUGAAGAAAUGGGUGGGCUUCUGUGUCUUCCAGUCUCAGCAAUGGGGCAUUGCCUGCAAGCUGAACUUUCCUUUAGAGUGCUAAUUUGAAAUCUUAAAAAGAUCCAUACACCUUCUCUGGGGUAUAUAUAUAUGCGCACAACCUCUCUCCAAAUGCUACACAUUUAAAUAAGGCAAAGUAUUAAACAGCAUAACAUUCUGCAAUCUGCAGCCUUGGCAUUGUCAACACCACACUCUCACAGAGCUAACAGAUUAGAAUCAGUCUCAUCUACAGUUCAGCCCAGAGUGCUGUAGCUGUAAUCCUCCUAUCACAUUGAAUUUCAACUCCUUAAAAUCCAGAGCUGUUAAAUAAGCAGCAAGGCAUCUCCCAAAGCCCUUUAAGCUGAUAUUUUUAAGAACACCACCACCACCUGAAAUCAAUUUAUUUGUUCAGAGGCUGCUUGUAUAUGCCGAGUCCUUUCAAAACGACUAAUUUUGUCCCCACUUCAGCCCAGGAUUUUAAAAACUGAUGCAUUAAAGCUCAGGAUGAGUUGCAAGCAGAUAGCUUGCCAGGUGUGACUGCUAACCUCCUCUUCUCUGUACUGUUUUCUUGCUUGCUAACCGGGGGACCAUCAGAUUCUGUCACUGGGGAGGACUCCCUGCUUGACUGCUCUCUGCUUUCUAAUCCUGCUGCUGACCUUCUGGAUGAGUUUGCUCCUUUAGCCGUUUCAACCCAAGCUCACAAAGGUAAAGUACCUUUAAGUGUUGUGUACAAAUGGGAGAGGAGGUUGGGGAAUGUGAGAAAUGUGCAACAUGAAAGUGGUGGAAGCAUCUGUGUUGAAAGCUGUGGUGGUCCCUGUGUGCCAAGGCAGGAUGGUGGUUCAAUUAGUAGGAUCCUGUUAAUUCCAAAUUAUUUUUGUGUGCCAAAUGACAAUGCCUUGAUUUCUUCUUUCCUGGGUCCAGUGUGAUCUCUUAACAUGAGUUUCUGGGGGCUGGAUGGGGGUGAACCCCUACGUUGGCACGCCCUUCCUCUUCCUUUCUCUUCAGAUCCCAGUGCAAAACUUCCUUCUUCCAUGAACAUUUUUGUCAUAGCUCUUUCACAGUUGAUGCAGCUUAGUGGCCAAGUGUUUGAGCUGCAAGUUGGGCUCAUAGGAAGUGAGCGACACACUAUUUCAACCACUCCCAACCUGGUGCCCUCCAGAUGUUUUGGUUCGCAACUUCCAUCAGCCUGGGGCAGCCUGGCCAUAUGAUUCUCAAGCUGACAGGAGCUCUGCUGUGCUGCCUGGAGAUGGUGGGAACUGCAGCUCAGACAGGUUGAGGUGCCAAGUUGGGAAUUUGCCCAGCCUGGUCUGAAAUAAUGGGCUUCAAAAUUGCUGGCGUUCCUUCAGCGCUUGCCUGUGGAGUUCUUUCUCUUCCUCUGGUCUCUCCAUCCUCACUCUCUAAAUGUAAGCUGCUUGUGGGGCAGGCCCACCAACAGAGGCGAGCAGCUGUAAACCUCUGGCAGUUGAAUCCUUUGGGUGUAAUCUGAUAUCGAGGGCUGCGUGCCUGUGCUCCACUUGGUUGUGUCAGAUGUUGCUUCUCAGCAUCGUUUGCUUGUGUUCCCCUGUAAAGAGCAGGGCCUUUUCAUUGGUGGCUCCCUGCUUGCGGAAUGCUCCCCCUGGGGAGGCUCGCCUGGCACCAUCGUUGCAUAUCUUCAGGCACCAGGCAAAAAGAUUCCUUUUUAACCAGGCCUUUUGCUUUUAACUACUUAUGACCUUUUAGAGAGGGUGGGAUAUUUUAAUGUAUCACCUCCCUCCCCAGUCUUCAUGUGUGCGGGUUUGCUCUGGGUCGCCAUGACAUAAAAGCAACUAAUACAUUUAACAAAUAAUAAUGAUGGUGAUACGUGCCCUGGAUGCACAUGGCUAGCACUAAAUAAAUUAAUUGUCCUCUUGGCACAUAUGCAGUGCUUUAGGAACGGCUGACCGCUGCCAUGUGUGUUUCGCAGUGUAGCUUCAGGCCUUUGGGAAUGAGCUUUCCAAAUCUGGCCUGGUCCCACCUCCCCAGCCCAGGCUGGCCAUUGGCUCUGUGUUGGGCAGGAAGGGAUAUAAGGACUUCUUUCCAAGCUGAGCCUUGCUUGAACAUAGGAGGAAGUGAACAUAGUAAGCUGCCUUAUACAGAGUCAGACCAUUAGCCUGUCCAGAAUUGCCUGUGCUGACUUGCAGCAGCUCCCAGCCCUAUAUGGAGAUGCUGAGGAUCAGAGGCACCAAGUGCCGUGCAACAAUUGGGCUGUUGCAUGAUCACAUGCAACAGGUGGUUGAACCACGCCAGAGGCCUCGUCCUGGCUCAUCCCAUUUUGGGCAGCCCCAUCACCGCAUACUUUGGGAGGCUGAGGUCCAUAGGUUGCAUAUGCUGAUGACCUGGACCCACAUUCAGGUGCUCUGCGGCUGCGACCAGACCUGGACCAUCUGUGUUGGCGGCUUUCUGUGUUCUCUCUCUUGCCCGGGCCCCUCGCAGCCGUUUCUCCCCUGCCUGUGGCCCAGGCCCCGCGCAAAACCUUUAGUCUGCUGAGUUCUAGUACAUCAGCAUCUUUUCCUGGACAUAAUGAGAUGGACAGCAAAUGUUAUGACAGAACCAGUUUUUUAUCAGUAGUUCAGUGAGCAGUAGAUCCAUGUCACUAGAAAGAGAGUUCUAGCUUUUCUAAACAUUAGAUGAGGUUCUGGGAGGGUGUUUGGUACACCCCAGAGUGUGGGCUCUUGGUUUAACAGUUAGACAUGUCAGGGAUUCUUUAGUUGUGGUUCCUGCAUUGCAGGGGGUUGGACAAUAGUCUCCAUAUAUAACAAAAGAAUUAAAAUUGGAGACCAUCAACUAGCCAUUAUGGAAAGAUGUGUUGUUAAUUCCCAACAUUAGCCUGGCAGAAUAGAAGAGUCUUCAGCAGGUGUUUAAAGAUUGACUCAGAAGGCACCUGCUGAAUCUCUAGUGGCAGGGUGUUCCACAGGACAAUGUUCUGUUUUGAAUUGCUGUCAGAUGAGCCUUGUCAGCUUGCGGGAUGACCAACAAGGCUCUUGCAGAUGAUCUUGGUGAUCAAGAUGGGAUAUAAGGGUUUAAGUGGCCCUUAGGGCACCCUGGACCGAAGUUGUUCAGGGCUUUGUAAAUUAAUACAGGGACCUCAGACCUGGCUUGGCAGCAGAUGAGCUUAGUUAGGGUUAGUUAGGAUUCCUUUGGUCUCUAUGUUGGAACCUGGGUGUGGGAAGAAGCGAAAGCAUAUGACAUGAGUGGGAAAGGUGAUCUGCUUAAUUUCAAAAUAAGCAAAAUAAUGCAGGGAAAGGGGUCUUUCUGUGGUCCUCCAGAUGUUGUUGGAUUCCAACUCACUCACCCCAGCUAGCAUGCUCCAUAGUUGGGGGUGCUGAGAGCUGUAGAAUAUCUGGAGCUUCCCCAUCUCUAAAAAACUCCUGGUCAUUCUUUGGCAUCCUCUUGGUGGAGGUAGAAAUUAACAAUCUUUGUUUAAAAGUUGGGGGGGGGGGAUGUUACAGACAUUGCAUUUCUUCCAGUCAGUAGCACUUUGAAAGCGGAUUCCUUUGAUUCCUUUGAGAAGUUGCCUUAUUCUUGGGGUGGGUGUGUGGGUGUGCGCGUGCAAACUGUCUGAAGCUGGUAUGCUGAGUUUCUUCUAGCAUCACCUUAUGCCACUAGGAAGCUCUGCCGUUGCAGGACCACUAAGUGGCAGCUGCUUUUGCUGGGGGUUUGCCACUUUACAAAGGUGACCCGAAGGGGUCUCUUGUCAAAAUCUGUGCCAGAACUGAAACCACACCUGACAGCUCUGGGCCAGCCUGAAAUAACCCCUUGCCCUCCACUGUGAGUGCCUUGGGAGCAUGUGGGAAUGUCACUGAGCUUGUGGCUUGGAGGAGGAGCCCUGUUUUCCGCAACUGUGGCAUCUCGAAGGGGGUGGUAGACCAUGUCUGCCUUCACAAACGGUGUUCCCACCAUGAGUCUGCAUUCUGUGAACCGCCCUGAGACCUCUGGGUGUAGGGUGGUAUAUAAAUUCUUUACAAAAUUAUAAUAAUAAGUCUACCAGAGGCCCACACCCUCUUGGUGGAGCAGAGCGUUGACUCAUCUGAACCAGGGCUUGGGCUUCUCUCUCUCCUCACUGCCUUUUCUCGUGCCUUGUGAGAUCAGGUCCCUGGGAACGUUACUAACUCUCUAAUGCAGCCUGGCUGCUUUCUUUCUCACAAAACUGCCUCUGCUGCCGCUGCCGCUUCUGUUUAUUUUUCGUGUUUAUACCUCGCUCUCCUUUUUAACUCGUAACAAUUUAAAGCUCCACCUUCCAACCUUGCCUUUGCUCGCCUGGUGUGUCCUCUAGCUGUUUGGGACUGUGAUGUGAGCUUUUCGACCCAAACAGCUGGAAGACAUGGCGGGUUGGGUCCGCUAAUCCUUCUUUGCAACAAAACACAUGCAGCUAAUGUUGUUUUGGUGGUUUCUAACCAGCUUUCUCUGCUCUAUCUUUUUGCUCCUUUUUAAAACUUCCACCCCUCUCCCCAUCGUGCUGCAGAAGAUACUAACCUGAUCUCUGGCUUCGAUGUCCCUGAGGGCUCUGAAAAGGUGGCAGGAGACGAGUUUGACCCCAUCCCUGUGUUGAUAUCCAAAAAUUCACAAGGUAAGCAGGCAGACUGGGGGUGACUUGAGAUUUUAAGGCAGUGUCUUUCUUUGUGGUAGCAUGUAUGGCCUGAAACUAAACCUGAGGCUCAAGGCUUGCAGGGUCUCCAUGCCUGAGCCCAGUUUUCUUCAGCUUCCGUAGUCUUGGCAGCGCUGGGCUCCUUUCAGUUCCCACUUGUUGUGACAAGGACACGUUGAGGAGAGGUGAGCAUCCCAACAUCUUGAGUAAUAAGAAAAUUAUUUUGGAAUCUGGCAUAAUAGUGUUACUGCCCCAAAUCUCCUGAUCGUAAGCGGGUGGGCGGAACUACCUCUAAUCAUCUCCAAAGGACCCUUGUGAUUUAGAACCAAAUUCCAGUAUUCAAGAUUUGGUUAGGCUCCCACCAGGGGCCUAUACCAACCCAAUGAGAUUUGCAGUUGAUUUCCAUCACUACUCUAUGGCUCCUUCCAAUGCCACACCCUAUUGGUUUAAAAAGCAGAUUGCAACUUAGCAUAAUUAGGAGACAACCACCCACCUUGUGCCCAUGGAACUAAUCCUGAGGGUCUUUGAAUCCUGACCCAGAGUUCACUGCUGGGAAUAGUUAUAAUACAAGCUUGAUGAUUUGUGGUGGAAGGAAUCAAGGGGUAGGGCCUCUUGGCCAGGUGACCCAUUGGAUUAACAGACCCUCUCUCCCACGCACUGCCAUCCUGAUUUUUGACUGGGAGUUUCAUAUAGGCCCAACAGCACAGAGUUAUAUUCUAAAACACAACACACCUUAAAGCUAGAGAGUGUAUUGGGGUGCUGGGCUGCAGUUGAACAUUUUGUCAUAAAGGGAUGCGGGUGGCGCUGUGAGUUAAACCACAGAGCCUAGGACUUGCCGAUCAGAAGGUCGGCGGUUCGAAUCCCUGCGAUAGGGUGAGCUUUGUUGCUCGGUCCCUGCUCCUGCCAACUUAGCAGUUCAAAAGCACGUCAAAGUGAAAGUAGAUAAAUAGGUACCACUCCAGCGGGAAGGUAAAUGGUGUUUCCGUGCGCUGCUCUGGUUCGCCAGAAGGGGCUCAGUCAUGCUGACCACAUGAGCCAGAAGCUGUACAUCAGCUCCCUCAGCCAAUAAAGUGAGAUGAGCGCCGCAACCCCAGAGUUGGUCACAACUGGACCUAAUGAUCAGGGGUCCCUUUACCUUACCAAAGCAGCUGUGCAGAGAAAACGCGGAAUGUAGACCAUGAGCAGCUGAAAAGGAGCAGGGGCAUCUUUUGAUAAGACAUGCGUAAUAUUGAGGCCUCCAUGGGAAGACAUAGAAGCUCCCCGUUGAAUAAGAAUUUGGUGCUCCACAACUCUGGAAGUUGCCUUUCCCCCUUUGUCCCGUUGUCCAUGCGCAAAGGACUCCCCCUCUCAAUUUUUGUCAUGGAGCCCUUCUCGGUAACAGAUUCCUGCUCUAAUAUUUCCUUAACACUGUUGUAAAAUCAUCCUAGGGAAGAGGAUACUAAAUGAGGUUGCUUAGAGAGGGAGGAGCUCUAGAUCUAAGCCGCUGACCAUUUAUUCUGUUUACUUUUUUCACGUAAUCGAUACACUGCUUGACUGUAAAAGCAAACAAACCUCAAGAAAAUUAUCAAUAAGAAAAACCAACAAUAAUUUAAAACUUUGAAAAAGUUAAAACAAAAAUAGACCAAGUACAGAUUAAAAUUCGCAUCAACUUUCUGGACAGGCUUGUCUAAACAAAAACGUUUUUAGCAGACACCUGCCUGACUUCUAUAGGCAGAGAGUUCUGAAGUGUAGGUGCUGCCACACUUAAAGGUAAAGUUAGUUCUCCUGUUGACAUCUGUAUCAGGAGUGGAAUGUCACAGGCAGAGCCACUGCUGGCUGACUUAACUUUUUAGAAGGGAGCAGCUGAGACCUUUGGUUGUUGGAAUCUCUCUUCAAAAACCACAUUGAAGACUGUGUCUGCAAAACUUUCUGCAUCUAUCUACUGUAACUCCAAGAGCCACGCUUGUGUAGAUUCCAGACUGCUGCUGCUUUCUCUAGUUUGUAGCUUGCUCUUCCUUUUUGUUUGCUUGUGAGCGCAUUUUUCAUUUUAUUUAUUGAAAUAAAAAAGCUAACUUUUAAUUCCCUUUAAUUCUCUUGCUCGAUACUGAAUUGCUAUCUCUCACACUUUCAGGUGGGCAUUCUAGAAACAGCAGUGGAAGCUCUGAAUCCAGUCUUCCCAACCUAGCCAGGUCUCUUCUGCUAGUGGAUCAGCUCAUAGACCUGUAGCAGCCACUCAGUAACCAAGGCGGUUUCUGUAACGUACCUUAAAUCCAAUGUGGUUUUUUUGUUUUGUUUUGUUUUUGUUUUCCCAACGGAGCUAAAUCUUUAGUUGUCAGGUGAUUUUGUGUUCCUGUUGUUGUUUUGUUUAAAAAUAACCCUGCAGAUGGAAGGAGCCCACACCCUGAACCCCAAAUCAUGGCCCCUCUCUUGGGACUCCCCUGCCCUCCGUCUUAGCACGUCCUUGAUGCAACUUGCUACCUUGUGCACUUCUCUCUACUAGCCUAUCUCUAAUGGGAGCACCACUGUUUAUUAACCUCUUGGCUAUGAUUUCACCUCCCCCUCCCCACCAGCUCCACUGGAACCAUAACUGUACAUGAAUUACGUGUAACAUACAACUAAUACAUCUGGGGCCCCCAUCCCGCCUUAGUCUAGAGAAUGCUAACCAAAUGGUAUGUCAACUUCUUUUCGUAAUCUAAAACCAAGAAGGAGAAGGACCGUGAAAAUAAGUCACCAUUGCCCCUCUCUGAUGUGCAAGGGGGCAGGGGCUCUCUUUGUAAGGCAUUGGGGCAGGACUCUGGGCAAUGCCUCCUCCUCCACAGCUAAAACUGUGCUUGAGAUCUGCUGAGUAGAUACCUUUCCAGCUUGGAAAGUGGACAUUUUGCUCCCUAACCAGCAUUCUGCAGUGUGCUUAGGAAUGGGCUGUGCUUAAUAAAAUAAGAUUUAAAAAACAACAACACCCAAGCUAUGGAAAUUAUCCAUCGCAAAAUAGUUAAACGUAAAACAUCAUAAUGUCUAAAAAGCAUGGCUAAGGUUUUUUUUUCCUGUUGGAUGAAUCCUCAGUUGAAGAGGGCAUUUGUAGCAACGGAUGUGUACUCUGGUGGAGGGCUUGGCCUGUAGAGGAAUUCUGUAAAAUUAAUGUACAUGUCAGACAUUCCUGCGGGUGAGGUCGUUUUUGGUUUUUUUCUUUUGGCUGUCUCCCUAUGUUGCAACUAGGUAUAGUGUUAACACAGUACUAUGGAGCCAUUUCCCCCCUUCCCAGUAGGCAAAGGACUGUAAUCUUUAUUUAGAUCCUUCAGUCUCUGUAGAGCUCGCAUGCACACCUUGUCAGCCAGUUGAGAGUAAGUGCUUUCCAGCUUAGGUGUACCUGAAUGGGUUUUACCUUUUAUUUCCACCUUGAUAUGCUCAGUUUCGUCAAACUACUGGAUAGAGUAAACUUGUUUUCAUCGGCUUCUGAUCUUCAAGUCCAAAGUUAACUUGCCACUCUGAAGAUGUUCUUCUGAACGGAAGGACCUACCCUGACUCCAUAGUGGAAUAAUUAUUAGCUUAAUGCUAACUCUGUGUAUGUGUAUGUAGCUGUAUUGGUAAAAAGUGCAGUUUUCCCACGUGUGAAAGUAUGAAUGACUAAAUUUAUAGAUGUAUCAGCCUCUCCUACAUGAAGGAAAGACACUUUGAUGACGUCCCCUGAGUAUUCCCCCUUCCAGCUUCCCCCCCACCCCAUCUAAAUCUCCCCCUCAGAAAUUAGCUUAACAAAUUCUGUAAAUAGGAUUUAAUCGUCAUGUCCGUUCUCUCUGAAUCUUUCUAAGAUCUACAUGCACACUUCAUGAUAAAAAGUAUUGCUUAUGUGUGAUGUGUCCAUUUCCGUGUUUCUGCUGCACUUUCCUGAUGAUUUACAUGACAGAACUAUGGAAAUUAUCUUAGUAAAAUUGUUGAUAGAUCUUUAUAUUUUUUGGGGAGGGGGGUGGGGUUGUUUUGACUUCUGAAUCCCGAAGCACAGGCGACCGGGUCUGGAUUAUGUGGACAAAGCUUUAGAUAGAACGUUAUUGUAUAGUCAGAUACUGAAAAAUAUAUGGAAAAAAGAAUGGAUUUUUUUAAACAAAGUAACCACCUGCUGUGUAUAAGAAACCAAAAAAAAGAACAUUUCUGUGAAUUAAAGUACUUUUAAAAAAGAAUGUUUAACAUUUUAAGUCUACUUGAACUUGUUGAAGAGUUCUGGACACAGAAUAAUGGAAGUACCUGGUUGCUUGAGGACAGUGCUGUGAGCAAAACAACUGUGAGUGUUGGGACCUUUUAAAUUUUUGUUUUCUUUUGUUUUUCGAAAAAUGAAUCAUGCAUCUGGAUUGGCAAAUCUAACAUGGUGGAAAUAAUUUAUCCUGUACUAAGGUUUAUGAAUUGACCAAAAGUCAUUGAAAUGACGUGUAGCAGAUUCUUUAAUAAACAGCGCAAGACUGAAAUUCUGGGAAUGAUUAUUAGCCUGUUGCAAUAUAUUGCGGGAGGUUGAAGUUCCUUUUUUCAAAAGGGUGAUCAAGUAUAGGGUGUGUGGGUGUGUUGCAAGGCUGCCGUUAGGCAGAAUCAGACAGUCUGCAGCCCAUUUUGGAAUACCAGUAAAAAAAGGCAGGGAACAAAUAUUUUGAUUAUGAUCAUGCGAGGCAUCACCUGGAUUUUCUGCCUCCAGGACCAAAAUGUCUUUGACUGCUGAAACGUAAUGUCCGGGGGAAUGACUUGAUUUCUCAUAUCCUUAAAGACAGGGAUAAAGGUGUGUCUUCUACUCAUGCCAUGAGCCCCAAUCUCUGUCCCUGUGUCUUUACGGGGGGAAAUAUUUUUUCCAAUGAGUUGCUUAAGCAGCUGCAAUUGAUGCAGACCAGCAGCUGGGAAUGCAAUGGUCUAGGCUGACAGCCUUAGUUGUGAUAGACCUAGGGUAGCCAACACCCGGUGCCCUCCAGAUGUUGUUGGCCGCAAGCUCCCAUCAGCCCCAGAUGGCAUGGUGAAUGAACAGGGUUGAUGGAAUCUGUAGUUCAACAACGUCUGGAGAGCAUUCUAUUGACUUCCCCAGCAGUCUGCUGGAAAAUCACUGGGGAGAAAUUCAGCACCAGAAGUGGCAUCUCUGUUGUUGAAUUUCUUGCUGUCUGAGCUAGUUAUUUAAUAUUUCUGAUGUGUGUAUGUAUACUUUUGUUUUGUAAAUUGUGUGACCUGACUUCUGUCUUGCACACUAAUAAUAAUAACAGCAGCAGCAGCAGUAGUAACAACAACAACGAAAUGGGCAGCACACCACUGGGUGUAUUUUAAAUUUGCAAAAUAGGAGUGCAUACAAUUCCUGUAUUGUGGGGUGUGGGCUCGAUGACCCUUUGGGUCCCUUCCAACUCUACAAUUCUAUGUUUCUAUGCUCAGCAUCUCUUCACAAUCAAAGCAUUAUUGUGAAGCUGUGCCAAUGAACUGCUUAUUCGGAACCACUUCGAGCAGGAUCAGGCCAACUCAGCAUUCUCAGAAAGAAUCUCAGCAAGUAGUUGGCUUCCCUGAUAUUGCUUGGAUCACCCCUGACCUUUGGCCUUGCUCCCUGGGGCUGGUAGGCAUUGUGGUGCAUCAAGAUCUAGUUAGCGACACCUGUUCUAGGUAGCCCAAUGAACUGCAGUCUACCUUCAGGUUGCCCCUGAAGAAAUGUUUCACUGAAAGUAGUGCCAAGCUCAGCCUGGCAUGGACUGUGUUUGGCUAGCGUUUGUCAUGCUCUCUUAGAUGAUAAUUGGUAGUAGACAAUGUAGUUCAAAGUUCAAAGUGAAUUCUGUAGCCCAUUGAUCAUAACACGGCAGUGUGAUGCUGAUCCACGUCCUGCGACAGCCUUCAUCAAGCUGAUGCACUCCAGCAAAUGUUCUGGACUAAUAAUAGUAGUAGUAGUAGUAGUAAUAAUAAUAAUAAUAAUAAUUUUUAUUUAUACCCCACCCUCCCCAACCAAAACUGGGCUCAGAGCAGCUAACAACAAAUAACAAGAACAAGUUGAUUGAAAUACAACUUAAAAACAAGCUUAAAAUACAACAUUAAAACAAUUAAAACAUUAAAAUGCAGCCUCAUCACAGGAGGAGAAAGGAAAAAAGAAGGGGGGGAGGGAAUCAAAUUGGUUCUAAGCCAAAGGCCAGGUGGAACAACUUUGUCUUACAGGCCCUGCGGAAAGAAAUCAGAUCCUUCAGGGCCCUGGUCUCAUGAGACAGAGCGUUCCACCAGGCCGGAGCCAGUGCUGAAAAGGCCCUGGUUCUGGCUGAGGCUAAUCUAACUUCCUUAGGGCCCAGGACCUCUAAGGUGUUGCUAUUUAUGGACCUUAAGGUCCUCCGUGGGGCAUACCGGGAGACUACAGCUCCCUGCCCAACCCCAGACAGCAUAGCCAUAUAAUUUCUAAACACCACUGAGAAAUUCUGAAUUAAAGCACCUGAAAUAAAUAAGUACAAAAUGAACCUAGGGCUAAUGGGAUAUGUAGCCCAAGUCAUCUAGCGGGCAGCAGUUUAGCAAAGGUUGCAGUGAACCAUGUUCUGGCACAGCUGCAAUCUCUGAAAGAAGGGGGGAGCUAGCGUGAUACUGCAAAGCUUUUCUGGAAGGAGGAGCUGCUCUUAUCUUGUCAAAGGGUUGCCGUGGCCUGUUGCUUUUCUGACAUGAGUGGAGAGCUGUGCUGAGAGAGCAGAAACUGCUGCCUGCCCUCUGCAACAAACUGCCAUGUAAGAACACUGAAGAAAAAGCACUCAUCCUGAUGGGGAACCCACAAGCCAUAGAGCACCUCUUUCCUAUGGCUCUGCCUUCCUCUUUACUCUGGUGAUGAUGCUUUCAUCUGCAACCAGAUUAGAAUAUCACUCUUUAGGGGUGGGCUUUUGAAAACACAAGUGGAAACUGGUACCUAGUAGCCAUUAACUUGGUGAUGGAGACGGAGGUUCAAGCAGACCCUUGUAUGGAAAAUGCCCAAAGCAAUUUGGUGGUUUGUUUGCUUUUAAUUGUGCUCCAAAUAUGCACCAGUAUAUUUGGUGCUGUAUGGAAAGCAAAUGGAAGCAUUCCCUGCCCAGAGGAGCAUUCAGGAUUAGCCGGAAAGGUUGGAUUCACCCUGAUAUCACAGUUGCCAUUUUAAUGGCAGGCAGUUCUGUGGAAGUGAGAGUACAAUGAUCCAGAAAAGCUUUGUUUAUGGAAGAAGAAUUUUGAGGGAAGGGACCUCAAGGAGAAGCAGGUUUCCUGAUGGGUGAAGAAGGUAAAAUUUGAUACCAAGCAUCAAAACCCAGUUUACAAGAUUUCAGAUAGCUGUGCAAAACCCAGCCAGAUGACAGCCAUGCCCCCCAACCUGAUUCCCCUCCAGAUGUUUUGAACUACGGCUCCCAUAACCCCCAGCAUCACACAGCCAUGCUGGCUGGGACUGUGAGUUGCUGCUGCUCUUUAUUGGUCUCUCGCUUCCAAAAAAUGAAACACUAAGUGACUUACAAAAAUGUACAUUAAGAAUGAGUAUAAAAACAAGAAUAAAACAGCUUAAAAUACACAAAUUAUAUAUAUAGAUCCAGCUCCACACCACCCUGCUAAAAUUAAAGACCCAAAGGCCUGGGUGAAUAAAAAGGUUUUUGCCUGGUGUCUAUAAGAGAGCUAGUGAUGGCAGCAAGCAUGCCUCCCUGGGGAGAGCAGUCCCUAAAUGGGGGGCCACUACUGAAAAGGCCCCUUCUUGUGUUGCCACCCUUCACACCUCCCUCAGAGGGGGCACCUCAGAUGAAGAAUGUAGAGUCUAGGUUUGUUCACUUGGGUGGUGAGGGGCAGUUCUUGAGGGUACUGGGGUUUGUGGUCAGAAACAUCUGGAGAGUACCAGGUUGGGAACGACUGGAGAAGACUGUGCAGGGAAAAGACAGGCCAACGAUCUAAGCCAGUAGAAGGCACCUUUAUAUUCAUCCCUGAGCCCUUCCAACAGCGAAGCUUGUUGGUGACUUUAUGUAUCCAGAGAAGAAGAUACUCACUUGGACCUUUUCAGGUCUCCCUGGCCCAGUUCCUGAAUUCUUACAGAAUCUACUGUUUUCAUUUAUUUAAAUAAUAAAUGAAAUUAUCAAUAAUAAAACUAACGGCAAUAAUUUAAACUUUUGAAAAGUUUGAAUAACAACAGACUGAAAACAGAUUGAAACUCGCACCAGCUUUCUAAACAUCUGGGUAGCCUUGUCUAAACAAGGAGGCUUUUUUUCAGGUGCCCAAAAAGUGCAAUGAUGGUGCUUGAUAUUGAGGCAGAGGGUUCCAAGGAGUAGGUGUGGCCCCACCAUCAGGUGAAGACCCAAUUCUGUCUGUGUUCCUGUAAUUGUGGAGUGCCGCAGUUUCCCUACUUACGCUGCUUUGUUGUCUCAAAAAGAGGAGGUGGGAAGCAUGUUUAUGAAAAGAGAAGUUGUCACUACAAAGGAGGACACCACUUGGUCCAAGAUGUGAGCGCAUGAGUGCUUUCUUUGAUGUCCUCGUGGCCUGAGGACACGGCCCCCACACCAUCCUCAUCAGAUUAGCCCCCCGCAAUAUCGCUAUCUCCACAGCCUUGCAGAAGACUGCACAAUAAGGUGUGGCCUUUAAACCAGAGAGGUGGAGCCCUCCUGUGUAUCCCUCCAGGUCUUGUCGACCUACGGAAAGGUUCAGUUCACUGUAGGCGCCUUUGCAGAGACAACAUUGCCCUGCUGCAGCUGCCUUAGGAGGAGAAUGUUUCAGUGGAGCUGUCCAUAGUACUGUUCUUGCCUGGCCUCUGGUUUGACUUGGCCUGCCCUGCUUUGCCUUUGCCAGACACUGCCUGCUUCCUCUGUGAGUCUCAAGCUCCUACAGUGUAGGUGGAAGGAGGGCUGUAGUUCAGCGGCAGAUCAUCUGUUUUUCUUGCAGAGGGUUCCAGAGUCACUCCCUGGCAUCUGCAUGUAGUGGUUGGGAAUACUGAGUGGAUGGACUGAUUGUCUGACUUGGUGUAAGGCAGUUCCCUAGGUUACAAAAUAUGCAGGCUUAGAACAGGGGGAAGCAACACCAGCUUAAGCUCUGCCAUCCUGAGAGAGUGACUACAAAAAAUACCCCAAUAUUCUUAGCCUUUCAGAGCCCAAAGCCCAGGCUUCCUCAACCUCGGCCCUCCAGAUGUUUUUGGCCUACAACUCCCAUGAUCCCUAGCUAGUAGGACCAGUGGUCAGGGAUGAUGGGAAUUGUAGUCUCAAAACAUCUGGAGGGCCAAGGUUGUGGAAGCCUGCCUAAGCCCAUCUCAUUCUCAAACUGGACUUUUUUUUGUCUCUCUGUCUCCAAAUCUGCUUUUAUUCUAUUAGCACGCACACAGAUCUUGUUUAUAUCUUGUUAUAGCAAACCACCUUCACCCACAGUCGGAUUAGUUUCUCCUGUUCAGAACAGUCAAGGAAAAUCCAGCUGUUUCUUGACUAGUGAGUGAAUACCCACUGACCAUUCUGAGUCAUUAGUCAAUAAUUUGCUUGGUCAUAGAUAUGGCUAGGCCAGCAUCCUUAACCAAUGCAUUUGGGUUAUGUAAUUGAGUGUUUGGAAUUAAAAACAAGUGUAAGGGUCUCUACACUGCUGGAAGUGUGUGUCCCCCUUUAUUGUAGUGAAUCCUUUUUGUGUUAUUUAAUGAAGGUAGCAUCACUUUGCCUGUAUGGGAAGGAAUCACAGUUUUUUGUUCUGUGUUAAUAUUAAAUUUAGUGUACUCUAAUAAUAAGAUCUAGUAAUUACAGCAGGGGUGGGGCCCUCAAAGCCCUUCGACCUGGCCCUUGGGACUAGACCAGGCCCCCUCUUCUUCAGCCCUGCUUUGCGCUGUUGCCUGGCUCCAACACACCCUUGAGCUGGGGUAAUGCCUCUCGCUUGCCUGGAUGGAGGGUUGUGAGUGUGCAAAAACCUCUGUGCAUGUGUGUGUACCUUGUUGCACAAAGUCAAGAGGCACUUCUGUUUCCCUGCCCGUUCUUGUUUAUGUCUCUCCACACCCACCCACCCCAGAAAACUGCCCACAAAGCAACUUGGUCCUUGGGCUGAAAAUGGUUCUGUGCCUCUGAAUUACAGGACGGACUCAGACAUAUUCUCAGAAUUCUCACCAGUAUGUGUCUGCCUCAGCUUUCUCCAACCUGGUGCCUUCCAGAUGUUUUGAGCUGCAACUCCCAUCAUUCCCAUCCCACACAGCCGUAUGUUGCAGCUGUACUCCAAAACAUCUGGUGAGUGCUACGUUAGGGAAAGCUGCUGUAUAGGAUUGCAGCCUGAGUCCCAUAACUUUUUCUUAUCGUACCUGCUGGCUAGGAAUGCUGUGCUGGGACCAUCACAAAAAUUCAAGCUGGAAAUCACAGAAAUGGGUCAGAAUUCUAGAUAGACCUUUAAACCGUCUCUUAGCUUUCUGCCCUUUCUCUUCUUGUCUCUCUUGGUUUCUGGAUCCUCCUUUCAGCACACACACUGGGCCUCAUUGCUCAUCCCGUUGUCUUGGUCCUGCCCUUCCAGAGGGUCUCAUCUAUGCAAGAGGUGGGUGGCGGGUGGCGAACAUCUCAGUGGCUCACCCAUCAGUCUUAUGCAUCCUGCAGUACCAAAUGUAUUCAGGGCACGUUGUUAUUGUUUUGAUUAUCUUACAAUUAACUGGACAGUUCUCUUUAUUCUCCCAUGGACUAUAGGCAGAUGUGUAGGAGGUUUUAUGUUGUUACUGAGCUAUGCAAACUAGAUUGGAUGAAGACCAUGGGGAAUCCGUUCCUCAGAAUGCAUUGUGUUCCUGCACAAUUCCCAUUAAGUCCCAUGAACUUGUGUGGGAGGCAUUUGCAGGGAAUUUAGAAAGCCUUGGCCCAUCACAUAGUUAGUCAGCCUUUCUGCCAAGGAACACAAAGCAGCGUGAACUUGGGUUCCCAGGCAAUGAGGUUCAUAAUAUGCAAUUUUGCAAGAUGUUCCGCAUCCUCACUGGGUUUCUCCUUCUGGUUUCAAAGUCUCAAGAGGCAGCUGACUAGUUGCAGGGCUGCCAUUAUUGGUUUGAAACCUACUCAGGUCUCUGAAGUGCAGUAAAGCAAAAUCCUUUCUGCAAUUGCUGAAGAAGAAGAAAAUUUAUUGCCAAGUUCUUCAAAUGCCUGAUCCCAGCACUGAGCAGGUCGCCAUUCCAAUUUGUAUGGUGAAGAUUUCUCUCCCUGGUCCUCAUAGUAUGGUUGCUGUAUGUGCAGGAGGCCUAGGUAUGCUGUAGACCGAUUUGUGCACUCUUUUCUUUUUGAACUGCAUUUUGUGUUUGUUUAAUCCUUCUGCCAUUGCAUAGUUGAAAAACAAUAUAUUAUGGCUAUAUGCAAGUACAUAUAUUAUUGCAGAGUCUAAUUGUAUAGAAUAGAUGAAAUGCAAUUCUGUAAGUACUGAACUGAACCAAAAUGGGGCCUAUUGAACUAGGCAAUGGGUGGGCAAUGGGGAUUUUCUGCGGGGGAAUUGUGUAAAUCAGAUCUUCAUACGGGGCACUUGUGUCAACCGCUGCUUUAGAUGGUUGUUGAAGUGAAGGGCACCCUCUGCCAAGCAUGCAGGAGAGCUGUAUGGCACCGUGGCAGGUGAUCAGGGAAAGUAGCCUUGGCCCAAGGUGUUUUCCCUUCUGCAUUAUAGGGUAAUAAAGGGUAAGAAGGACUGAGCUAACAUAUGUCAAGCAAUUGAUAAUGAUCUUAAAGCACUAUAUAAAUGCCAAUGUUAUUAUUAUUAUUUUUAAUGAGGCUGGUGAAAAUGUAGUUUGAUUUCUGUUUUAGAGCUCCUUGCUCUGGAAUGAGAGACAGAGAACCCAGACAUAUUUCUCUUACAUACAUACAUACACACACACACACACACACACACACACACAGCUUUCAUAGCUUUAAAGUGACUUUCCUAGUUAGCACAUCCACUAGGCUUGGAAGCAGUGCCUGCUGCUCACCUGGAGCACCUGUGCAUGUCUUUCUAGUGGAAUUAGUGAACCUGAAAGUCAAAGGAAGCCUGCCGCUUGCUGCCUUGAAUCCAAACGCAGCAAGACAGGCUGGCUUUAUUUGUAUCCUGGCAAAUAUGACAAGCUAGUAUUUAAUGCAGAUACACACACAGCCCCUCCAAAAGAGAGAAUAUUUUAAAGGGCCUGUUCUUGCUUUUUACAUUCAAAUGGCGCCCUUAGUUCCUAGCUGAACCUGCAUUUCAAUUGGUUAUAGCCAGAGCAACUGAUGAUGAUAUUGCAGCCAGCUGAAGCCAUGACCCAAUCCACUGUUUCUCAUAUGCUCUCUUCUUCCUUUCCCGUUUAGCUUUUUUUGUGGUGGGGACAGUUGCAAAGCUCAUAGCUUUCUUUUGGGGAGGGGGGUACCUGAACCUCUUGGGAAAAAAUGCAUAUUACACACCCAACGUUCAGAGUGGUUGUGUUUCAGAUUGGGGUUUUUUUCUUAGGGUGCUUUUUCGUUACUGCAGUGGGAAUGAUUUAAAAUAUAAAAGAGGGAGUCCUGUUAACGGAACGCUGCAUAUUGGCUUCAAUAGGCUUUCUGUACAGCAUGUUACAUUGGCUCCCAUUUCUUGCCUACAGUGGCCAUGCACUUACAGUGUAAUGUAUCAAAGCUGAUGGUCUCUCAAUAAACAAUCAUUUUGAUGCUUAUCUUUGAAGUACUGUCUUUGAUUAUUGAGGGGGGAAAACUAGCUCCAGUGUCCUCAAAAGCAGGUGACCUCCAUUGGAAUUUCCCCCCUCCAAAGCAUGAACUACUUUCUCCCUCUUUUUUUAAUUAAACAAAAAACAAAAAACAGCAGCACAACAAGGACAACCCUAGUCAAUCUAAGUUAGGCUUGCAAAGCAAGAAUUAAUGCUCCAGGAUCUCUUCAAACUGGAGGCAUUGUCCACCUGUGCUCAGUGGUCUUGAGGACACAGCCUUGCUUAAGGAUGUGUGAAGGGCCUGGCCAGAUAAGAACAGGGUCUGCUAGUCCAGAAUCCCCAAAACUGGCAGAGCAUAGCUUGUGUCCCCAGGUGGGCUGUGAUCUGCACUUUGCCCUAUAGACCACACAGGAUUUGGUCCCUGUCCCCCCGCCCUUCUAAAAGGGAGUGAGGCCCAAAAUCCUGUUCCGUUAUUUUAAAAUGGAUGAUAGCAAAUGUGAAUGCUUUGGGGAUUUGGUUCUCAACAGUUUAGUUUUCAUGUGCCUUUUUCCUGUCCUCUUGCUAACAUGAGUCCUAUGCCAUGAUAACCUGCUACUAUUUCUUGGAAGGUAAGCUAUCUUGUGUUCUGAUGACUGUUUGUGUGAUCCAUCUGGCCUGGGAAAAUAAAUUUGGAUUCCUCCAGUGAGGUAAUAAGAGAAAGUCCUUCCAUUUCCCCUCCAUUCUUCUGCUUAACCAGGCAUUAAGCUUCUAGUAGUUAAUAUGGCUUUGGACUGGAUUGAGCCAACAUUGCAGUGGUUCAUGCCCCAUUCCAGCCUUCCCCAGCCAGAUGUUUUGGACCACAACCCCCAUCAGCCAUCAUGCAGCCAUGUUGGCUGUGGAGCUGAUAGGAAAUGAACAUCUGGAGGGUAGCAGGUUCAAGAAGGCUGCCAUAAUCUUUGCAUCUACCGAGCUAGGAUGUAAAUAGAAUGGUCACCACCUGUGAUUAGCAGCCAUUGCUCUUUCAGCAAGUGGGCAAGCAGAAAUCCCCAGGCUGGUUUAUCCUCCUUCACCAGCAAAAGAUUAGCAGAGAAUUUGAGUAGCUGGAGAACUGGCCUCUCAGGAGUCUCUUCAUGUCCUGGAAUCCACUAGGAUUGGUGGCCAUUCUUUAGGGUGGCUCACAAAAUUAAGAAUCCAAAACACUGUCCUGAGACACUGGAACUUCCCUGCUAAAAACUAAAACUCAGAAGGGAAAAACACCUCAGAUUGGAUUCAUUCCAAGGCAGCAAAUACAAAUGUUUUAUUUUGUUCAUAUGGUUUGGAUUCCCACCUCCCCACUACCACGCUCAGCAACAACAAUUUGUUGCCGCAUGAUGUGGGAGAGAACCAGUGGGGAUUGUUGGCCAUUGGGGGGGGGGGCAACAGGCAGGGAGACAGGGUGCUGAAAACUCUCUCACCAGCUAAUUGUGCACCCUGUUCAACCCCACACUUAGUUUCUCAACACUUAGCAGAACCUGACCACACUAUUCUAGUUCCUUCACGCAGCCCUGCCACCUUGUCUUCCUUGUUUCAAAUUAAAAAACACAAAACCAAAAGCGAUGGUUGUGUGCUAGUGACCCUCAGCUGUGCAGAUUUCUGUGGCUGCCAUCCCACUCGCCUCCUACUCCAGUCAAAUCCCGAGGUUUGAAUGUCUGUGUAUUUAUAACAUCCUCCAUCUUUUUCCAACACACAUUUUUGUGGAGUCCUGAAAUGUGAAAGGACAUAGAGUCGUGUUCCAGUCUAUGUGCUGUAAUUUACUCGGCUUCAUCUUUGCAUAUAUUUAUUUAUUAUUUUAAAUGUAUUUCUCCCUCCCUCCAUUCCCCACCCCCACAUUUGUGCUGCUGAUUUUGGAUCAACAUCAUAACACAUCUGUGCCUUAGUUCUGCCAAGAGAAUCCUAAGAUCGGCAGGUUAACUCUCUUGUUUUAUGCGUUGUAGGUCUGCAGGGGGAGCCAACCAUAUAUUUUGUGGUCAGCACUGAGCACGGUCCUGGAGUGUCUGCUGUUGGCUGCUUCCCGGUGAAGAAACGGCAGCCUGAGAUGCUGGAUGGAAGAUCACGGAGCGCAGAACACGGAGAAGAAUCGGAGUACUUGUCGAGGGAUGGGCCUUCAAGCAACAGCUCUUUCCAUAGCAGUGAAGGGGAAGGGACGGACCACGAGGGGGACAUCUUGGACUGCAGUGGGUCCAGGCCUCUGCUGAUGGAUUCCGAAGAGGAAGAGGAAGCUUAUAAGCUGAACCCUCAGCAUCUGGAAAGGGGUAGCAUUCCCCAAGAAGACCUUAAUCUGCAAGUUCCCCAGAGCAUGGGGGUGCAGCUUGAUGCUUUCCAACAACCCCCCGGAGGAGCUUCGGACGAGAGAGACGUCUUUGCCACAGCUCCAUUCCGAAGCUCCAUGACUCUUCACAACGACCUGGACAUCUUUGCCAAAGCGCCCUUCGUCUCCAAGGGCCACGGGCUGGCGAAGCAACAGGACGAGGGCGACGUCUUUCUCCGGGCUCCCUUCACGAAAAAGAAGAGCCAGGAAGAGUUUAUGCCGCACAGCGGGGCAAAGGAAUCUCCUGUCCCUGCGGGGUUCUUGGGCUCCGCUGGAGCUCCCCAGUACACCUUUAACGCUUCCUUCCAGAACCUAGAUACAGGGCUGCAUGGUUCUCCUCUCUCGCAAGGUCAGUAUUCUGUGGCCUCGCUGCCCCAGCCAUCCGGUGCUCUCCCUCAUUCUGCCAGAGCAAGCGAAGGCCCCGAUCCUCCCAAAGAUGCAGCUCAAGAGCUGGGCAGCAUCCCCAACGACACGCUCCAAGCGCACACACUCCCCCAAGACGUCCUCUUGGGCUCGAAGGCCAACCAGCCUUUCCGUCCACAGUCAUUGGCAAAGUAUUCCCGUCACUACAGCCCAGAAGGGGACCAGGGCGUCGGCGCCCAGCCCAUCGCAGCUUACAAAGUGGUGUCUCAGACCAACAAGCAAGCCAUAGCGGGGUCCGUUUCUAUCGCCUCUCUUUCUUCCAGGACUAAAGAGCUGCCCAGCUCUGACCCAUUCUCGUCAGCCCCCUUUCCUUCUAAACUGGGAAAGCAGAAACCCUAAAUGGUUUCCAUUGUGACAGGAGGAGGAGGCAAGGCUUUGAAUGCGUUAUCAAGAGCCUACAAGCCCUUUGGGCAAAAUUCACUCCGUACGUACCUAGAAUGUCGAAACUACAGUUGCUGUGAUACUCACCUGAAUCAUAUGAAGCUGGUUUCAGGCUGUGAACGACUUCCAGGCUGUAAGGUUUAUCACUUGCUUUUUAGAUGCUCUUUCCCUCCCCACACUCCAAGUUUCUUCCCAGCGGGUCUUUUGUUUUUGUUUGGUUUUGGGUAAUUAUUUAAGCCAGGGAACACAUGGGACAGAACUGAUUACCUCUUGAUAGUAGCACCCACUAAGGAUUACGGAACAUAUUAGCAGCACACCAGGAAUGUUUCAGAAAUGCUAGCCAGGUGGGACAUUAUUUAAUUUUUCUAAGCAAGAGAGAAGGAUAAGCACACUUUUAUUUUAGUUGCUACUAAUGAAUCUUCCCUUAAAACCCGUAACUGUCAGUUUGUAACAGAAGUCUUGUUCUGCAAUGUGUGCUUAAGCCCUCCCCACAAAAGGCAAUUAAUGUCUGGGUGUCUUAAACCCUAGUGGUUCUAAGUGACAGUGACUCCGUUCUGACUGUUGCGGAAGUUAUACCCUCUGUGGACAUGGUAAGUGAAAUGCAGAAAGCGUGGGAAACGGAGUUGGCUUUUGCAUGUUCCCAAAGGGAGGGCUUGACUUUCCCACCUGCGAUGCCUAGUUUGCAAUGCCAGUUUUCUGUCAGUGAAACAGAUCUAAACCCAGAUGCCACCCCUGAGGAGCAUCCCCCGAGCUCCUCUUCUGCGCAUAGAGAGGAAAGCAGCUCCCUAGUCCGGCCCUCAGCACUUCCACAUACAGCAUGCGCUCCCUUUUCAGAGGUUGCACCAAUUGUGCACCCACGUUGCGGAUGGGCCCCAUGGGUUUGCUGACAAUGAGGGCGGGGCAGCCACCUCCCAUGCGCUUUCUAUAAACUGGGGGCAGGAAUGACAAUGAGUGAGCAGGACUCCAGUGCAUUGAUGGGUUGGGUUCUAAACACACAUGAGCUAAUCAACAAGAACUUCUAGUGCAGUUACUUUUCUGGCGCAUCUGGAGCUGACAGCGCUCAAACAUCCCUUACUUUGUUUUCUGUCUCUUGGGGGGGGGGGCGCAAUGCUUUGACUCUCCAGCAGGUUUGAAAAUAAAGAAGGGAUGUUGUGACAAAGAUGGCCGUAGAGUGGUGUGGAAAGUGUUAAUGUUAAUUCUGCUGACCUCAGUGACUCUGUGACAGUUCUUGAUGGCUUAAAAUCUGAUUCUACAUCAAGGUCCAACGACUGAAUGGUAACUUUUGCGAGUCUUCACUACCUGCUAUUUAUGAAGGACAAUCUUGUGGUUUUUAACAGACAAUCCAAGAAGCUGAUGCAUCACUUGUGAGAGAAAUCCUUGUGAACUAUUGAAAUGUAAUGGCAAGUUGACUUAACGGUAGUCAAUUUUGUUGAAUUGUGCCUUUUGUGGAAAGGUGUCCUCACACCCCGUGGCCAGACCCAGACGUUCAGAAAUACCCUGCCAGCUCUUUUACCUCACAUUCUUACAAAGGAAUCUUUAAGUGCCCCCUGCCUGAAAGGGCCUUGUCUGCCAGUUGUCAGAGGCAGCCCUGCCCUAAAGUCAAGUGAUGACAAUUUGGAGGUGGUUUUAAGGGUCCAGCAUGAAAGAUGGAUCUGGCCCAGGGGACACAAUUCACCGGGCAGUUCUUCAUGGCAACCUUUCCAUUGAAACGCAUGGGGACCUUCUUGUACAGCUUCCAUCGCUUUGAAUGGGGCUGGCACAGGAGAGCUUUCCGGCAGAUGGUGCUUUGUUGGAGAAGAGGGUGGCCUUUGAAUUUCCUGUCUCAGGCACCUAAAUAUAUUGGACAAAUCCCAGCUAUGAAUCAUGAGCAUGGCUAGCUGGCUGGUCUCCCCCACUCCAAAGAUUUUAUCCUCUGCUUAUGUGUUAACUGUUUGGUUAGGAGGGGUGGGGUGGGGAACCUUAGCUGCUCUUGAUGGGACUGUAUUUUAUGGUUAAGGACCUGCUUGAAAGUCCUCAGACUCCAAAAGGGUCCUUAAUGACUCAAGAUCUUUCCUAUUCUUUUGGUACUUUCAAAUGAAUUCUAUAGCACUUUGUUACUCCAAAUGGGGACGUUUGAUAGGGUGGUGGCUUGAGGCAGGCUUUGCUGAAGCAUUUUUAAAAGUUCAGGAGACAGAUGUGAAGGCCUUAACUGUUUUUUGACAUGCAACUUGUGAAUCUGUUUCCUUGCUCCUUACUGCCAGCUGGGAGUCCUUGCACCUUUGAGGACGUUCCAGUCUGAUAAUGAUCACGAAAAGGUUCUUUCAGUCAAGAGUCCAACUGCCUGGCAGAGGAAGCGAUGUAGACUGUUAAAGCAGAAGAUUUGCCCCAAGGGAAUCACAUGCUUGCUCAGCGCUUCACAAGAGCAGCGUGCUCCUGUUGUGGCCCUGCAUCUGGAAUACAUUCACUUGGACUGUCCCAGCAUCUUUAAGCUAGUUUGGAUGCACCGCUGUCAAUGUGCAAAAAGUCCUUCCUGCAAGUUUUCAUGGCCCAUCCAUCUUGCUGUAGAGCCAGGACUCUGUUUACCAAAAAGCUUGGACUCUGGAUACUCUUCUUGUGAACUCAAGCACUGCAUUUGCUGUGAGUCCUUGCUAAUACGUCAAUCUUCAUGCUGCACCUACCUCUACUCUUUAAGCAGAUGCUGGUGUGCCUGUGCUUCUUUUUGUCUGGUUGGUUUUUGACAUCUUUUGCUGUAGUACUUGUGCAAUUGACAAUGGCUUGUAGGGAGAAGCAAAGAGGAAUUUGAUGCUGCUUAAUACCCUGCAACGGGGUGGGGGAAAUAAUUCUUGGAAAAUGUGCUCACACAGACUUUGGUGCCUCCAUUGUUCAAAACACAGGCGACCGAGAAAACAUCAUUUUGAGCUUGCCUUUUUAAACAAACAAACAAACAAACAAACAAACAAACCUAGAUGAUUGCUUAUCUGCUGUGUCUUCACAGGUUUUUUUUUUUAAUAUAUAAAUCAAAUCAAGAAGACACCUUUAGGAAGCCAUGCUCUGUUUCUCUGUGAAGUGUUCGCUAACCCAUACAUUGGAAGUUUAACUUAUUUUUGUGUUUGUGUAUUGGAGAAGAGAACUUAGGUGCUAGAAUGAGAAAAUUAAGAAAUGCAGAAGAUUUCAUGCUUGCAGUGUUAUAGAUUCCAGUGUAAAAUUCCAAGAUGGAGUGUAGCCUGUCCUCUGUUGAUGGCAUCCGGCAGCUCAGCUUUGAAACUCUCCUUGAUUCAGGGGGUUGCAUAUUCAGUAGGAAUAAACAGAAGCUGGAGCUAAUUAGAUUGCCGUUGAAGUCAGUGGCAUUUCCCGCCUCCCUUCUGACCAAUGACAAAUAGUAUUUCCAGUUCUAAUUCUGCUCCUCCUGAAGGAAGUCAUGGCACUUGUUACAGUCAGUCCCGAAACUGCCGCCAGUAUUAGUCGGGUGCUUUUAAACUGUUACAAAAACCCUACGUCACUCCACAAAUAGUUUUUGAAGGAAUGCAUUUUGCUUAGUUGUUUCCCUAUCCUUGUUGAACAAGACGGUACUUCAGCAGAGUUGUAAGUCAUGGCCAAAGACCAAAGCACAGUUAGGCUCCAGUCCUCAUAAGAACAUCCAUGGAUGGGGUAGUUCCUCUCUUCUUCUCACCUAUGUGAGAAUGCACCUCAUUCUCUGGAAAGUAAGGUGCACUUAGCCAUUUUAAAACUAGCUUCCCCCUCAUAUGUGCUCACAUUCCUAGGUGAGUCAACUUGAAAUGUUGGGGUCACGUUCCUGCUGACCAUGUGGGUUUACUUCCCACCCUCAUUUCUCUGCCCCCAGUGCUUUGGAUUACAAACCCCCCUCCCAUGAACCCCGGCACCAUAUGGUCAUGCUAGCUGGGACUGAUGGAAGUUGUGGUGCAAAACAUCUGGAGGUUGGAGAAAGCAGAGCUACGAGACUGUGACUUGCAUGAAGGGGCUGGGUGGUGAUUCCUGGCCCCACCUGUUCUCGUGAGGUAGGGUGCAUCUUCCUGGCUCGCCAAGUGUUGUGCAACACACAAAGAGAGACCUCCAGCUGAAAGUUUGCCCUACAGCCCUGGCAUAGCAAAAGCCUGGAUGGUUUUCCCUCUCUGUUUUAUAAGGUUGCUUAGUAGAUUUAGACAAUCUUAAUAAACUGUUUAGUAGUAAUCUGAGUGAAGCUUAAUGACACUGUCAUGAAGCCAGUGUUCGUCUGCAACACUGCAGAACUAAACAGCAGCAAUUGCAUUUGGGCGAUCAUCUGCUUAGAUGUGAUGCCAUAUCACUUGAUUCCAGCAGGGCUUACAUAGGAGUUGCGCCUUCCAGUCAAAUAAGUGCAGCUAGGAAUGUGUUCCAUGGGUCUUGGUCAGCGGAUGUGGAGCCAUUGAGCUCCACUUUUCCCUUAUGCAAAUCAUCCGAGCACCUUUCAGGUGGUUCAGAUAGUCACCUCAUUAAAACCUCCCUAGUGUUGCCCUUCCAGUUCUGCACAAUGUUACUCCCUGUGUAGGUCUUGCUUCUCUGGUUAAGCUUUGAGUUGGGAUCUGCUUCCUGGUGCUGUGGCAGCUUUGUCUGUGGGGUGGGUGGUGGGUGGGCCCUAUUGAAGAGCAGAAAGUUUAAUUUUCCUGUUCCAUUCUGGGGUUGGACAGGAUCCCCUUGGGAUUUUAUGUCUCAGGUGCCAGAAGGAUUUCAGCCCAGUACAGUUUAUCGCUAAAAGAUGAUGGCUUUCAAUCCGAGAGAGAGAGGGGGGGGACCUGGUUGUCUUUCUUCUCUCCUUUGUGGAACUGCUCCCAGUUUAAACCGGGUUCAUGUUGGCUGGCUGAGGCAGAAAAGGGAGAGGCUAGCUCCCAAGAACACUGGUUUUCCUCCUGAGGUUCCCUUCUCCCUUUCCCACCUGUGCUCCACCACCAUCCCUGCCCACACCCCCAUUACAGCUGGGCUUGUGGAUCGCUGCCUCAUGUUUGGGAUCAGCAUUAAAGCCACAGGGCUAUGAGAUCAACCACUCUGAAGGAACACACAGAUUUCCAUGGAUUCAGCUCCCACCAAAGAACUCUCAUGCUGGAAAGGCUUCCCCGCUUUCCUCCUUUCUUAUGUUUGGUGGUUUUUAGAUGUGUCUUGGGUGUAGUGACAUUUCCUUCCAUAAGUGUUUUUGACACAAGGGUACCUUGUGUGUCUCUGCUGUUGGAGCCAUCCCUGCAUCCGGACUUGGCCUGUCAUGAUGCUACAACGACUGCAGCCGAUUAGAAUGGCGGCCGUUUUGUUCUUUCCUGUCUCUGUGUGUACACUGGGAACAUUUUUACCUUUGUAACACUAGUCCGCUGUGAUAUCAGAGAGCUAGUCUCCCAGUAGCUAUUUCUUUCUUUCAUUUUUUAAAAAAGGGAUUAUUUCUUGUAAAGGAAGGCCCAAUGGUAAUUGGAUCGAAACACCUGGCCCCACAGGUGAAAUUGCAAAUGAGAAGAGGGAAAUCUGUAUGCAGAUAAUAAAAGAGAAUUGUGACUCAUUCUAAAAGGCAGCUCUAAUUGUCUUUACUGUCCUGGCAGCUUGAGGAGGUCCUUUGAGAGGGUCGCACCCUUCUGCUGCUGCUAAUCUGGAAUUGUCUCUGUGUGCAGUUAUGAGUCAUGAGACCAAGGCUUUGACUCCCAGCUCCUCUUGAUACAGUCAGAACUCAACAGUGUUGGAUAUACCUCUCUGAUAUGAUAAACUGUUUGGAGGCUGGAGUAUAUAUAUAUAUAUUUUCCCACUCUGGUUGCAUUAAGUCUUUUAUGAAGAAAUGUUAGCGCUGGGAACUUGUAUGCUUUAUUAAAAACUAUCUGAUUCAAACAUC